AUGCUGGGAUUGGACGUGUGUGAGUUUGGGGGUCAGGUGCUGGAGCUGCUCUGGCUUACUAUGUGCUACAGAGGUGAGGGGUUUGAACAAUCGUGUGUGUGUGUGUGUGUGUGUGUGUGUGUGUGUGUGUGUGUGUGUGUGUGUGUGUGCGCGCGCGCGCGUGUUUCAAGCCCGCUCCUAUGAAUUGGUUAAACUUCACUAAUCUGAUUCAUAAAAUUCCGCAUGAAGAUCUCUUCAGAGCUGACACCUGAAACAAAAUAAUAGUUGUGUCUCUUUUAAAGGAUGUAAUCUAUAUCUGUAUAUCUGUGUUAGUGUGUCUUAGUGUGUAAUAUGUCUCCAUCCUGGCGGGUGUGGACAUUUUUAUGUCCAACAUGGAGCGCUGCCAAGACAAGCUGAAGGUGGCAGAUCAAUAUCUAUCGAUUACACACACCCUGUGCCUGUUUGUGUGCUUUUUUGCUGUAUGUGCAAGCUUUUUUGAAUAUUUUCUGCUCAUAAAUACAUGCAAAAAAUGCUAUAGGAUUUGUGUGAAGAGAGAAGGUUGUAGGUUUGUGUGUGUGUGUGUGUGUGUGUGUGUGUGUGUGUGUGUGUGUGUGUGUGUGUGUGUGUGUGUGUGUGUGUGAUGAUACAGCAUAUGGUAGCACAUGAUGUUAAUAUUGUCUGCUAUUGCUUCUAACAUUUUCUUGCCAUUAAUAUGUGCAGCAGUACUUUAUAUUUGUUGCAAGAUUUGGCUGUUUAUGCAUGUGUGUGGGUCGGUGGGUGUUAUGUGUGUGUGUGCAUUCAUUACACUGCAGCAGUCCUUGGCAGUUACAGAUGGUGGAACAAACCUGGGGUUUCCCCUCACACAGGUGUGUGUGUGUGUGUGUGUGUGUGUGUGUGUGUGUGUGUGUGUGUGUGUGUGUUUAAGAGUGAAGGUUUUGUGAGAGCAAGGGGGAAAAGGCAAAGAUGGUGAGAGAGAUAAGAAAUCAUUCACAGAGACAGAGGGAGGGAAAAGACAAACGACAUGGUGAUUCUGACAAUCACAAGAGGAGAUCAUCUUCAGAGUGCACCUGUGUGCCAUAUGUGAUUUAAGAUGGAAGGCAGCCAUCAGUUAUUAAAUUCAUUUACCCUGUGGAUAUCAAUUAGAGAUCCAAAAUGAUUGUUUGCUACAGUCACGAUUUGAAGAGUCCCUGACCUACUGUCACAAUUGAUGCCCAGUAAAUGAGACAUGAAACCGUUUCAGCCUUGCUUCCUAAGAGUUCCUGUUCAUUUUAACUUUACAAUCAAAACUGCACGUUAAGCAGAAAUUUUUUGAUUUAUUGCAAGUGAUAAUUAUCCAGCAGUUACUGGCCCACCAGGGAGAGUAGGUGGAAGUGCCGCUCUGUUUUCUCUAUUCUCUGCUGAGGUGCAAGUAAACUGUUACUGUGCUGGUACAAACAAGAGACUGAUGAAUACAGAUGACAAGAUGUUAGAUACAAGCGUGAUCCAAAGAAAAAUUAAAUCACUGGAUGGAGACAAACAGUCCAUAGUCCAUAAUCAAUGGCCUAUGUCCUCUGUGUUGUUCAGCUGCUGAUAUAACUGAUUGAUGGAUUCCUUGAAAGAGCAUACAAACAUAUAUCAGACAGAAACCUCCUGCUCUCUUCUGUUUUGCUCUGGGAUUAUCUUGAUGUUCUUUUUCCAAACCAUGCGGGUCAGAUUUUAGUCUGAAACCAAAAUGAGGCCAUAUUUCACAAUUUGUCAUUGUGAAUAAUAAAAUACAACUCAGUGACUAUGACUUUAUAACAUGGCAAUAGCAGAGAGCUGGCUGACUAAACAAUAAAAAUGAAAAUAACUGCUUCAUACACCCUGAACUUUGUCUGCAGCACCUUUCCAAUCAGACUUGAAGUGGCAUGUUGCACUUCUUUGUGUUGUUUCCGUCCUGUCCAGAUCCUUGCAUGUGUUGCUCUGACCCUAAGAUGUACACCACUGCGGGCAAAAGUGUCUGCUAAAUGCAAGUGUAACUGGAAAAAAAAUGAGCUUGUGUAGGGGCAGCCUGAAAUGAAACACUUAAGUCAGAGGCUGUUAUGAAGGUUUUGAAAGACACCAGCCUGAGAUUUACAGUUUUUCAUCCGUAAAACAUAUAAAGCUACUACAGAGGUAUCAGAAGGACAAUAAAAACUGUGUAAAACCAUUUCUUUAAGUCCCUCUCUGAUCAUAUUUUUUUUUAUUAUUUAAAGUAUUCUCAGUGGUUGAUAAAUUGUGAUUAUGAAUUUUUAGCCAAAAUCGCGUCACCUGUGUCAUUUUUAAGGGCUUUUCUUCUGCAGAGCUCCAGUAGCUCAUUGGCAAUUUGCCUCAGAGUCGUGGGUGGAGGCGAUGCUGCUCUGUACACUCCUCUCUACGUUAGCUUCCAGUCUAACAUUUCUGGUGUAGUAGAAGUAGCAGGAAACAUAGGAGCUAUUCAGCUCUCUGACACUAAUGUCUUUGGGGACAUGAUGAAAGCUAAUAUCAUAAUCAGCUUUCUGACGAGCAUUAAAUCUCAGGGUCUGGCCUGCAGAGCGGGGCCCCGGGGGCAGAGCUUGGACUUGUGAGGUAGAAAAUCCCACAGUAUCUGUACCCGUCAUUUAGGGCUGCUCAAGGUUCACAGCAAUUCGAAUACAGAAAUACUUAAAAAUGUAAUUUUGUGCUUAGUUUUCUCAUGAUAUGUCCUCUAGCGUCAGAAAAAUGCCAUAUGAACAUGUAGACAACAAAAAAAACAGGAUUUCAUUGGAGUGGGUCUUUAACGUAUAUUUAAAACCAGACAUGCAACAAGAUUACAAAAUACGGAUGUAGCUUUUGUGCAGCUUUCUAUUUACAGUGAAAAUGAGACCCACAAGGAUCAUAUAAAGGCAACCCUGAUAAUAAAUACACCGGCAAAAUGGAUAAAUUCAUCAUUAAAGACUCCUGUUAAGGUGUCAUUAGACCCAGCUUCCAGUGAAGUUACAUAAAAAGUCAAUAACCAGGGUGCAGCAUCUGUGCUACUUUGUAUUCAGAGUGUGUGAAGAGAAACAGAAGAAUUUAUCCCUAAGGACUUUGUUUGGGUUUCUGUUCAGAUUUGAUUAGACCCAUUUUAAUAAAGUUACACAGAAAGUCCAUAGCAAGAGUUCAGUGUCUGUGAGGAACAGUUUCUCCCCAGGAACUGCAGUGGCUUGUUCCCUUUAAAGAAAUCUCACUCUGGAAGAAGAAUAAAAUAAACAAUAGUGUUUGUUUUGCCUUCAUUUCUGGAGAGGCUAAUUCUUGUAUGGCUUUGGAUCUGGACACACUGUAAUGAUCAUACAUUCAACCCCUUUAGAGUGAUGUAACACAAUAUUUUUCCACUUUUCUCCCAAACACUUCUUCAGAGUAAGGUCCUUAAGAACUUGUUUUGGCAUCGUAUGAUCAUUGUAAUGCUAAAAAAAACUAAAAACCUUGGAUCUAUCAGUCUUGUGGUUUAAACAUUUCUGACAGCUGAUCUUCCUAAUAUGUUGUAAAAAUGAAUCCUGAGAUUGAUUUGUCUAUGUGUUUUUAUGUAGGUAUCAAAAUAACCAAAAAAUGCUCAAAAUAAGUACAAACUUAAGGCUCAACAGAGAUUCUGAGGGAAUUUUGCCAAGCCUGUGCAGGUAUUUAUGAACAUGACACAUUGAGUCUUGUCAAAAACACUUGGCUGAGAUUAAAUUUUGAAAAAGAAGGAGGAAGAGAUUUGAUUGGGGCAUGGGAGGAGACCGAGUAGAGAUAAAUGGCAGGAUUGAGAAGCAAAAUAAUGAAACAAGAAAGAGAGAAGCUGAUAAAUAGAAAAGAGAAAGAACAUAAUGAAAAAAUGUAUGAUGACCAAGGUAAAAAAGCAUAUAGAAAUCAUCAAAGGAUGGAGUAGGCUGGAGCUGCUACAGGAGGAGGGAUGGAAACGAAAGAGGGGCUAAACUGAAGAGAAACAAAAGGAAAUAUUAGGUUGAGAUUGAUGUCUUCUGUCAGCAGCUGUUUCCAGGAAAGAACAGCUCACAGUGUGUGUGUGUGUGUGUGUGUGUGUGUGUGUGUGUGUGUGUGUGUGUGUGUGUGUGUGUGUGUGUGUGUGUGUGUGUGUGUGCGUGUGUGUGUGCGUGUGUGUGUGUGUGUGUGCAGAUAGAUGUGGGAGAGGCCCACACUCUCCAUCAGCUGUCAGCCAGCAGACACCAGUGCAGACUGACACUAUGAGUUUAAACAGACUAAUUGAAAUCCUCUUCUCUCCUCUUUUUUCCUUCAUCAUUCUUCAUCAUAACUCACACAGUUCCCCGCCCUCCCUUUUUUAAUCUUGUCUCUUUAUUCACUCAGAUUUUACCCCCAUCAUUCUCUCUUCCCUGUAGUCUAUACUUUUCUCUACCUACUGACUGUCAGUGUUCAUGCCUACUCUCAAACACACACGCACCUCUAACUUCAUCCCUCUUUCUCUGUCUUCUUUCUUUGCCUUGACAAAUGAGAUUGUCUGGGUGAGCAGACAUACGAGACCAAUCAAAUCAGUCAAUUAGACAAGCUGCUGUCUCAACGAGACUGACAGAGCCACUAUGGACUUGUUAGUUGUGAAUGUGUGAGUGCAUGUGUGAAAGAGAGUGGAGCAUUAACAGCAUAGGAUGUUUAUUCAAAGAUAGCUGCUUUUAUUUUGCCUCUUGAGAGCUAAAGUCAUGAAAAUAUGUCACUAGUUCUUGUCUUUUAAGAAAGACAGAGUGUUUCAGUGAUAUUUGUGCAUCUAAACCACUACUUACCUUGAUUUAGGAUAUGGAAACUCUUUUAAAAUAACAGUUCAAUAACUCAUUAUGUGAGUUUCUGGAGUCUUUUUCGCUUUGUGACUGUAAACCAAUUUUUUUAAAACCAUGCUUCCAACACUCAUUUUUGAAAAAAAAACAAAAAAAAAACAAAUCAAUCAAAAUGAUAAACCAGGAAUACAAUCCUUGGUUGGAGGCAGCCUUUCAUAUCGUAAAAUCUGACACCAUGGAAUGAGUCAGUUUAACUUUGUUUUUCAUCUUUAAAAAUAAAUAUCAGAACUUUAAACAUUAUUGCUACAAUUAUUACCCCACAUAGUUUAAGUUACUUUGAAGCCAUCAGUAUUUCACUGCUGCCAUUGCCUGAAUUGCAGGACAGGAUUUGGCUCCAUUUGUCCCUCCCAGAGAUGACUGGGGUUCAGUAGCUAGUCAGAUAACAUGUAAUUAUUUUCUGACUGUUACAACCAGACACAGACAAAAACCCUUUAUAUUUUUGCCACAAUUAGCACAUUUACAUGCUUGGAAAAAUGGAUUUAUUGCAGCAGUCCUACUAAAAUCAUGUAAAUACAGUAGUCCAACUGAAAUCGUACUAGAUUUAACCCGUUAUCGUUGGACCAACAUACCUGGACAGUGCAGUUGAGUGGGGAUCGGUUUUCUCUUCCAUGUAUACAGCUCUGUCAGACUGAAACCUUAGUGUUCUGUGCAUGCUCCAGGGUUCAAAUGCUGGGUUCUAAGCAGGUAGUUGAAUGGCAUAGAUGCAUUGCUAGGAGGUCAAGUAGUAAACAAAACUUCACAAGACAAAGUUGAGUAUGAAUCACUGUUGUUGCAGGAUUUUGACUAAAAUUAUGUACUUAGUACAGCCAGGUUAUAACACUACUGAGACAUGCAUGAGGCAACAUCAGGAAAGAGACAAAAGGUGCCUCAUGUUAAAUAUAUUUAUAUUUUCAUGUUUGUAGCUGGACUUACAUUCUUGUUUGGUUGCACUACACAAACAGAAGGUUCAGCUUAGCUUGUAGGACAUCCAAGCUAACAAAAAUGUAGAGGCAAAGAUGGUGUUAUCAGUGAUAACACCUUCAGGGGAAUUCUCUUUUUUUGGAAUGGUUAAAGACAUGAGUCAGACAUGUAGCUGGACUUACAUUCUUGUUUGGUUGCACUACACAAACAGAAGGUUCAGCUUAGCUUGUAGGACAUCCAAGCUAACAAAAAUGUAGAGGCAAAGAUGGUGUUAUCAGUGAUAACACCUUCAGGGGAAUUCUCUUUUUUUGGAAUGGUUAAAGACAUGAGUCAGUCGAGUUGUGCCUAAAAACAUCAGUAACAUAGGGCCUGAUCUACUAAAGGUUCGCGUGUACAAGAACUGGUGCACCGAGGAUUGCAUCUGUCAAAUGAGCAAAACAGCCGCGAAAUCUGCAUAUACAUGAAGCCGCGUUUGCCUUUGUAUAUGCAGAUUGUGUGUAGCUCAUCAGACCAUGCAAAAUUCUGGGAGGAGCAGAUGCAAAUAGAAUCAUUUAGCACCCGCAAUGUAAUUUAUCAAACCUGGAAACGGAUUGCGGUCGCUGUUUUGCAUCUAUAUUUAGCACAUUUGAAAAGCAUGUGCAAACUGGCUGAGUGUUGCGCACAAAUGGCUGCAGUCGUUGGGGGGAGAAGGAGGCAAAAAUGCAAAAGCGUUUUUCUAGUAAGAGACGGUUCUGAUAAAUGAUUAGGUUAAACACGGAACAGUCGCAAAAAUCUAUCUCUUUGUCUAAUUGAUUUUAAAUUGUUUGAAUCUCUUUUUUUUAUUUCAAAUAUAUUUUCUUGCAUCUGUAAAGCACUUUGAAUUGCCUUGUGUAAAAAUGGUGCUAUACAAAUAAACUUACCUUGGCUUUUAUGCAGUUGCUGGCUUCCCCAAAAUGAUAGGUGCAACUCCAUGGCUUUAAACUUAAUUUUUCAUCUACAAUCACUCUGCUCUCAUAAACUCACCAUGGAGACGGCCGAUAGGCCAUUCAAAUCCUCAUUUAAUGAGGGCAGUCUGCACCACUUUUGCUCCUGUUAUCAAUUGCACAGGCAAUAAUAGUAGAUCAUCCACAACACGCCCACUAAUAGCACAAGCAAUUUUUUAGUUUGCACAUGCAAUUUAGUGCUCGCUAUUUGAGAUCUUAGUAGAUCAGGCCCAUAGAGUGGUGAAAAUGGACAUUACAACUAAUAUCUAUAGAACGGUAAUCUGUCAUUGUGCUGAUAAAAGUUGCUGUUCAUUGGGAGACCAACUCUACCACUGAACCAUCAGUGCCCUUUACAAUAUCAGCUCUUAAAAAAUGGAUAUGACAUAGGGUCUUGUUGUAAAAUCCACUCGCUUCAUGAGACUGGCAGCUAUCCAUUGAUCAACUCUUUGGGCUCUAUUUUUGUUCCCGCCAGCGGCGCAGCAGAGAGUGGCGCACCCCACACUGUGGUAUUUUCGUCUGGUGGAGCCUGGCGCACAGCCAGUUUGGUAUUUUCGUAGACUGGGGUGCACCAAGGUCCCCCAAGCUGGGCAUGGUGGCGCAGUAGGUGGGAGGUGUCAACAGAAUCAUCAGGCGCAGUGACAUUUUCGAGCCCGCCAGCAGCGUGAAAAGUGUGCUAAAAGCUUGCAGAUUCAUACCUGGUCAGUUUUCAGAGCAGGCAGAGUGCAGCUGGUCUAGUGGUAUUUUAGUAGACCGGCGGUGUAGUGCGCACACGCCACCAAUGCCUCACAGGCAGAUUCUUCAGUGUCAGGCACAUUUCUGUGCAAUAGAUAAUCAACAACAACCAAUAUUCAGUGCGACUAUCUGAGUCAGCACAUACAUUUAGAUCUAUAUCUUUAUAUUCUGGUCUAUAUCUGAUCUGAUGAGCGCGUUUGGCACGUGUUUGGACACUCAAUGUGACCGAAUUAAUGCAGCUGAAACCUGCGGCUGAAUGUUUUUUUUUUUUUUUUGUACUCUUUCUUCUACUUGUGUCUCUCGCUUCCCCCUCUUAAAUUGCUCCCAGGUACCAGGUUGCUGAAGUGGGAGGGGUGUCAUGCAGGUGAGGAUGGGGAUAUAAAUGAUAAGCAUUGGGUAAGUUUUCUUGGGAGAGUAAAAUGAUAUUGUGAGCCUGGGUAAGUUUUGUAAGGUAAGAUGUAAGGAUAAUGGUAAUAUUAUAUUGACAAUGAAAAAAAAAAUGUAGGUAAAGUAAAAUGCCAUGACAUAGUAAUAUUAAUGAAAAGAAAAAAAAAUUAAUGUUUUUCUCUUGUUUUGUAUUGGAUUAGUAAGUUACAAGUGAACCUUGUUUUCAGAGGGCAUUUUUUGUGGUUCCAGGGAUGGGAGCCCCAUUUUUAUGGAGGGGGGUGUGACGGCCUCCUGCCCGUGACAGCCUCCGGCCUCCUGGGUUUGCUGUUGUGUUCUGUUGUCUUUUGUCUCCCCCUGGCAGGUUGGUGGGUGGGCUUAGCCACACCUGGGUGGAUCUGGCCAUUCCACCAGGUGUUAAAAGCCCUCAUCAAGGACCAGUGUCUCUCUCUCCCUCCAGUGAUCCUCGUGGCACAAUGUUUUGUUUUAGUUUAGAAGUUCUGUUAGUUUAGUUCUUUUCUUGGGUUGUCAAUAAUUUAAUUAAUCUUGGUUGUUAAUAAAUCUUUCGUUUUAAGUUUAAACCCGUACGCCUCGCAAUCUUUGUCAUGGACUUUGAGCUGGGUCAUGACAGCAUUAAAUUGAAUAUACAGUAAAUAGUCACAGAUGAUGAAGUUAACAAGUUUUUUUAAAUUCGUCUCCCCCCAUUUUCCUCUCUCCCUCUCCCUCUUCCUCUUCUUUCUUGUGCAGCUCAACCCGGACAUGUCUCCAUGUCCUCUCCCCAUCAUGCUGCUGCGUUGGCAAAGCUGAACAGAUGAUUUAUUUUAGCAUUCAGAUGAGUUAUUUACUUACAGAAUAAAAAGAACUUUCAUUCAAAAUUACCCGCUUAUGUGAUGUUUUCACAGCCUUAAAAUUCUGUGAAUAUUCAAUCCGGAGUUAGGCUCACAUAUGAAUAUUAUAAUAUUCAGUUGUGUUAGCAAAGUUCAUUUUAUAUGCCAACAUCAAUGAAAGAAAGAGCCGGGCCAUGGAGCGUGAUGCGUCCUUUACGCACAGGUGGUUCCAAUUUUAUUGCCAUUAUUGGAAUUUGUUUAUGUUGUGAUCUGUGCGCACAACCUACCUUUGUCACGUGAGGUUUAAAUAUAUGCAACUUCAUGUGAGUGUUUUUAUUUGUGGAAAAGGGUGUUUGUCUUACCAGUGGGUCCAACAUUACAUACACCAAAUCCAUCUGUGCUCAUAUGAGAGUGUGUGAAGAAAGUUUACCGCAACACUUGUUGAGGGGCUGCCUCCUGUCAUCAUGGUGUGGUAUUGCUGUCCUCAGUCAUCUCUUGGACUACUUCACGAAAGUUGUAAUACGCCUCGCUGGUUGCGCAUUUAAAAGUGAGGAGAGGAGUUGAUGUGAUUGGUGAAAACAGGACUCGGCUGUGUUGAACCCACUCCACACCUCUAUCCCCUCCCCCUCUGCUACUUACGUUGCAGGGACAAGCUGAGUUAGGGAGGGGGGAUACUUACGCCAGGCUGCGCUGCUCACCAAAAUACCAAAGUGUGCUUGGGCAUGCCUCAUCAGCGUGGCUGACCUGACUUGCGCGCUGCCAGCGAGGCACGAAAAUAGAGCCCUUUGUGUUUGGGCUGUUUGUAUCCAAUCCCUUAAAAACAUUAGUCUGUGAUGAUCUAUGGGUUAAUUCUAGAAAUAAAGUAGUUUCAGUAAUUCAGGCAAAACUGAUCAUGGCAUUGGUGUCAAUAAAAUCAUAUCAAUCCUCAUCCCUAACUCAGAGUAAGUAACACAUGCUGAAUUAGAUACUGUCUCAGCUGGUGCAACACCUUAAACACCAGUAAACUCUGUAAACUUUUUUCAAACAAGAUCAUGUUCAAAUCCAAGCUGGUGCAACACAGUGCAAAUACGCAGUUUGACAAAGUAAGCCGAUCCUCAAAAAUCUGUGUUUUUUCACAAUCACAUUGGUAUUGAAUGGAUAUUCAGUAUCUACAAAUACAUAUGUCUAGGUACCAGGUACUCUCAUCUACAAACACACUCUUGUAUUUUAUGUUAGACCACUACAUAAUUCAGCAUCACUGUGAACAACUCCAACAAUAUUGACAAGGAACAUUUAGUAUCAGCAGUAAUCUAGUCAUAAUACAGUCUGCAAUAGAUUCUGCAGCGUCGUGAGACACGAUAUCUCCAGUCUUAGCUGCAGGUAAUAUUUCUUUGUAAUCCCAGCCUUCUAUCAAAUAGGAAAUGGGGAAAGUGUGAUGUUGAAAAUUAUUUUUUUUAAUUAUUUUUGGUAUUCUGAAGUCUCAGAAAAGGAAGAAGAAGAACUUUAUUGAACCCCAAAGGUAAAUUCAAUUGUCUGUAGUCUCAUUUGUCAUGUCUCAAGUCAUCUACUAUUUACAGCAAAUUUAUAAAAUAAAUAAAAAAUCCUCUGGAUCUUUCAGUCCUGCAGCGAAGAGAGAGGAGCUGUCCACCACCAUUGGCCCUUUGCUCCAUCAAGGUGUUACAAAGUGGGUGAUCCAUGUUCUUUAGAAUAGUUUCCACCAUACACCGUAUAAAUUAUGGACAACUUGGCUCCGCCUCCCAUCAUUAUACGAAUUUGAAGCCAAAUUGCUCUCAGUAUUUCCGUGACUUUCUCCACUUCCUGGAACCACCUCUUGCGCCGCAGCAAUGUAUGCAUUCGGCGGUAGAGUUGCCAAGAGUCACUGUGAUGACUCUCGGCUCAAACAGUAUAUCUCCGAAUGAGCUACGCUACCUUCAUACACCCAUAGGCUGUAUCAAGUGUCAAUCAUAGAAAACAUGAACCCCGUGAUAACUUUUGACAAUGGAGCAGUACAGAAAAAAGAGGACUGAAGCACAAACCAGUCUUAUAGUAACUACAUGUAAAUAUCCUGACCAGUGGGGAGAAAAAUUUAUAUUCUGUGUAAUAAAUUUCCAAAGUUUGUCCACAGCUCCACAGGGAUUGCUGGAUGAGGCGGGAUUUAUGUUCUAUUCUGCAGCCCGUCACCAGAGGGUGCUGUUCUUGCAGUAGCUUCAUCCAGCAAGGAGGCAGAUGGCGUCCAUUCAAUAUACAGUCUGUGGUCUCCACCUUCCACAUUGUAGAUCUCUCCACCACAUCCUCCACUGAGUCCAACUUGAAUCCAACCACAGAGCCAGCCUUUUUCACCAGUUUGUUCAGACGUCUUACAUCUUUGUGUUUGAUACUUCCUCCCUAGCAGACUGCAGCAUAGAACAGAACACUGUAGACAUCAUGGACUGAUAAAACAUCUGCAGUACCUUACUACAGAUGUUUAUUGAUCGUAGUCUUCUCAGACUCUGCCCCUUUCUGUAGAUGAAGUCUAUAUUCUUAGACCAGUCCAACUUAUUAUACAGAUGUACACCUAGGUAUUUAUAUGAUGUCACCACUUCGAUGUCCACUCUACAGGUGUUCACUGGCUGAAGAGGGGGUUUGGAUCUGAGGAAGUCUAUGACCAUCUCCUUUGUUAAGCUGUGGUUGUUUUAGAGUGCUUUACAAAUAAAGUUGAGUUGAGUUUGUCUUUGAGGUGUUGAGGAGGAGGCAGUUUUUGUGAUUCCAGUCACUGAAAGCUCUUAUUACAGUGGGUACGGAAAGUAUUCAGACCCCUUUAAACUUUUCACUCUUUGUUUCAUUGCAGCCAUUUGCUAAAAUCAAAAAAGUUCAUUUUAUUUCUCAUUAAUGUACACUCAGCACCCCAUCUUGACAGAAAAAAAGAAAUGUAGACAUUUUUGCAAAUUUAUUAAAAAAGAAAAACUGAAAUAUCACAUGGUCAUAAGUAACCAGACCCUUUGCUGUGACACUCAUAUUUAACUCAGAUGCCGUCCAUUUCUUCAGUACCACAAAGUCAACUAUUACUGCAGCCCUCCACCAGUCAGGGCUUUAUGGCAGAGUGGCCUAACGGAAGCCUCUCCUCAGUGCAAGACAUAUGAAAGCCCACAGAGAGUUUGCCAAAAAACACAAGAAGGACUCACAGACUAUGAGAAAUAAGAUUCUCUGGUCUGAUGGGACCAAUAUUGAACUUUUUGGCAUUAAUUCUAAGCGGUAUGUGUGGAGAAAACCAGGCAGUGCUCAUCACCUGCCCAAUACAAUCCCAACAGUGAAACAUGGUGGUGGCAGCAUCAUGCUAUGGGGGUGUUUUUCAGCUGCAGGGACAAGACUCUUGGUUGCAACAAAAGGAAAGAUGAAUGCAGCCAAGUACAGAGAUAUCCUGGAGAUAUCCUGGAAGAAAAACUCCUCCACCUUCCAACAAGACAACGACCCUAAGCACACAGCUAAAAUAACAGGAGUGGCUUCGGAACAACUCUGUGACCGUUCUUGACUGGCCCGGCCAGAGCCCUGACCUAAACCAAAUUGAGCAUCUCUGGAAAGACCUGAAAAUGGCUGUCCACCAACGUUCACCCUCCAACCUGACAGAACUGGAGAGGAUCUGCAAGGAAGAAUGGCAGAGGAUCCCCAAAUCCAGGUGUAAAAAACUUGUUGCAUCAUUCCCAAGAUGACUCUUGGCUGUACUAGCUCAAAAGGGUGCUUUUACUCAGUACUGAGCAAAGGGUCUGAAUACUAAUGACCAUGUGAUAUUCAGUUUUUCUUUUUUUAAUAAAUUUGCAAAAAUUUCUACAUUUCUUUUUUUCUGUCAAGAUGGGGUGCUGAGUGUAAAUUAAUGAGAAAUAAAAUGAACUUUUUUGAUUUUAGCAAAUGGCUGCAAUGAAACAAAGAGUGAAAAGUUUAAAGGGGUCUGAAUACUUUCCGUACCCACUGUAGAUCUCUGUACUCAGCUUCUUGUUUAUUUCUGAUACAUGCCAAGAUAGCAGUGUCAUCUGAGUAUUUCUGGAUGUGGCAGGACUCAAUGCUGUAUUUUAAGGCCCAGACUACACGUAUAUAGCUAUUUAUUUAUCAGGAUAUUUUUGUACUCCCGUCUAAAUAAAUGUAUUUGUCCACACGUGUUAGUUCUCAAAAAUAUCUGCGUCCACACGUAGCCUUCAAACCCAAUCCUAUCUGGUGCCACUUAAAAAAAAAUUCAGAAACAAAGUUACCUGAUUGGCCGAUGAAUCGAACAGCGUGACGCGUCAUGCAUUGUUUGCAGAAGCUACGCUAGUGCAUCGGGUCCAUGUGACGGCUGUAACAAAGCAGACGCCUCUGUGAGCUGGCUGACUGGUGGAUGUAAUUGCAUAAAACAAGGUUCACUUGCAAGGCUGAAAUUAGCCCCAAAAGGGCAAAACAAAUGUAAAGAAUACCCUGUAUGUCUGCCAUUGUUGUCGUUUUUCUUUUUAAUUCGCAUGCGCGAGCUGCGGUUUGACGUCAUCGAUCCGUAAAAGUCCAACCAUACAAAUCCACUACGGAUACGGGAUACGGAUAUUUUUUUAUUUCUCCACUUGUUUUUUCGGAUUCAGAUUUAUCCGGUUUGAGUGUUCCAAACUCCCAUUUUGGUGUGGUAGGGAGGCCUAAUCGGACAUAAAUAUGUGCGGUUUGAAAUAUAUCCGCAUUCGUGUAGUUGGGGCCUCAGUCUGCUGUAUACAGUGAGAACAGGAAUGGAGCCAGGACCGUCCCCUGUGGAGCCCCUGUACUGCUCAUUAAUGUUCAAGUCAAUUCAUGUCACAGCUGUCUCCAGAUCUGACAGGGUUUCUCCUCCUUACACACAAAUCUUGCAGGUGACUGAUGGAUUCUUGGGGUGUAAUAGUAGAAAAGGCCAUGCACUGACAGCAGCCUGGAGACUGAAACAAACCCGGCACUUAUAAUGCUGUUAUGCUGAACAUUCGGUCUUUACUGCUGAAGUGUUAACCCUGUGAUUGGUUUUGCAGAGACCUAAAAGAUUAAUCUUCUCCUGCAUGUAAGUGUGAGUGUCUAUUGAUUAUUUUGGGUGUGUGUGUGUGUGUGUGUGUGUGUGUGCGCGCGCGCGCACUUGUGCAGGUGUGUAUGAGUAUAUGUGUGUGUGUGUGUGUGCGCGCGCGCUUGUGCAGGUGUGUAUGAGUAUAUGUGUGUGUGUGUGUGUGUGUGUGUGUGUGUGUGUGUGUGUGUGUCACGGUGUCCCAGAGGUCUAGUUAUAGUAUUAGAACAGAGGAGUAACAGCAGGCUUUAGAGGACAAUAAAAAUUAGAGGAUAAUAAAAAAACAGCAAACGCUACAAGGCACACACACACACACACAGGUUUCCUGACACUGAGUGGUUAUCUGGGUUAAGAAAGCAGGAGGCAGACAGGAAGUAAUUAUGGGAAUAAAGGAAGGCUCUUGAGGCUAAAGGAAGAAAGUUUCAGCUGAAUCACUCAAAGGCCAGAUAAAUCUAAACAUCCAUUUAUUUGAGAUAAUGCCCUGUUAAUGAUUUAUCAUUUUAAUAAACAUCAUAACAAACAAACCUACUUCCCAUUUAAACCAUAAUUGUAUAAAUAUAGAGAUGGGUAAGAUUUAUAAAACUUGGAGGUCUAUACCAGAGCAAAGUAACACUGUGGAAAACCUGUUACGACUCAAAUCAUGUUUCAAAACAUUCAUUUCAUGUGUAGUUUGAUUUUUAAAUUUGACCCCUAUCCCAUUCGAUACUGUUGCAGAGGUUCAUGACCCAUAUAGAGGCCAGUCUGUAGGAGGAGCUCCAUAUGGAGCAACAAAAACUAAGAGCUGUGCCAGUACGUCACAAGAAACUAUUUAUCACCUGCUUUGUAAAACACUUGAUUCUGAUUGGUCAAAAUUCCAUGAUAACAGUGAUCGAUGAAACUGAAACGUGAUCUGACACCUCACAUCAAACCAAUCCAGAAAAAGGACUCUGCUGCAUGUACACAGGUGGCAUAGGCUAAUAAGUGGUUUCAAAUAAGGCACAGUUUAAAAAAAAGCCACAGUUUCAAACAUUUUAGCUCAUUGCAGUCCUACUUUGAGCUGCCCCCCAAACACAGGUCAGAAUAAAUGGUAACACUCCAUGUUAGCCUUGGUCACUCAUUGUACUGUCUUGUUGGUGAACGCUUAAAUAGCUGUAGAAUAAUGAGGUGCUAUGUAUGUUAGCCUGCUCACGCGUUAAGCUUGAACACUAGGAAAGUGUGAUAUAUUUUUUUAACUGUUUCCAUGGAGAGGACUGUAACGGGUAUUGACUGGACCCAAUUGCAGCACAAACAAGCAGGUUCACUUUAACAACAGUCUUUAUUUAACACCCAAUCCAAUGAAGCAGCAGAGUAUAGCAGGUGGGUAUGGCAGGAGUCGAACUCAGGUCUUCCGGGUGAUAGGCGAGCAGGUUAGCAGUGGACCAUAGGUCAGACAAGAAUUUUGGACUCGUGAGCAGGGAAUUGUCCACAGUCUUAAUUUGCUCUACGAGUGUAGAGAAGUGGAAAACGCUCAACUCACAGCUGGAGGAAGAUUUCUUGGAGAGUGGUUCAGGUGAGGACUGGGUGAGGAUCCAGAGCUUGCAGAGGAGCUGGCAGAACCAACGUCGGCAGAGGAGGUGAGUUGGCGAGGUGAAGCUGACGAGAAGGGGGAUCUCAACAGAGCAGGAACAGGCUGAGUGCCAUUCAGCCGCAGGCAGACGAAUAGCAGGAAACAGGCAGGCAAAGCUCGUAGUCAAGGACAGAAGGCAGGUAGGUUUACCGGGGCUGAGGCGAGAAGCAAAGGUCAGGGGCAGAUCAGGUCGAUAACAGGUAAGCAGUCCGAGGAUAAACGCUGGAGAGUCAGGCAUGAGAGCGAAGACAAUCUGGCAAAGAGUGAGGGGAAAGAAGCUGCAUAUAUAUCCUGGCCUGAUUGGAGAUGAUGAGCAGGUGAGAGCAGCAGGUGGAAGCAGUCAGCUGAUGAGGGGUGUGGCUGAGCAGCAGAGCAGGAGAGGGGCAGAGCAGACUGUUACAGAGGACAGCUUAUUUAGAAGCAUGUGAGUAUACAUUGAAACUUCUGCAGUCUCAUAUUUACAUGCACUUAAAAGAAGUGCCUCGGCUGACUUAAACCAAACUUUAACAAAUCAUCUAAAUAGAGGUGGUCACGCUUCUGUCAGUGAUUCAAUUCUUGCAUAGUGCUUGUAAACUGAGAAGAGGACAGGAGUCCAGUUAAAUCACCCAACUGAACUAUGACCAUUGCUCAACUUGACUGUGCAUGUAAACGUGUAGUGGUUGUCCUUUUAUAGGGUACUCAGGGUUUUUAUUGUGUAUCACUGACUGUUCCAGCCACUAGCCUGUUGGCUGCUGUUCAGCAUACUAGCAUUGAUGCUCCAGUCCUUGUGUAAAACCAUGAUAUUUGUACUAAAAGGUGUCAUACUGUUAGAACAUUACACUGAUGAUAGGUUAUCAACAGGAAGGACAUUUUCAUUACCCCCUCUCUCACCCCCUGCUAGGUCUUUUCUCAAACCUACCCCCUGCUCAUUAUUCACCACCUCUGGUUUACUUCAAGGUUCUUUCAAAGUGUCAAGAGUGGAGAGUUACCUGAUUACUGAUCUGAAACUGCUACACCAAACAUUGUUUUAUUAAAAUAUCAUUUAGUGACUUGAGAAGAAACAUCUGUGUAUUAUCUACGGUAAUGGAACAGUGUGAAGGAUUUGACUCUCUCUACCAAACAUGAGGAAGUCUCAUGUGAACAGGGAGCCCACAGAAGAACAGAUGUUUACUGUGUGUUUUUGAGGUCCCGUGUUAGCAAUCCUUCUUUCCCCUGAAGCCAUGUUUCCUCUGCCAAACAGAUCGCAUUGCUGAUUUGGUUGUUGGUUAAGCUGUUAUCUAUGCAGAAAAACUCGGAAUCUGAUUCUUGUUUUCGUGACAGGGUUCAAAGUCAGGUGAUAAAUAAAAAUCUGCUCUACAGGAUCGCCACUGAAGAUUUUUUAUCUUUUAUAUUGUCAAGGGGAAAGAUACUGCUGCAUUUGCAAGCAUAAGUCUGAUUGUCAACAGCUCUAAAAAACAGCAAAAAUCACUCAUUGAGGAUGGUGACAACCAGCUGGUGCAGUAUGUGGACACUUGAUUUAUGACACACCUUGUAAGAACAGAGGCCUCAAAGAGUGUGACAAUAAAGCUUAAAGGUGAAAGAAUGGAUAAACAGAUGUCGAAUUUCCCCUUGGGGAUAAAUGAAGUUCUUCUUAUCUUAUCUUAUUUUAUCUUAGCUUAGCUUAUCAUGUGAAACAAAGGCAGGUCCAAACAGGUGGGUCCGUUACUGCUUUUUCAAAAUGUCCACAGCUGCAGUCAGAGACAGUUUAAACCCAGAGUCUCCUUUAGGAGUGACCAGGAAUGACCAGCAAACCCUGAUCAGGUGACAUCAGAGUCCUGCUGGAUUUAAAAGGUUUCAGGAGCUCUGUGACUGAAGCUAGAGCUUAAACUGUGGGUUUGGGUAACAGGGGUUUGGUUUGACCUUACAUGACGCUGCAUACUUGACAUGGGGACUGGUGUGUGCUGUCAUUAGGCUUCAAAACGCCUCUUCAGAGUCCACAGAGUCCAGAGCGAUCUGUGUACUUAGCGGCCAAUGGAUUUUCGUUUACAAAUGAAAAAACAAAAAAUCAGGUGACCAGCCGUCUCCUGAUGACCAGUGGGGAAUUGGAAAAUGAUAAAAGGAAAACAAAUCGUUUUCUAUUUUGAUCUUAAGAACCAGAGAACGAAAAAACAACUCAGUAUUUGACUUUCUUUGAUGUGGGUUCAAACGGAAAUCGAAGAUCAAAAUACGUGCGUGAAAACCUUGCGUUUCAAGUUCCAUUUACUUGUUUGUCGCAACCUUGGGGUUGUGACUUGAAGCAAGAGGCUCGUUACCACAGUAACACCCUCAGGAAUAAGGUGUAAGAAGAAUUUUGCUGAGCGGCGCAGCCCGGCGUAAGUAUUCCCCCUCCCUAACUCAGCUCCUCCCAGCGGCGUAAGUAGUAGCGAGGGAGGAGAGAGGGCGUGGAGUGGGUUCAACACAGCCCAGACCUGUAUUGACCAAUAACAUCAGCUCCUCUCCUCGUUUUUAAAUCCGCCACUGGCGAGGCGUAUUACUAUUUCCGUGAAGUAGUCAAAGAGAUCAAGACAUGUCUGAAGACAGUAAUGCCACACGAUGGUAACAGAAGGCAGCUCCUCAACAAGUGUCGCUGCAGAGGGCGUCCUCCACACUCUCUCAUAUGAGCACAGAUGGAUUUAGUGUGUGUAAUGUUGGACCCACUGGUAAGACAAACACCCUUUUCCACAAAUAAAGACACUUGCAUAAAGUUGCAUAUAUUCAAACCUCACGUGACAAAGGUGGGUUGUGCGCACAGAUCACAACAUAAAUUCCAAAAAUUGCAUUAAAAUCGGAACCAUCUGUGCGUAAUGACACAUCGUGCUCCGUGGCCUGUCUCUUUCUUUCAUAGAUGUUGGCAUAUAAAAUAAAUUUGGCUCACAAAACUGAAUAUUAUAAUAUUCAUAUGUAGGCUUAAAGUAAAUAACUCCUCUGAUCACUGAAACAUUUCAUCUGUUCAGCUGCAGCAGGACGGGGAGAGGACACGGAGACAUGUCCAGGUCGGGCUGCGCGAGAAAUAAGAGGAAGAGAGAAAAGGAGGAGAGACGAAUUACAUAUCUUGUUAACUUCAUCAUGUAUGUCUAUUUACUAGAUAUUUAAUUUAAUGCGGUUUCAGCUGUGUUGAUUCAGUCAGGUUGUGUGUCCAAACGCGUGCCAAACGCGCUCAUCAGAUCAGAUAUAGAUCAGAAUAUAUCUAUAUAGAUCUAAAUGUAUAUGCUGACUCAGAUUGUUAGUUGUUGAUGAUUAUUUAUUGCACUGAAAUGUGCCUGAGACUGUGGAAACCUGCCGGUGAGGCAUCGGCGACGUAUGCCAAUACGCCGCCGGUCUACCAAAAUACCACUAGACCAGCCACGUUUUGCCUGCGCUGAAAGCUGACCAGGUUUGAAUCGGCGAGCUUUCAGCGCACUUUAUACACCGGUGGCACGCACGAAAAUGUCACUGCGCAUGCUGAUUCUGUCGACACCUCCCCCUGCCACACCACCAUGCCCAGCUUGGCGGAUCUCGGUGCGCCUCAGUCCACAAAAAUACCAAACUGGCUGUACGCCGGGCUCCGCCAGCCGAAAAUACAACUGCAUGGGGUCCGCCACCCUCCGCCGCCUCACCGGAAACACGAAAAUAGAGCCCAUAAACUUUUUUUUUUUUUUUUACAAAUAAUAGGUAACUCAGAAUUUCAUGGCUGCAACACGUGCCAAAGUAGUUGGGACAGGGGCAUGUUUACCACUGUGUUACAUCACCUUUCCUUUUAACAACACUCAUUAAACGUUUGGGAACUGAGGAGACUAAUUGUUGAAGCUUUGAAGGUGGAAUUCUUUCCCAUUCUUGCUUGAUGUACAACUUCAUUUGUUCAACAGUCCAUGGUUUCCGCCACACAUUUUCAAUGGGAGACAGGUCUGGACUGCAGGCAGGCCAGUUGAGUACCCGCACUCUUACUAAAAAGCCACGCUGUUGUAACACAUGCAGAAUGUGGCUUGGCGUCCAUGAAAAAGAUAUAGCAUAUGCUGCUCCAAAACCUGUAUGUACCUUUUAGCAUUAAUGUUGCCUUCACAGAUGUGUAAGUUACCCAUGCCUUGGGCACUAAUGCACCCCCAUACCAUCACAGAUGCUGGCUUUUGAACUUUGCGUGGAUAACAGUCCAGAUGGUUCUUUUCCUCUAUGUCUGUAUGUCUAUUUACUAGAUAUUUAAUUUAAUGCGGUUUCAGCUGUGUUGAUUCACUCAGGUUGUGUGUCCAAACGCGUGCCAAACGUGCUCAUCAGAUCAGAUAUAGAUCAGAAUAUAUCUAUAUAGAUCUAAAUGUAUAUGCUGACUCAGAUUGUUAGUUGUUGAUGAUUAUUUAUUGCACUGAAAUGUGCCUGAGACUGUGGAAACCUGCCGGUGAGGCAUCGGUGACGUAUGCCAAUACGCCGCCGGUCUACCAAAAUACCACUAGACCAGCCGCGUUUUGCCUGCGCUGAAAGCUGACCAGGUUUGAAUCGGCGAGCUUUCAGCGCACUUUAUACACCGGUGGCACGCACGAAAAUGUCACUGCGCAUGCUGAUUCUGUCGACACCUCCCCCUGCCACACCACCAUGCCCAGCUUGGCGGAUCUCGGUGCGCCUCAGUCCACAAAAAUACCAAACUGGCUGUACGCCGGGCUCCGCCAGCCGAAAAUACAACUGCAUGGGGUCCGCCACCCUCCGCCGCCUCACCGGAAACACGAAAAUAGAGCCCAUAAACUUUUUUUUUUUUUUUACAAAUAAUAGGUAACUCAGAAUUUCAUGGCUGCAACACGUGCCAAAGUAGUUGGGACAGGGGCAUGUUUACCACUGUGUUACAUCACCUUUCCUUUUAACAACACUCAUUAAACGUUUGGGAACUGAGGAGACUAAUUGUUGAAGCUUUGAAGGUGGAAUUCUUUCCCAUUCUUGCUUGAUGUACAACUUCAUUUGUUCAACAGUCCAUGGUUUCCGCCACACAUUUUCAAUGGGAGACAGGUCUGGACUGCAGGCAGGCCAGUUGAGUACCCGCACUCUUACUAAAAAGCCACGCUGUUGUAACACAUGCAGAAUGUGGCUUGGCGUCCAUGAAAAAGAUAUAGCAUAUGCUGCUCCAAAACCUGUAUGUACCUUUUAGCAUUAAUGUUGCCUUCACAGAUGUGUAAGUUACCCAUGCCUUGGGCACCAAUGCACCCCCAUACCAUCACAGAUGCUGGCUUUUGAACUUUGCGUGGAUAACAGUCCAGAUGGUUCUUUUCCUCUUUGGCCCUGAGGACACGACAUCCACUAUUUCCUAAAAAACAAUUUGAAAUGUUAGACCACACAACACUUUUCCACUUUGCAUCAGUCCAUCUUAGAUGAGCUCGGGCCCAGAGAAGCCGAUGUUUUUGAUAAAUGGCUUUCACUUUGUAUAGUAGAGUUUUAACUCGUACUUACAGAUGUAGCGACGAACUGUAUUUACUGACGGUGGUUUUCUGAAGUGUUUCUGAGCCCACAUGGUUAUAUCCUUUACACAUUGAUGUCAGGUUUUGAUACAGUGCCGCCUGAGGGAUCAAAGGUCACGGACAUUCAAUGUUGGUUUCCGGCGGUGCCGCUUACGUGCAGUGAUUUCUCCAAAAUCUCAGAACCCUUUGACGACAUUAUGGACCGUAGAUGUUGAAAUCCCUAAAUUCCGUGCAAUUGUACUUUGAGAAACAUUGUUCUUAAACUGUUCGACUAUUUGCGCAUGCAGUUGUUCACAAAGUGGUGAACUUUGCCCCAUCCUUGCUUGUGAAUGACAGAGAAUUUUUGGGGAAGCUGCUUUUAUACCCAAUCAUGGCACCCACCUGUUCACCUGUGGGAUGUUCCAAAUAGGUGUUUGAUGAGCAUUCCUCAAAUUUCUCUGCAUUUUUUGCCACCUUUCCCAACUUCAAUGGAAUUGGGUUUUUUAUUUUUUUAAUAAUUUUGGGGAAAAUCUGCCAGAAUACGAACACACCUUCACCUUUCACAAUAUUGCACCUGCAUGGCUGCAAGAUCACUUAGCUUCUGCAGUUCAUGAGCAGCUAUGUGUAUUUCACCUGAAGCUGACACUUGAACCCAGACACAUUGAUGUGGGACAUACACUAUAUGUAGCAGCGGCAGGAAGCAAUGGCGUGCAGGAGCAGCACGCAAAACACGCCUCACAGUCUGCCUCAAUAUCCUACUUUCUCUGCUAAUAUAUUAUACUUCAAAGACUGCGACGAAGUCGGGGUAUGAUUAUUAUAACAUCUCUCUGGAUGGGGAUGGGGACACAACAACAAUAGCCAACAACAAGCGGCUUGGCUAUGGCGCCAAUGCAGCACUCGUCCACCUUCUGCAGAAUGCGUGGCGGCCACUCAUUGCGGGGAGACAGGGGGACCACAGUGGGGAAAAUAAUCAUCAUCUGCUUACUGCUAUCUGGCAAUGUCCAUCCAUGUCCAGGCCCUACAUCGGGAACAGGAGUCCACCCUGAACUACCCAAUGUAGCCCGCACCACCGUAGCUAAUGUGGCCAACGCCACAGUGGUCAACAACAUCAACCAUUGGCUAACGCUGUCAGCCUGGCCCCCGACGCCCCUGCUACCACAUCAAGCGGCUACAAAAGCAUUAGCAUGGCUACACCUACCUCCGCCAGUGUUCCGGGAGCUACUUGGUCUCAAUCCGACGACAGCGAGGGACGUUUCUCGGACCCACACCGGUGGGCCUCCGCUGGACAACAGCCGACUGACAUUGCCGGCUCCCGGGGCUGAGGCCACUGUGCCUGGAGGUCUCUGUUGCGGAGCUGGGCCACCGAUUGUCGGCCUUGCGUCGCCGCCGCCUGGGGCUGUGGCUACAGAGGGCGGUGAGCCGGUUUUGCGGACACCGGCUCGAUGUAACCACUAGCUCCCAAGGCUGUGGCCACCGAGCCCGGAAGCCUCUGCUGCGGAGCUGGGCCGCUGGUUGCCAGGCCUGCAACACUGCAGACAGGGACUGCCGUGCUCAGCCUGACCAAAACCACCAUCAUGUCUGGAAGUCUCCGGGUCGGAGCCAGACCUCUGACCUACAGGCAAGCUCAACGAACCAGCAAGAAACUACGACCAACAACUCAUCACACACCUAUAAACAAUAAUGGUUGCAUCGAGAAAGGCCCCAGGAAUCCUGUUUUUAAAAAAGUAUGUAAAACUAAAAUUUUUAAUACAUUAAAUCAAGCUAGAGUAGUAUGGGACCCCCAGUGCAAACCCAAGGGCUUCUUAUGUGGCCACAUCAACAUCAGGAGUGUGGGUAACAAAUCGAAUCAAUUACAAUAUCUCUUAGCAGAGUCAAAUAUUGAUUGCUUGGGACUAUCAGAAACCUGGCUGACUAGCAAGUCCCCCUCAGCCCUUGUGAACAAACCAGGAUACAAUGUAUUCAGAAAGGACAGCUCACAGGGGAAGGGGGAUGGGGUGGCACUGUAUAUCAGGGACACUCUGGUUUGCAGAGAAAUUGUGGUAGCCUCUGACAUAAACUUUGAAUGUGUGGGGGUAGAAGUAUCUCUAUCUGAGGAAAUGUCGUUUACCGUUAUCUGUUUAUACCGGCACCCUAAAGCCAAGAAUGACUUUUAUGAUCAACUCAAAUCAUUAGUAAAGUCUAGGGAAUCCAAAAAAGAGACAGUGUAUCUUAGGGAUUGGAAUAUUAAUUAGGAUGAUAAACAAAAUAGAAAAAACCUCAAAUGAAUCACAGACUCCUUUAAUUAAGGGCAGCUUUUCAAUCAGCCAACUAGGGUAACUAACACAUCCCAAACAAAAAUCGACUUAGUGUUCACAAAUAAAGCUGAAAGAAUUGUCAAAGUAUAUAAUUUCUUAACUGGUCUGUCCGACCAUAAUUUAAUACUCCUUGCUAGGAAACUCACUAAAAAGAGGUUUGCAAUGCAACCCAAAAAGCCUGCCUCCUGCGCAAGUUACAUCCCCAAAAACAAGAUGCAACAGCUAGGGGAAGCAGUGGGUGGAAUCGAGUGGGGUGGCAUUCUCUCUCAUUCUGAUGUUGAGACAAACAGCUCCAAAUUUCUAUCUAAGAUUGAACAAUUACUAUCCUCGUUCUCCACAAAGGGGCUGAAUAGAACCAAGAGAGGGCAUGUCCUACCAUGGCUAGAUAGCAACUGUAGAAAUAUGAUGAGGGACAGGGACCACCUACUAAAACAGUGCUUAAAAUCAGGUUUAUCAACAGACAGACAAAAAUUUGUCUCCAGUAGAAACUCAGUAACUCAGCUUUUAAGGAAAGCCAAGGCAAAUUUUUUUAUUAGUGUCAUAGAAAAUGCUAAUGGUGGAGCAAAGAAGGUCUGGUCAGUUCUGAAUAAAUUGUUAGGGAAGCAGACUAGUCAGAGUACAAGCACACUUGAACUAAAGGUGGAUGAGGUCACGGUCAAUGACCCGUCAUCAUUGGCCAGCACGUUUAAUAAUUUCUUCUUGUCUAGUAUCACUGACAUUGUUAAACUUUUCUCUCCCCCUGUUAUCUCACCUCGCCCGAUCUCGGUGAAACAGCCCAUCCUGGAAGCCAAGGAUGCAUAUGGGUUGGAUACAAACUUCCUAAAUACUCACAGUGACACCCUAGCUAAACCAAUCACCAAUUUUUGCUUAACCAGUCUAUUAGGCAAAACACGGUUCCUUCCUCGUGGAAGGUAGCUAAGGUCACACCAAUCUAUAAAUCUGGCAGCAAAGUCUUAGUCGAAAAUUAUAGACCCAUCAGCAUUCUCCCCAGCAUAUUUAAGAUAGCUGAGAAGUGGGUCGCCAAGCUUGUGAUUAAACAUCUAAACACAGGGCAGACACCACUCCACCCAAUGCAAUUUGGUUUUAGAUCACAACACUCGACGGAGACAGCAAAUAAUGUCUUCAUAGAAAAAAAUCAAAAAGAGUCUGGAUACAAACCCAUAUGUAGGUGCUGUGUUCCUGGAUCUUAAGCGGGCCUUCGACACCGUUAAUCACCACGUUCUUCUCACAAAACUAUCACAUUUCAACUUCUCCAUAAACUCAAUUCUCUGGUUAAAAUCAUAUUUAUCUAAUCGUAAACAGUGCGUGAUGGUUGACGGUGUCAAGUCCCAGUACUUGGAAAACCCAGUGGGUGUCCCACAGGGAUCGGUCCUAGGACCAUUACUUUUUUCCUUAUAUAUUAAUGAUCUACUAGAUGUGUGCCCAAACGUCAAUAUACAAUUGUAUGCCGAUGAUGCAGUCAUCACUAUUCAUGGUAAGACCACUAAACAAAUCUCUGAGAGUCUGACCAGUGCACUUGACCAGGUUCACACCUGGCUUGGAAAUGCUUGCCUUAUGCUGAAUGUAAAGAAAACUGUGUACAUGUUGUUCAGCAAGAGAAAGGUAACUAUGGAAAGGUCUGGUGUAUAUUCGAAGGGGGUAGAACUUGAACUUGUUACACACUUAUCCAGGAGUCACUUUAGACUCCAAAAUGUCACAAACACAAUCAAUUUUAAUUUGCGUAAUUUUAGGCAAAUCCGACCCUAUCUGACCAGAGAAGCAGCUAAAACCUAUCUCCAUUGCAUGAUCCUCUCUCAUAUAGAAUAUUGCUUUACUAACUGGUUUGCUGAUGCAAGAACCAUCAAACCCAUUGCACAAUUAUUUAAAAGGGCUAUCAAGAUACUGGACAAAAAAACAAACUCUUACCAUCACUGUAACAUCUUGGAUAAGUAUCACCUUCUUAGUUUUGAAAAUUACAGGAAUUUUAAAAAAUGCGUGCCUAAUAUAUAAAUGCCUGAAUGGCCUGGCUCCCCCUCCUCUUAUGGAGUUCAUCCAUAAGAAGAGGGACACAGGGCAGGAAACCAGAGCCUCGGCCAGGGGAGACUGUGAAAUAGCUUUCAGAAAGACUGCUUUCAGUCAAAACACCCUCUCCAUCAACGGAUGCAGCUACUGGAACCAGCUCCCAACAAUAAUCAGAGAGACUCCCACCUACACUGUUUUUAAAAGGCAGCUAAAACAGUGGCUAAAACAAUCACAGUCAUGUAACCAUUUCUAGUGAGGUUUUAAUUUUAAAUUUACAAACCCGGGCACUAAGCACUUUAUGGCACUUGGUACUUUGAAGCACUAGGCACUUUCUAUGCACUAAGCACCUUCCACCAGUGGUCUACUCUGCCUCUGUUUUUAUAUUUGUCAUGUUUGUCGUCUGCUACUGUAUUGUUGUCUAUUGUUGUUGCUUUUCUGUUUGAGGACAAUGGAUGGAAAUUAGCCUUAGCUAACUCCGGCUGGUUUACAAUGAGAAUAGACAUACAUAUUUCUUGUAUCAUGUCUUCUUCUCCUUGUCCAUGAACUGGUACUGUCCUGUCUAAAUAAAUGAAUAAAUAAAUAAAAUAAACAUUGAGGCUCUGACUCUGCUCUACAUGCUUUUAAGUCAUGUCCAACUCUGUUAACAAGUUGCAACCAACCCUGUAAGAAGAUAAGCCUCAGCCCCCCCGCCUACGGCAGUGGCGCUAACACACCAGCUAAAAGCUAGUGUUACCUGCAUGAGCCUGUAAGUAAGUGGCUUAUGGGUCGUGUAGGCAAGUAACGCAGAGCGUGGCGAGAGUAGGUCUGUCCUAUUGGUGUGCAUGUGUGUAGCAGCUCUGAAUAAAGUAAACCAUUCUGAAGUUAUGCUCCGUGUUAUCCCCCUAUUUUCUCCUGCCAUGUUAGCUGGACCAGCUAGUUACCAGCAUUAAACCAGCGAAAGUAGCUGUCCCAUACCACGAUUAGGGAUGAAGUAGCCAAAAAGUUAACACUAGUAUACAUUAUAUGAACCCAGUUCUUUAUAUCCUCCCCUAACCCCCCAAUAGUAGAGGGCGGCAGAAUUAUAACAAUGUCCUGCUUAGAGUGACAGACAAUGCUCACACAUUGUUUUCAUCCGCGAUGGCUUUAAUAAUUGCGAUUAGCUUAGAAACUGUGGAAAAUGCUGGCUCCGCUACAGAUAUAACCUGUGUUAAUCAAGCAGAACAUUGUUUGUUUAUUUUUAAUCAAAUGUUCUGUAUUUAUAACACAUGUUUUGGCGUGAUUAAUAAAGUAAACUGUGUAAAAAUCCAUUAAGAAAUGAGCAGGAUAUUUAUAUUCCAUGUAUGUCUAAUGCCUUUAAUGGGAACAUUGCCCACACCAAGAUGGCUGCUAUGAAAGCAGGUCGCUAAGUGGGCUACAACUGCGCGCUGGUGUAUCUAAGAUAUAUAUCUGUGCGAGAGCCUCUUACUCAGUUGCUCCAAGUCACAACUUCCAGGUCAUGGGAAACAAGUGAAUAAAACUUGAAACAAAAGAUUUCCACGCUCAUUUUUUGAUCUUCGAUUUCCGUUUGGAGCGAUUUGAAUUCAAAAUAAAUGUUCUAAAAUAAUAGAAUUAAAUUAUGACAUUUAUGCACUUGUUGAAGGGGCACCACCCACUUCUUCUGGUUGGAAAAAGACAAAACAAAGUUCAUUUAAGUAAUCAAACGUUGAAUCAGUCUUAAACAGAUUUGAAUCAAUCUCACAUCUGAGGCCGGAAUUCUCAUUUCACUUCUGGAAGGACCACUAAGAGAUGACAUCUUAAACUAAAUGGACAAUUUAUUGACAAAUGCUAGAUGAUAACAUAAAUUCAAUAAAUGGCGAUCAAAUAAUGAGAAAUUAAAAGAACAUCUAGUGAAUAAAUAAAGGAAUGGUUUGAACUGAAACUAAGACUGGGGGCUCUAUUUUCGUGUACGCCGGUGAGGCGACGGAGGGUGGCGGACCCCGCGCAGUUGUAUUUUUGUCUGGCGGAGCCCGGCGUACAGCCAGUUUGGUAUUUUCGUGGACUGAGGCGCACGGAGGCGAACCGAGAUCCGCCAAGCUGGGCGUGGUGGCAUGGCAGGGGGAGGUGUCGACAGAAUCAGCAUGCGCAGUGACAUUUUCGUGCUCGCCAGUGGUGUGUAAAGUGCGCUGAAAGCUCGCCGAUUCAAACCUGGUCAGCUUUCAGCGCAGGCAGAGCGCAGCUGGUCUAGUAGUAUUUUGGUAGACUGGCUGCGUAUCGGCAUACAUUACCGAUGCCUCACAGGCAGGUUUCCACAGUGUCAGGCACAUUUCAGUGCAAUAAAUAAUCAUCAACAACUAAUAAUCUGAGUCAGCACAUACAUUUAGAUCUAUAUAGAUAUAUUCCGAUCUAUAUCUGAUGUGAUGAGCACGUUUGGCACGCGUUUGGACACACAACCUGACCGAAUCAACACAGCUGAAACCGCAUUAAAUUAAAUUAAAUAUCUAGUAAAUAGACACACAUAAUGAAGUUAACAAGAUAUUUAAUUUGUCUCCCAUCUUUUCUUUCUUCCUCGUCCUCUUAUUUCUCAUGCAGCUCGACCUGGACAUGUCUGUGUGUCCUCUUGCAGCUGCUGAUGAUAGAUGAUUUGUUUCAGUGAUCAGAUGCGUCAUUUACGCACAGAUGGUUCCAAUUUUAAUGCCAUUAUUGGAAUUUAUGUUGUGAUCUGUGCGCACAUCCCACCUUCGUCACGUGAGGUUUGAAUUUAUGCAAUUUUAUGUGAGUGUCUUCAUUUGUGGAAAAGGGUGUUUGUCUUACCAGUGGGUCCAAACUUACACACACCAAAUCCAUCUGUGCUCAUAUGAGAGAGUGUGGAGGAUGCCCAAUGCAGCGCUUACAGUGACACUUGUUGAGGAGCUGCCUUCUGUCGCCAUCGUGUGGCAUUACUGUCUUCAGACAUCUCUUGAUCUCUUUGACUACUUCACGAAAAUAGUAAUACGCCUCGCCGGUGGCGGAUUUAAAGGCAAGGAGAGGAGCUGAUGUGAUUGGUGAAAACAGGUCUCGGCUGUGUUAAACCCACUCCACGCCCUCUCUUCUCCCUCACUACGACUUACGCCGCUGGGAGGAGCUGAGUUAGGGAGGGGGGAUACUUACGCCGGGCUGCGCCGCUCACCAAAAUACCAAAUUGUGCUUGGGAACGCCUUGUCGGCGCGGCGGACCUGACUUACGCCGCGCCUGCGGCACGUCUCUGGUGAGGCACGAAAAUAGAGCCCUGGAGGUUAAUGAUAGUGAGUGAAUAAGGAAAAAUUUAACCUACGUUAACAGGGUUACGAGGAUAAAUUUGGAUGAGGAAUUUAAAGUAACUAAACUAUAAUUAAAAUUAUAAGCUCUGAAUGCUUGACAGCAUCACUGGUUCUUCAAGGUGUGUCGAGGGGUAUGUCUACUUAUUUGAUGAUGGUUCUCAGUGGCAAUCUUGGAGCGGAUCACUAAAGGCCCAGGCUACAGAUGGUCUUUGCAGGGCGGCUAGCAGCCGGCCGAAUGGUGUCUCUGUCGUCACACCCAAAUGCACGCCAAAUGCGCCCCGUGGGUCCCGCAGUGCUCUCCUUCCGGAAUCUUGUGGCAAACGCAGCUCGGCAGAUGAUACAGGUAGGCCCUCCAGGAUUAGCUUUACUGCAGAUCAAUUCGUGCUAGUAACUUAAGAAAAUAAUUUCGCUGGCCAGCUGAUAUUAUUUUCAGGAGUCACUUUAGCGAACUAAACAAAAUAAUAGACUUAGACUUUGGUACUCUAUCCGCGCAGCUAAUUACUGAUGCUUUAAAGAAACUUGGGUAUGGUUUCGUCCAAGUUUCUGAAAAAGUCUGAAAACUUAAGGUGAAUGCAAAAAAACACGGGAAAAAGUUACAAGACGAUGGACGCCAACAAAGGGAAAAAACAAGUGAGACAAAAAGACAAUAAGAACAAAGAUUAUAAGAGGGGGAAUAGUGUCAGCUUUUAACCCGUUUGAUGUGGGUGUGAACCAAAAGAGGGGGCCGAGCUCGUGCACACAUCGUUUACUGCGCGGGCUGAUCAGGCUGGCAAGCGAAUUGAUUUUAACUUGCAGGAUUAAUAAGCGAGUUAGAUCUAAUUCACUCACUAUGAUUAAUGCUGUUUAUCAAAUCACAUAUGAUAUAGUUUCACUUCAUCGUUUCUUAUGAGCAGAUUCAUCAAACCAUAACAUUAAAUGCAAGGUAAACUUUAAUCACCCGUUUUCCUGGUAGUCUAUAAUUUGAGGAUUAAGAUUAAGAGAUUAAGUUAGAGAGGGAUAAAACCAAAUCAUCUUUCUAACAGAAACACCAUCAUGCAUAAGAAACACAUAUGUGAUUACACUUAACCUUGUCAAUCUGUACUUAGUAAAUGAUUACAAUAUAUAUUCUGAUGAGGUAGACAAGCAUAGCAUUAAAACGAUCAAAACAUUCUUAACUCAUGUAUAAAAGAGUUUUCAGGUACUACUUCUAAUAUUGCUAACCUAUUUUGGGAAAACCAUUCACUAAGCUACGAAGUAUAUGCAACCUAAUUAAAUAAAGGAAUAUGCAUUUGGAUUCUGACCAAAAUCAUAUUCAGAAAACACCACAAGGGGUAGCUCUUGGUCCAUAGAAAACCUGGAAUAAAUUUGUGAAGUUAGCAGUUUGGCUUAUAAACAUGCUAAACAAAAGGGACAAAGACUGUUUCACUGCUGAUGUGGUGUACAGUUGGAAAAUCCUGAUGAAGUGUCCAUUAAACCUGAAAUUGAAUCAUUUGCAGUUAUUUUUUUUAUUCUGCACCUAAAGAGAGACAGGAAAGAUAGCCACUAUGAAGAUUUAUGGCUGUGGUCUGUUUCACGGAUGAAUGCUUUUGAUGCACUCUUGAGUUGAGUUCCCAUGAUCUUCUAAGGUACCUUUAAGGUUAAGGUGUCAAAUUUGAGAGUCUCCAGCCAAGAGCAGAAGGGUGAAUGUUUAUCCAGUCCAGGGGUCCUGCUGGAGAUUAGCAACUUUGUCUCUUUCAAAUGCAAAAGAUUGACUGUCUGCGUUUUGGGAGAUCACCUCAUGGUUAGUUUCCCACAGACAGCAGAUUGUUAAAAGACUAUGGUUUGGUGUCGAAAUUCACCCCCCAUCUCCUUUUAGUGACCAGAGUCACUGCAUUCCUUUGAGGGUGAAUUAAAGAUGAAAAAGCAGAAAUCAGUCGUCUGCUACACGUUUAAAGCCACAUUACAUAAAGUUCUCUGAUUUUUAUGAUCAAAACGGAAAACAAACCGUUUAACGUUUUUCAUUAUCCGAUUCCCUACUGGAUGUCAGGAGAUGGCCCGUCUCCUGAUUUUUGUUUUUUAUUUGAAAACGAAAAUCUGUUGACCGUCAAGUACAUGGACCGGGAGCACAUCUCUCCUGUCUUAGCCUCUCUUCAUUGGCUCCCUAUUAAAUCUAGAAUUGAAUUUAAAAUCCUCCAUAUGACAUAUAAAGCGUUUAAUGGCCAGGCUCCGUUAUAUUUUGGAGAGCUUGUAAUACCUUACUUUCCAUUUAGACCAUUACGCUUACAGUCGCUUGCAGGUCUGCUCAUGUACCAAAUGUCUCUAAAAGUAGAGCCUACAGUGUUUCACUCACCAUCUAAAGCACUUACUUUGGAAAACAAUAGGACAAUAUCAAAAAAAUUAAUUAUGUGACAAAAAAAUUCAACCUCCCAAAAAAUAUUCAGGCCAAUGUUUGUUUUUUUUUAAAUGGGCUGAAAAGCUGUUGUUUUUCUAUUUUUUUAUUUAUUUAUCAAAUUUUUUUUGUUUGUUUUUUUAGAAUGGGCGUGUAUGUGGCUUAAGGUGCUUUUGCAGCUAGCGUCAGUGGAAAAUCAAGAAACUACAGUUUGAAGUACACGACUUCACUUCUGAAGGCUGCUGGUUGCUGCUUGGUUAUUUCAUAUUUUAAUCCUCUGGGCUCUAUUUUCAUUCCUCGCCGGAGACGUGCCGCAGGCGCGGCGUAAGUCGGGUCCGCUGCGCCGACAAGGCGUGCCCAAGCACAUUUUGGUGUUUUGGUGAGUGGCGCAGCCCGGCGUAAGUAUCCCCCCUCCCUAACUCAGCUCCUCCCAGCGGCGUAAGUCGUAGUGAGGGAGGAGAGAGGGCGUGGAGUGGGUUCAACACAGCCCAGACCUGUAUUGACCAAUAACAUCAGCUCCUCUCCUCGCCUUUAAAUCCGCCACCGACAAGGCGUAUUACUAUUUUCGUAAAGUAGUCAAAGAGAUCAAGAGAUGUCUGAAGACAGUAAUGCCACAAGAUGGUGACAGAAGGCAGCUCCUCAACAAGUGUCACUGCAAAGGGCGUCCUCCACCCUCUCUCAUAUGAGCACAGAUGGAUUUGGUGUGUGUAAUGUUGGACCCACUAGUAAGACAAACACCCUUUUCCACAAAUAAAGAAAAUCACAUCAAGUUGCAUAUAUUCAAACCUCACGUGACAAAGGUGGGUUGUGCGCACAGAUCACAACAUAAAUUCCAAAAAUGGCAUUAAAAUUGGAACUAUCUAUGGAUAAUGACGCAUUGCGCACCAUAGUCUGGCUCUUUACCGUAUUUGGCUUAAAGUAAAAAAACUCAUCUGAUCACUGAAACAAGUCACCUGUUCAGUCGCCGCAGCUGCAGCAGGACGGGGAGAGGACACGGAGACAUGUCCAGGUCUGGCUGCGCUAGAAAUAAGAGGAAGAGGAAGAAAGAAAAGGGGAGAGACGAAUUACAUAUCUUGUUAACUUCAUCAUGUGUGUCUAUUUACUAGAUAUUUAAUUUAAUGUAAUGUGGUUUCAGCUGUUUUGAUUCGGUCAAGUUGUGUGUCCAAACGCGUGCCAAACAUGCUCAUCAGAUCAGAUAUAGAUCAGAAUAUAUCUAUAUAGAUCUAAAUGUAUGUGCUGACUCAGAUUAUUAGUUGUUGAUGAUUAUUUAUUGCAGUGAAAUGUGCCUGACACUGUGGAAACCUGCCGGUGAGGCAUCGGUGACGUAUGCCGAUACGCCGCCGGUCUACCAAAAUACCACUAGACCAGCUGCGCUCCGCCUGCGCUGAAAGCUGACCAGGUUUGAAUCAGCGAGCUGUCAGCGCACUUUAUACGACAGUGGCAAGAAUGAAAAUGUCACUGCGCCCACUGAUUCUGUCGACACCUCCCCCUGCCACGCCACCACGCCCAGCUUGGCGGAUCUCAGUGCACCUCAGUCCACGAAAAUACCAAACUGGCUGUACGCCGGGCUCCGCCAGACGAAAAUACAACUGCGCGGGGUCCGCCACCCUCCGCCGCCUCACCGGCGUACACGAAAAUAGAGCCCUAUAUGUUGCUCAGAACAGGAAUAAUUUGCUUCAACAGAAUCAGCUUCUCCAUUUCUAGAGCAAUAGUCGAAAAAAGAAGAGGAAAAACAGAAACAGAAUUAAGAGGUACAAUAAAAAUAGGUACAAAAUAUAUACAAGAUAAAAUUCUUCAGUGCAGUGCAAACAGUGCAGUGAAAACUAUUUACAAGAAUAAGGAAGAUAAAUAAAUAUAAGAAUUAUAUACAUACAAAAAGUGUCUGUAAAUUUCUAUUUUUGUGUGAUUUCCUUUCUAUUUGGGCCUAAAAAAAACAUUACAAUUUAAAUUUUUUUGAAUAUAUUUUUUAUUUUAAUUUUACAGCAUGUCCACUGUAAAGGACAACAGGACGAUUUCCGUGUGAAGAAUUUAGAAAAUUAGAAAAAAGGAUCAAGUUACAUGUUUAGAGUGAUCUUCACCCAAGAACACAUUCAAGUUGAUAAAAAAAAAAUGCAAAUGUUCUGUUACUUGUUACUUGCAAGGACAAAAAACAUUGAUUUUAGUUCAACAGUGAACUACAAGACAUCGAACAUAAGUAGUUCUGCUUUUCUUCUUCCUAUUUUAGCUGUGAUAAUCCUUGAAGCAUGUUUUCUUUUUGGUGAUGCAGAGGAACAUCUUGCACUUGGUGCACCUGAUGUAUGUCUUGCCAUUGCAGCCCUUGUUCCUGCAUCUUUCUGCAUGUUUGAUGUCCAUCAUCUCUAGCAUGUGCCUGGAUCCUAGUCUGUGUACAGAUGGCUCUGGUUGUGGGAGCCUUGUUUUGGCUGGUGGCUGAUACUCUUCCUCACUGUCUUCACUGCUGUCCUCAAAUGAAGGACUAUCCAUCAGCUCUUCUGCCAGGUGCAAUUUAAAGUCGAGGUACUGCUGUGUGUUCUUAGCAGGUUGAUUCAGCGCUUUACUGUCAGACUUGUACUGGACCCAAGCGUUUGUGAUGGCAACAUCAAAGAAAUGUAUCAUCACACGUGAUGUCCACUUCUUGGUCCUAGUUGACAUGCGGUAGAAGCUCAGCAUGCGGUCGCAGAGGUCUACACCACCCAUAUUGUCAUUAUAUUCUCUGAUUACUACUGGCCGUCUCUCCUGGACAUGGCCUUUGUCUUUGUUGGACCAUCUGCUACAGAUGUCCUCUGGAUCUUUCCCAUAGACAGUGGAGGCCAUUAGAACUGGUUUAUUAUCAAACCAUUUCAUCACUGCCAGCUCAGGCCCACUCCGGACCAACGUCACUGAAGCCCCUCUCCCUUCUUUUCUCAGCUGCUUAUCUCCUGGCAGCUGGCAUUGCUUUGGAAUCCUGUUCCUCAUAAUGGUUCCAGUUGCUGGAAGACCCUUUGAGAGCAAAGCAUCCAUGAAAUCCAUGAAAGAACACAUAUGUUCCAGUAAGAACUGACUCGACCAUUCGCAAGACCGCUGCAGCUCCAACUCCCAGUCUUUGGCCCCUGAAUGUGUUUUUGCCCUGAUAGACCUCGAAAUCCAGGACCAGACCAUUUGGCGAGGCAAGCACAAAAACCUUUAGUCCAGUAGAGUUUGGCUUUCCUGGCACAUAUUGCCCGACUGGGCAGCGGCCUGUGAACGGGAUGAUUUGCUCAUCAUUGCGCACCUUGUCACACCUUGGAAGGCUGAGACAACCUUGCCUCACACGGUCAAGCAAUGGUCUGACUCUCCAAAGAAUGUCUGACUCCUUUGCCUCUUCAGUUACAUCCAGGUCACUGACAAUCUUGAGUGAGCCUCUCAGUUUGUAGAACCUAUCCCUUGUCAUUUUCCUGCUAAUAACUGGCACUCUAGUUUUUUUAGCCCAAAACAUUUUGACUCUGGGAUAGCCAAGACAGGCCAUGUGUACUGAUAUGCCAAAGAAAAUCUUGAUUUCUUGGGCAGUAGUAUUCAGUGACACUCCCUUAUUUUGCAGCUGUCUUUGAUUUGUAAGAGCUGCCAGAUCCUCAAAGAUUUUGUCAUCUAUGUAUUGUGAAAAGUACUGGAUUGGACUCCAGUAUUCACGGAUUUUAGGGUCAUCUUGAUAGGCAGGAAGCCCAGGUAGCACAGGUGUGAAUCUGUUAUGGAUGAAAAAAAAAACACAAAUAAAUUAAUUAAAAAUGUAAUAUAAGGAGUAACAUUUAAUUUUUCCACAUCAAUUUGGAUUAAUGCAGUAAUUUCAGUGUCAUGGAUGUGAUAUGACUCUCUAUUGACCAACUUUAAAAGGUAACUUGCAUAUAUUUAACAGCAUUUAAACAUAGUACAAAUACAACAAUAAUCUAACAUGAUAAUAAAAUAUAAUACAUCAGCCUGAAACUAAUUAAAACAUACAAAUUAGUCCUGGCCCACAGAGGACGACGACGACGGCUUUCCUGCUCCCUCUCUGUCUCUGAGUCUGUCUCAUCAGAUUCUCCUGCAUCUUCAUCCUCUCCCUCUUCAUAAUCAUCUUCCCCUAUCACAGGCUGAUACUCAUCCUCCCCAUCCUUUUCCUCAUCUGAAAGCUCCAAAUCUGAAUCUCCCUCUAUUAUCUUGUACAGAAUCCUCUUUGCUUCACUUCUUUCUCCUACAACAAUGUGCAGUCAUUAAAUACAUUAAAAUGCUCCUGGUGUCCACUACAGUUGACAUUCAUUAAAUGACUGUUAUAUCAAAACAGAAAUUAUGAAACUUUUUUCAGAUGCAAAAAUAUUGUUAUUGACAUGUUAAUGAACAAGAAUAUAUAUCAUUAUCAUGGUAAAAAUAGCAAUAGAUAAAGAAUAUUUGGCUUACCUCUCCUCUUUCUGUAAAAUGUGCUUGUUGGUAUGGCAGCCAUCUUCAUAGAGAAAAAAAGUAAAGUUCCCAGCAUGCAAACCCAUCACAUGUUACAUCACUGGAAAGCCCAGGAUGUCCUCUACAGAAUACUACAGGGCUUGAUAGGGUAAAUCCAAACACUUCAGGAAGACACAGGUGAACAAAAUGUCCAUUAUAAAGGACAUAAAUGAAUGGGCUGGGUCUCAGGAGGAUAUGUAAAUAUAUAUAUAUGUCUAAAAAGUCAUUUUUUCUGCCUUUAAUGUGACCUAUAACCUGUACAAUGUAAUUAAAAAACAAACUGAAACAUUUAAAGGGGAAAAAUACAAAAUAAAAAACUUAAAUAACCUGGUUGCAUAAAUAUGUACUCCCUUAAACUAAUUCUUUGCUGCAGCACCUUUGGCUGUUAUUCCUGCACUCAGUCUUUUUGGGUAGAAGUCUAUUAGUGUGGUACAUCUUGAUGUGGCAAUAUUUGCCCACUUUUUUUUGCAAAACGGCUCCAAAUCUGGCAGAUUGCAAGGGCAUCUCCUGUGCACAGCCCUCUUCAGCUCACCCCACAAAUGUUCAAUGGGAUUCAGGUCUGGGCUCUGGCUGGGCCACUCGAAAGUCUCAGUCUUAUUCCGGUGAAGCCAUUCUUUUGUUGAUUUAGAUGUGUGCUUUGGGUCAUUGUCGUGCUGAAAGAUGAAGUUCCUCUUCAUCUUCAUCUUUCUAGCAGACUGCCGAAGGUUUUGUGCUAACACUGACUGGUAUUUGGAACUGUUCAUAAUUCCCUCCACCCUGACUAAGGCACCAGUUCCAGCUGAAGAAAAACAGCCCCAAAGCAUGAUGCUGCUGCCACCAUGCUUCACUGUGGGUAUGGUGUUCUUUUGGUUAUGAGCAGUGUUGAUUUUGUGCCAAAUAUACCUUUUGCAAUUAUGUCCAAAAAGUUCAACUUCGAUUUCAUCAGACCGUAACACAUUUUCCUACACGUGUUUGGGAGAGUUCAGAUGUCUUUUUGCAAAAUGAAGCUGGGCUUUGAUGUCUUUUUUUUUUGUAAGAUAAGGCUUCCGUCUUGCCACCGUGAAGAAGACAGGAGAUUGUUGUCUCACGUACUACACAGCCAAUACUUGCCAGAAAUUCCUGCAGCUCCUUCAGUGUUGCUGUCGACCUCUUGGCAGCCUCCGUGACCAGUUUUCUUCUCGUCUUGUCACCAAUUUUGGAUGGACGUCCUGUUUUUGGAAUUGUUACUGUUGUGCCAUAUUUUCUCCACUUCAUAAUAAUGGUCUUCACUGUGUUCCAUGGUAUAUUUAAUUGCUUGGAAAUUAUUUCAUAGCCCUCACCUGACUGAUAUCUUUGAAUAACAAGAUCCCUCUGAUGCUUUGGAAGCUCUCUGCGGUACAUGGCUUGUGCUGGAAGAUGUGGCUACAAAAAUAUCAGGAAAAGCCUACUAGAACAGCUGAACCUUAUUUGGGGUUGAUCAGAGGCACUUUGAAUGGUGACAAGUGUGUGCUGACGCAGCCACAUCCCCAGUUAUAAAAGGGUUUGCACACUAAUGCAACCACAUGAUCUCAGUCGUUUAUUUUUACUUCACCUCCCUGAGAGAUUUCUGUUUGUUUUUCAAUUGUGUUGUACAGGUUAUAUUAAAGGCAGAAAAAGUUGUGAAUUUAUUUCACUUGAUGUAACUUUUUUAUAUGACAAAAACUUGGCAUGCUGUGAGAUAUAUAUAUAUAUAUAUAUAUAUAUAUAUAUACACAUCACAGCAAACACCCAUUUAAAUAUUAAUGGAUGAUGUGGAUGAUACUUUGGGCUCUAUUAUCGUGCCCGCUGGCGAUGUGGCAGCGGUAUUUUUGUCUGGCAGAGCCCAGUGCACAGCCAGUUUGGUAUUUUCAUGGACUGAGGCACACCGAGGUCCACCAAGCUGGGCGUGGUGACGUGGCAGGGGGAGGUGUUGACAGAAUCAGCUGGCGCAGUGACAUUUUUGUGCCCGUCUGCGGCGUAGAAAGUGCGCUAGAAGCUCGCUGAUUUAAACCUGGUCAGCUUUCAGUGUAGGUGGAGCGCAGCUGGUCUAGUGGUAUUUUGGUAGACCGGCGGCGUAUCGGCAUACAUCACUGAUGCCUCACCGGCAGGUUUCAACAGUGUCAGGCACAUUUCAGUGCAAUAAAUAAUCAUCAACAACUAAUAAUCUGAGUCAGCACAUACAUUUAGAUCUAUAUAGAUAUAUAUAUGAGCGCAUCUGGCACGCCUUUGGACACACAACCUGACUGAAUCAACACAGCUGAAACCGCAUUAAAUUAAAGGGGACCAGCCAUCAAAAUUUCAUACCAAUUUUUAUCAUUUUUUCAUAAUCCUUGAUGUCCUCUGAUCAUGUUUGCAACAUAAUUUUAGCUGAAAAGUUAUUUGAUGGUUUGUUUUAGUAUGCCUAAAAUACCUUACAGGACAACCAACUGAUUUUGGCUCAUUAACAUUUAUGGUAAUGAGCUUUGCUCUGAUUGGAUCGCUGCCGUGAAGCCUGCUGUGCUCUGAUUGGCUCAGCAGUGGAGGUUCGGAUUUCGGUUUAUCCAUUUUGCUAAUGUGUGCUGAAGUUACGUGCCCAGAUGUCUGUAAUGAUAUCCGGGGAUAUUUGGUGCGGCGGCGGUGGCGGGUGCAGGGGCUGUGUGAUCACAGACAAAAUCUCGGUACUAUUUAGUAGCAGCGCAUGCCCCUUGUAAUAACCCCCGUAAGAACUGUUGUUCAGGACUGCUUACUUGUGCUUCCUACCUAUUCGGCUACUGUAAUAACCAUUGUUCGAGCCCACACACAACAUUUUUGCUCUCAUUCAUGAAACGCUUAAAUCGGGGACAUUUUCUGGGACAGCUUUUGCCAGGGACAGGUCAUCCAAUACGGGGACUGUCCCCGGAAAUCGGGGACGUCUGGUCACCUUAUGCUAAAGGCUAAAAAUGGCAGGUAUUAAACCAUAUAUUUUAGACCCCGAGUCCGAAGAGGAAGUGGAAGUUGAAGAAGAAGCCAGAGAUCUCCAGCGGUGUUUUCUCAUUCAUUCUGCCCAGCUUUAAGUUCAUUUUCCCGGCAGUGAACCCAAGGAAACACCGGUCAUUUGGAAGAGACCCAUAGCAGAUACAGCGGUAGCUGGGUCUCGCUGUGAAUGAGUACGAGAACGAGAGAGUGGGCACGGCUCACCGAGGACGCACUCGUGAAUAAUAAUGAGCAGGGUAAGCGCGACGUCAGAGAGACCUGCUUUUUCAAUUGGCCUGGUUAACCCGUUCCUUUAUUUUAAACCUUUACAGAAUGCAAACAACGUAACGGUUUGUUUUCACAUUUACAACAUAAGACGAACAUAAUAUGGACCUUAUCUGACACAAAAAACACACAAAAUUACAUUUUGAUGGCAGGUCCCCUUUAAAUAUCUAGUAAAUAGACACACAUGAUGAAAUUAACAAAAUAUUUUAUUCGUCUCCCCCCUAUUUCUAUCUUCCUCUUCCUCUUAUCUCUCGCGCAGCUCGACCUGGACAUGUCUCCGUGUCCUCUCUCCGUCCUGCUGCAGCUGCGGCGGCUGAACAGAUGAUUUGUUUCACUGAUCAGAUGAGUUAUUUACUUUAAGCCUACAUACGAAUAUCAUAAUAUUCAGUUUUGUGAGCCAAAUUUAUUUUAUAUGCCAACAUCUAUGACAGAAAGAGCCAGGCCACGGAGCGCGAUGCGUAAUUAUGUACAGAUGGUUCCAAUUUUAAUGCCAUUAUUGGAAUUUAUGUUGUGAUCUGUGCGCACAACCCACUUUUGUCACGUGAGGUUUGAAUAUAUGCAACUUUAUGUGAGUGUCUUUAUUUGUGGAAAAGGGUGUUUGUCUUACCAGUGGGUCCAACAUUACAGACACCAAAUCCAUCUGUGCUCAUAUGAGAGAGUGUGGAGGAUGCCCAAUGCAGCGCUUACAGUGACACUUGUUGAGGGGCUGCCUUCUGUUGCCAUCGUGUGGCAUUACUGUCUUCAGACAUCUCUUGAUCUCUUUGACUGCUUCACGAAAAUUGUAAUACGCCUCGUCGGUGGCGGAUUUAAAGGCGAGGAGAGGAGCGGUUCUGAUUGGCGAAAACAGGUCUCAGCUGUGUUAAAUCCACUCCACGCCCUCUCUGUGACUUACGCCGCUAGGACGGGCUGAGUUAGGGAGGGGGGAUACUUACGCCAGGCUGCGGUGCUCACCAAAAUACCAAAAUGUGCUUGGGCACGCCUUGUCGGCAUGGCGGACUUGACUUACGCUGUGCCGGGGAGGAACGAAAAUAGAGCCCUUCGAGUACAACAGACAAAAACUACAACAUUUCUCACGCUGACCACAAGCUUUGUAAUUUUAUGAUGAUUCUGUCUGUGCAGAGGAAGCUUACACUCGAUAAUUUUUCUUAGAAUGUUUUGUCUUUGUGAAACCACAGCUCGAAUGUUUAAACUGCGGCUAUGAUUUUCUCUAAUUCUCUUAAUAAGUUUUGGCACUUGCAUUGCUCAGAGAGGAGCCUACAAGUCAAAUAAAUUAUGAACACAGUGAUCAUGUCCUCUGAAAGCUGACACAUGUCUGAGGGUGGCUUGGUCUGGGUUUGUAUUCCACAAAUCACUCCUCUCAUUUUCGUCAUGUAAAACACAAAGUCAGAGCAUUUACUUCAUCCAUCCAUUUCAGGACCAUCACAGGCAUGCGUCAGCGUUUUCUGUCAGGCCACCAGAUCUCUCUAUUUUAAACCAAGAUGUUAACCAGUUGAUGGACACUUUUUAAGUUGCAUUGAGUUGCUUUCCCAAAUCUGGUUUAUUUAAAGGUGGGGUAGGCAGGAUUCCGUUAAAGAAGCAUCUUUUUUGUGGUGUGUAUACGAAAAGCUUUUAAUCUCUGUCAAUAGCUAUUAGUUAUUGAUGACAUUUGGUGAUAUACCAAUAUUGCUGUGUUUUGUUAUGUCUGUGUUGUCAACCCAGCCCUGUAACCUUUCUGCUGGACAGGUAAACUGCUUUAACAAAGUAAGCCAAGUGUCUGUAACAGAAGUGUUUCUUGUCAAACGGGACCUGCUGUGUGUUGUAGUGCCACAACGCUGUUACCCUCGGGUCCUGGACUAUGUCACUUUAUGCUAGUUGUAGAAGUCCUGCAAACUGUGACCCUCAUUUAUCAAGCUUGUGUACAGCAGUAAACUCAUGUAAACCUUGCGUACGUAAGUUGCGACGUGAGGAUUGGCAUUUAUCAAUCUGCACGUGAGCGACAGGUCUGACAUUUUGUACGCAAGUUUGAGUCAGUGUGGAUCUGCAGUGCAGCAAAUGUCUGUCUCAAAAUAAUUGACACACAAACCUCAAACCUGUCAUUAAGCACAAUCAUUAAAGCUUAAGACGUAAAUAAAAUAAAAUAAAUUUGUUAUGUCCUUAGUGAAUAGGCCUAUUUGAACAUCUUCCCAGAAACACUGCCACAGAGCAGGAGCGCCGCACAUGCUACUGUGGAGCACUGCGCUCAACUUCUAAAAGGCAGGUAGCUCUGUCUUGGCCCAGCAGUGGGGACGUUGUUAUACACUCCUGAAAGGGUGUGGGAUAUCAUUUGGGCUAGUACAGUUUUGCACAAUGUUGCACUGGCGAAUGGAGUGCCAUUGGCUGUGCUGGAGAACAAUAAGGAGGAGAGACUCUACAAAGGUGAUGUACAGAGGCAACAGGACCUUAUCAAUGGAUUCUGACAUGUAAAGUAUAAGUUUAGAAAGUGCUCUUGCUAUUUAAUCAGUGAUAAAAAAAAAGCCCCAUCCUUCCCGUUAACUGACCCAUCCUCAGUUGUGGCUCCCCCAGAUUUCUCACCUCCAGGGGUAACUUGCGCGGGCUCUAGCCCCCUUAACUGGAUUGACGCACCACAGGAUGCUAAAGCAGGCUAUCAUCAGGCACUCAGGGGAUCUCUCUUUGGCAAGGUCUCCACGCUUCCCUGACCUGCCAUGAACCUGCAACCACCGUCCAUGGCACAAUCAGUGCGCCCUGUUGGCUUUCCUACAUUGAUUGCAUGUCCAGCCCCUUAGCUACUUUUCUCUCCCUCAACACUGAUAAUUGGUGAUUCCAUUUUUAGGAAUGUGCGUUAUUUUAUUGCCUAGCGCACUGCUUUCCUGAUGCCAUAGUCUGUGAAAUCUUUUGAUCAGAGUGGCAAAGACAGUUUGCCCCGGCUGUUGGCGGGGAUUCCGCCUCACCUGUGCCGGGUGCCGGCCCUGCCUUCUCGCCGGAGGCGUCCUCGUCGCCGUGGCGAGAAGGCGGUCGGCUGGUGAAGCUAAAACUGUGGCUGUCACGAUCUUUGUCCAUUUCCCGGACAGGACAUGGAUUAUUCCCUCAUUUAUUUGUGCCUCGUCAUUUUGUGGACCAGAUCGGCGUCUGUCUGGUACCUGUCACCGGCUCAGCGGAGGGACCCGAACCCCGCCGCCUCUGCCCUUUUUGUCUGUCACAGUGCGGGGUGGACCAUCGGCUUCUCAGGUCGCUGUGCCCGGCUCUCCGAUCCACCGGACCACAAGCCCAAGCCCCCGCCAGGAUCUGCCUGCUAAACGCCAGAUCCCUGGUGAAUAAAACUUUUAUCCUGAGGGAUUGCUUAAGCUCCCGUGCCCUGGAUUUCCUCUGUGUGACAGAGACUUGGAUCGGUGCGGGUGAGUCCUGCGCCCUGGCCGAACUUUUACCUCCCGACUGCUUGUACUUUAACUCCCCGCGGACGUCGGGUCGUGGUGGAGGGACAGCAACGGUUUAUAAGAAUGGCUUUAAAUGCAAGCAGCGCACUGUUUCAUCCUCUUUUUCCAGCUUUGAGGUGACUUUAUUUGAGGUGGGUCGGUCUGACCCGAUGCUGUGCGCUGUCAUUUACCGCCCCCUAAAAUACAAUAAGGAGUUUUUGAAUGACUUCUCUGGUUUACUGGCUGAAAUUAUGCUGAACUAUGACCGCGUCCUUGGGGAUUUUAAUAUUCACCUGUGUUGUCCAGAAAAGCCGCUGGUGAAGGACUUUGUAAGUCUUAUUGACUCUUUUAAUUUGGUGCAGUGUGUGUCGGGCGCUACACACCUGUGUCUAACUUGGAGAUAUGUGAUGUAUUUUCUGAUCACAGGCCUGUAUUGUUUGAAGUGUAUCUUUCUUGUUCUGAGGUUAAAUCUGGCGCCCCUGCGCAGAGACGCCGGAUUCUUAACCCCUCCACUGCCGGUCACUUCUGUGUGGCUUUUGAACAGCUCUGUGUCUGCCCUGCCUCUGCGAACACAGAGGAGCUCAGCUCCUGGUUUCAUUCCUCCUGUAAAAAUAUUCUGGACUCCGUGGCUCCUUUUAAAACUGUUCGGCCAAAGGCUAAAUCUGAGCCCUGGUUCAAUGAAGAAACUCGCGCAGCCAGGCCGCAGUGCCGCAAAGCUGAGCUAAGGUGGAAGAAGGACAAGCUGCAGGUUUCUUUCCAAAUACUUAAGGACUCUUUGAUCAGCUACCAGAGAACUGUUAAAGAGAGCAAAAGACAAUAUCUGGCAAACAUAGUGGAGUUAAAUCAUCAUUUCCUGUGUCUAAUAUUUAAAACUAUUGACGCUGUUAUUAAUGCCCCAGAGCCUGCCAACUUGGAGGCAUCUGUGGAAAUGUGCAAUAGUUUUCUGUACUUUUUUAUUGAAAAGGUUGUGACUACCAGGUUUCUCAUCUCUGCCCCUGCAUCCGACCCCUCUGUGCCUGUUCCUUGUUCUGCAGUUCUUGAUGUGUUUGAGCCUGUGUCUUUAUCAUUUUUAGAAGAGCUGGUUGGCCAUAUUAAGCCUGCUGGUUCUCCCUGUGAUGUUGUCCCUCCCAGGCUGUUUAAAGAGGUUUUCCCCUGCAUAGGUCAGUCUGUUCUGGCUAUCAUAAAUAGCAGUCUGUCCUCUGGUGUUGUUCCACUAGGUUUUAAACAUGCAGUGGUACAACCUCUACUUAAAAAAACAGGCCUUGAUUGCAGUGUGCUGGGCAAUUUUAGGCCAAUCUCCAAACUUCCUUUUAUUUCAAAGAUUUUAGAGAAAGUUGUUCAUGUUCAGGUAAAGUCUUUUCUGGAUGUGCAUGGUGUCUCAGAGGUCUUCCCAUCUGGUUUUAAAACUCUUUACAGCACAGAGUCUGCUUUAUUAAGAGUCUUUAAUGACAUCCUCCAGGCAAAUGACUGGUGAUAAUGUUAUUCUUGUUCUGUUAGAUCUAACUGCAGCUUUCGACACAGUGGACCACAAUACUCUGGUGGCUCGACUACGCCACCCUAUAGGUAUCCGUGGUACUGCACUAGAGUAGUUCAAGUCCUAUUUGACAGACAGAACAAUGAGUGGCCCCGUUUGCAUGGGUCCAAAAAUCUUAUUUACAAUCAGAUUGAAAGGUCAAUCAGAUUCAAAAUGUCUCAUAUAAACACCUUAGCCAAUCUGAUUCACCUGGAUCUGAUUGUAUUUCAGGUCGGGUUGUAAGAGGUAGUCUACAUCUACCGAUUGAUAAUCUGCUCCAUGCUCCAUAUACACUCACCGGCCACUUUAUUAGGUACACCAUGCUAGUAAUGGGUUGGACCCCCUUUUGCCUUCAGAACUGCCUCAAUUCUUCGUGGCAUAGAUUCAACAAGGUGCUGGAAGCAUUCCUCAGAGAGCUUGGUCCAUAUUGACAUGAUGGCAUCACACAGUUGCCGCAGAUUUGUCGGCUGCACAUCCAUGAUGCGAAUCUCCCGUUCCACCACAUCCCAAAGAUGCUCUAUUAGAUUGAGAUCUGGUGACUGUGCAGGCCAUUUGAGUACAGUGAACUCAUUGUCAUGUUCAAGAAACCAGUCUGAGAUGAUUCCAGCUUUAUGACAUGGCGCAUUAUCCUGCUGAAAGUAGCCAUCAGAAGUUGGGUACAUUGUGGUCAUAAAGGGAUGGACAUGGUCAGCAACAAUACUCAGGUAGGCUGUGGCGUUGCAACGAUGCUCAAUUGGUACCAAGGGGCCCAAAGAGUGCCAAGAAAAUAUUCCCCACACCAUGACACCACCACCACCAGCCUGAACCGUUGAUACAAGGCAGGAUGGAUCCAUGCUUUCAUGUUGUUGACGCCAAAUUCUGACCCUACCAUCCGAAUGUCGCAGCAGAAAUCGAGACUCAUCAGACCAGGCAACGUUUUUCCAAUCUUCUAUUGUCCAAUUUCGAUGAGCUUGUGCAAAUUGUAGCCUCAGUUUCCUGUUCUUAGCUGAAAGGAGUGGCACCCGGUGGGGUCUUCUGCUGCUGUAGCCCAUCUGCCUCAAAGUUCGACGUACUGUGCGUUCAGAGAUGCUCUUCUGCCUACCUUGGUUGUAACGGGUGGUUAUUUGAGUCACUGUUGCCUUUCUAUCAGCUCGAACCAGUCUGGCCAUUCUCCUCUGACCUCUGGCAUCAACAAGGCAUUUCCACCCACAGAACUGCCGCUCACUGGAUAUUUUUUCUUUUUCGGACCAUUCUCUGUAAACCCUAGAGAUGGUUGUGCGUGAAAAUCCCAGUAGAUCAGCAGUUUCUGAAAUACUCAGACCAGCCCUUCUGGCACCAACAACCAUGCCACGUUCAAAGUCACUCAAAUCACCUUUCUUCCCCAUACUGAUGCUCGGUUUGAACUGCAGGAGAUUGUCUUGACCAUGUCUACAUGCCUAAAUGCACUAAGUUGCCGCCAUGUGAUUGGCUGAUUAGAAAUUAAGUGUUAACGAGCAGUUGGACAGGUGUACCUAAUAAAGUGGCCGGUGAGUGUAUACGGCUGAGUGGAGCGGAUUGGGUUUACAGAGAGGCACGUAGUGACAUACGCAGAGCGCGCCCAAAUGAAAACAAACAUGGCGAACAAACAGAAAAACUGGACGGUGAAGUGUUAAAGUGUGUUGUUUCGUGUGACUGACGAAGCGUACACUUCUUGCUGUGUAACCCGGCUGGAUUAUACUUUUAUUAAACUUCAACACAAAGGGUUCCUUACUCUGCUCGGUCUGGUAACUGCGGUGGUGUCACACACAAACACGUCUGUGUUCAACUCUAAAAUGGAACUAAAACAAUGGUUCCUAUUAACAAUUCCCAUUGAUACAAUACAAUACAAUUGGAUUCAGCUGGGGCCAUGAAAACGUGGACUGAACAUGGAUCUCUUUACCUAAAGUUCAUGUAUACAGAUGGAAUCAGAUUCACUUAAUCCGAUUGAUUUCAAUCAGAUUGAGGAAAACUACCCAUGUAAACGGGGCCAGUGUGAGCCUUGGCGAUACAGAGUCCAGCUCUGUACCACUGCUGUAUAGGGUUCCACAAGGGUCAGUUUUAGGGCCACUGCUCUUUUCCUUGUAUUUGCUGCCCCUGGGCUCCAUCCUAAGAAAGCAUGGCAUUUCUUUUCAUUGUUAUGCUGAUGACAGUCAGAUAUAUGUGCCACCUAAUAAGAAAAUUGCUUUCUCCCUCACUCCACUUCUGGCAUGUCUUGAAGACAUCAAAGCCUGGAUGGCUUUGAACUUUUAAAAUUUCAAUGAGAGAAAAAACAGAAGUGAUGGUCUUUGGUCCCAGUGGCCCUUGUGAAUCCCCUGCUGUAGACUUAGGUAUUUUAGCAGACUAUUUAAAGCCAACCGUCUCAAAUUUGGGUUUUAAGAUGGACAGUGAUUUUAAAUUUGACAGGCAAAUUAGCUCAGUGGUGAAAUCCAGCUUUUAUCAUAUUAGGCAGCUGGCAAAGGCAAAGCCUUUCCUUGCAUGUAAGCACUUUGAAACAGUAAUCCAUGCCUUUGUUACAUCUCGGCUGGAUUACUGUAACGCACUUUACUUUGGAGUCAGCCAGUCCUCCCUCUCACGUCUCCAGUUAGUACAAAACGCAGCCGCCCGGCUCUUAACUGGAGUGCGUAAGCGGGAACUCAUUACUCCCAUCCUGGCCUCCCUCCACUGGUUGCCUGUGCAUUUUAGAGUUCAUUUUAAGAUUCUUUUAUUUGUUUUUAAAUCUUUAAAUGGCCUGGCUCCAUCUUACUCGCUUCUUAAACAACCUCUCAGCUGAGAAGUUCUCUGCAACUUUUGACCCAAGUGCUGUGUUGUCUGGUCAUGCUGAUGUUGAUUCUGUAGUUAGUUCUUUUAAUAGUCAGUGUUCUGCUAUUUUAAAGAAGGUGGCUCCAAGUAAACUAAAAUGUGUUCCUGCUGUCAAAUCGUGCCCUUGGUUAAAUGAUAAUGUUCACUGUUUCUGGUGAAAAUGGCGGAGGAUUUAGAGACCGUGGAUAUCCACCAAGCUCCAUGUUCACCGUUUACAUUACAAAAACCUCAUCCUGGAGUUUAACACCAUAGUUUUUCCAACUCAUCCAAUAACCAUGGGCUCCUUCAUCUAGAUAUCUCUACAAGACCUCACUGACUUGGUGGACAGCAUGAGCACUUCAACAUGCCUAUUAGACAUUGUUCCCACUUCCAUUUUCAAAAAUGUUCUUGGCUCUGUUGGUGGUCGCUAUCAUAAAUAGCUUCCAGUCCAAGUUGUGUCCCUGCCCACUUUAAACAAGCUGUUGUUCAGCGUCUACUGAAAAAAAAAAAAAAAACCUUGAUCCUUCCCUACUCAAUAACUACAGGCCCAUCUCUAAAUUGCUUCCUCUCUCUAAAAUUCGAGAGAAAGUUGUUGCCAAACGGCUCACUUCAGUCCUUACCUCACACAUUUUAGAUAAAUUUCCAUCUGGUUUCCACCAGAUACAUUCCACUGAAUUUUCAGCGUGGCCUUUGACACGUUUGAUCACUGUAUCCUGAUUGAGAGGCUGAGGCAGUGGGUGGGCAUCUUUGAGAUUGCUCUAGAUUGGUUCUCCUCCUACCUCUCUGACAGGAGUUUUUUUUGUCACUCGGUCCAUACAUAUUUGAAACAGCUGCCCUCUUCUGCGGUGUCCCUCAUGGUUAUGUAUUGGGCCCUUUAUUAUUUGCUGCGUAUUUGCUGACCUUGAGUCACAUCAUCAGCAAAUUCAAGGUUUUCUCUUAUCACCUACAGUAUAUGCUGAUGAUAUACAGUUGUAUGUGUCAUUUAGGCGUGAUGACACAGACAAAUCGAUUGUCUUGAUUGUCUGACCGCCAUUAAGGACUGGAUGGCUCAUAACUUCCUUCAGCUAAACGCUGACAAGACCAAGGUCCUUAUUGUUGGCUCAGGUACCACACCUCACAAAGUUGCUCAGUGUAUUGGUUCCCUUCUGCUGUCUGUUGUUCAGUGUAAACUUAGAAAUGUUAUUAUAUUCGAUCACUACAUGUACUUUGAUCACCAUAUAAAACAGUUGUCCAAAUCAUGUUUCUUCCACCCACGAAAAAUUGCUAAACUUAGGUCUGUUGUGUCACAUCCUGAACUCCAAACGAUCAUUCAUGCUAUUGUUUCAUCCCUCCUGGACUACUGUAAUUGACUUUUCACCUGCCUCGGUAAGACAUCCCUUCAUCACCUGCAAUUACUCCAGAAUGCUGCCACAAGGCUUUUGACCAAGUCCAGCUGCACACCUCACAUCACCCCAAUUCUAUGUUCCCUACAUUGGCUGCCAGUCAAAUUUAGGAUUAACUUUAGGGUUCUUGUUCUUGUAUAUAGAGCACUGCAUAGUCAGGCUCCUGAAUAUAUUACUGACCUUCUCCACCCCUACAUUCCCAGUAGGUCACUCAGGUCCUCUGACCAGAGCUUGCUGGUUACCCCUCAAGCCCGUCUAAAAACAAGAGGUGACCGUGCUUUUGAAGUGGUGGCUCCAACACUGUGGAACAAUCUACCUGUUAAUAUUCAUUCAACUCUCUCUGUUGUCACUUUAAAAAAGCUUUUAGGGUUAUAGCUUUUUAGAAACCCACUUAUUGAAACAGGCCUUCGUUUCACCUUGUUCAAAUGAAUGUUUUAAUUAUGCCAUUGUUUGUGACUGUUCUAUUAUUUUAUUGUGAUGUUUAUGUUUAUGAUUUAUGGUUUAUGAUUAUAUUUUAAAUUUUUACUGUGAAGCACUUUGUGAAUAUUUUCUAUGAAAAGUGCUUUACCAAAUAAAUUUUACUUACUUUUUUUACAUGCCUUUCUGCUACAUCACAGAGUGCUAACUUUCACUCGUAGCACACAUUUUUUACAGCAGGCACCCAUGUAAUGAUGCAGAAGAUUAUUCCAGAAGCAAUUGCUGUAAUGAGGCAGUUUGAUAGUCAUCGAAGAGAAUCCACCAGUUAAUUUUACAUCACAGAUGGGGGCUGAAACAGUUGAAGGACCACAUGUAUCCACACAUGAACACACACAUACAUGCUUAUACUCUGCUGGCAAAAGUGUGAGCUGAUUUCCAACACCAGAUUCACACCAUAUGGAGGGUUUUAUCUCUGCAUGUUAUGGGCUUAAUUUGGCUGCUUUCUUGUGUUAUGCCAGCUGUGAAAUACACUGAAGAUUUUCCAUAGCUACGAUAAUCAAUCAUUUUUGCCCUUUUUCUGUUUUUUUAGUAGAGCUAUAGUUAACAGCCUUUAACACAGAGUUAUUGGUUGUUUUAAACAUAGUAUAACUUAUCUAAAGGAACUGUAAGGAGUUUUUUUUUAUGUUUGUGAAACAGGCUGAAAUUAAUACUGAUGUUUGUCCAAUAAUACACAAAAGCAAAUAAGACCAUCAUCAACAAGAUAGACCAUUUAUAUAUUGUGAUUUCCAAUACUGCAAUGAUAAAACCUAACAAGGCAUUUACAGGUAGGAGGGCAGGCCUGUGGUGUGGUGAGUAAAGCUGCUGUCUUUGAAUUACAUGGCCCUGGGUUCAAGUUCCUCAAGAAUAUGGACCAUAAACAAAGUGCCUCUUUUGCUUUGUUGUUUGAGCCCACCUUUCCAAAACGUAGAAAAAAAUGGUGCAUUCAAGAAACCUGAGCAGACAAGCACAGGCAGGCAGGCCUGUGGCAUUGUGGGUGGAGCUGCUGCUUUUGCGUGAAUGGUCCUGGGUUCAAAUCUGCCCUCAGCGGUGACUGGAUUCAAAUACUAAUUAGGGCCUUUAUGUGUGAGGUGGGCAUGUGAUGUCUCCACACACUGCAGUCUCAGCUGUGCUUUUGAGCAACCCCAAGCAAAUGUUGGGAUGAACUAACCAAAAUAGUUAUGCACAGCCAGGCAGAUCCUUAGUGACGGCAGAUCCCCAGCACUUUAAAAACCAAGCCAUCACUACAUUGUUGCUUGUUUGGUCAGUCAGAGAAAUCUAAAUACAUUUUAAUUUGUAGGAUAUCUCCUGGUUUGUAGCAGUAUCUGGGCACUAGUUGAGAUUCAUUGGGUAAUUUCUAUCAGAGAGCACUUACAGGUUGCACAAUGGUGUGUUGAUCAGCACCACCAACUUCAAAUUCAAAUAACUACAUUUUUCUUUUUAUUUGAUCAUUUUUAAGUAUUGGUAAAUAAGUGUUAUAGGAAUAAUUAUGAAGCUUUGCUGUGGCCAACACAUAAAAAAAAUACUUUUUCAACUGAUAUCAGUUUCAGAAAAAACAAAAUCAACUAAACGGGUUUCUACAAUUUCCCAAAGUCCUUUGUUUUUGUACUGAUUAAGACCUGUAAUAAAAACCUGUAAUAACUUAAAUAAUAAUAACUUUAUUUAUAUAGCACUUUUAAAAAACAGAAGUUUACGAAGUGCUUUGACAACAGUUGCAAGCACAGAACAUCAGCACAUGAAAAUAAAAACAAAAGCUCAGUUAAAAACAAAGCCUCUGAAUUGAAGGUCAGUUUCAUUUUUCAUAAGAAAAUGAGACCAUAAGGACCAACAUAAAAAUAUAAAAUAGGUAAGAAGAAGAAUGAAAGAGAAAAGGAGGGCAGAAAGCAGGAAACAGGAUAGUGAGUAUAAGUAAGGAUAGGAUAGUAAGUAUAAAAGAGGAUAUUAAUAAUGAUAAUACAAUCAUAAUAAAAUAAGAAUGAUGGUAAUAUUAAUGAUAAAAUGAAAAAAUAAAAAUGAGCAAGAAAAAAAAACAUUAAAAUCAAUAAGGGACCUAAAAGGUAAAAUAAGAAAAGAUUAUAAGUAAAACAAAGGCUAAAAGGAUAGUAAGUCGAAAUAAGAUAGAGGUAAAAGAAAUAAAAGAAGAAGGAGAAAAAAGGUACAAAAAAAAGUAAAAGACGGCAUCACAUAAAAGCAAGUCUGUAAAAGUGAGUUUUUAAAUUUGACUUAAAAGAAGCGUCUGUCUCUGCACGCCUUAUCUCCUCUGGCAGGUCGUUCCAAAGUCAAGGAGCUCUGAUGGAGAAAGCUCUACCACCUUUAGUUUUGAGCCUCAACUUCGGAACGACUAGGAGGCUUUCGCCAGAGGAUCUGAGGCUGCGAGUUGGCUCAUAAGGUAUUAAAAGUUCUGAAAUGUAGUUCGGAGCAAAAGUAAUCAAUAAAAUCUUAAAAUCAAUUCUAAAACUGACAGGAAGCCAGUGAAAGGAGGCUAAAAUUGGAGUGAUGUGAUGCCGUCUGCUAAAACCAGUUAAAAGCCUAGCUGCUGCAUUCUGAACUAGUUGGAGGCGGGAGAGUGAUUUCUUGUUUAAACCAGGGUGGAGAGAGUUACAAUAGUCCAGUCUUGAGAAAAUGAAGGUGUGGGUUAUCCUUUCGAGAUCUGGUGGGGUGAGUAUCUGUUUAAUCUUUACAAUAGAACGAAGGUGAAGGAAACAGGAUUGAACAAUCUUGUUGAUGUGGAUGGAGAAGGUGAGGUCUGAAUCGAAGGUUACUCCCAGAUUUCUGGCUGUUGGUUUGAUGAUUACUGAAUGUUGACCGAGACAAGACUGUAUGAGGGGGGAGUUUUGUAUGUUACAGAGAAUUAUUUCUGAUUUUGAAUAAUUUAGCUGAAGGAAAUUUUGUGCCAUCCAACAGUUAAUGUCAAGUAGACAGUCAAUGACAGCAGCUAGGCCUCUUGGGUCCCCAGGUCUCAAAGGAAGGUAUAUCUGUGUGUCGUCUGCAUAGCAGUGAAAGGAGACUUUGUGACGCUGAAUUAAUUGGCCGAAGGGCAGCAUGUAGAUAGAAAAUAAAAUUGGCCUUAAAACUGAACCUUGCGGUACACCACAGGCGAUAGCAGAAGUAGAGGUGUGAUUGCCUAUGGUGACCGCAAAGGUUCGUUCUAAAAGAUAUGACUGAAACCAGCCAAGUGCAGUGCCCCUGAUACCCACCCAGUUUUUAAGACGUUCAAUUAAAAUAGCAUGAUCAACUGUAUCAAAAGCUGCACUGAGAUCUAAAAGAAUUAAAAUUGAGCCCUCCCCUCUAUCUGCUGCUAAAAGAAGGUCAUUGGUCACACAGAGGAGGGCAGUCUCAGUGCUGUGACCUGCUCUAAAACCAGACUGAAAUUUCUCAAAGAGGUUGUUUUCAGACAUUAAACAUAAAAGCUGUUUAGAAACUACCUUCUCUAAAAGUUUGGAUAAAAAUGAAAGUUUUGAGAUUGGUCUAAAAUUGUUAAAAUCAGAGGGGUCAAGGUUUGGCUUCUUUAAAAGGGGUUGGACCACAGCGCGUUUAAAAGCAGAGGGAAAUACUCCCUAAACUAGAGAGCUAUUAAUGAUGGAUAAAAUGCUGGGCCCAACCACAUUAAAAACCUAUUUGAGAAAUCUGGUGGGGAUAAAAUCAAGACUGCACAUAGCUGGUUUCAUUUAGUCUAAAUUAUCAGAUAAAAAGGGUAAGGACACCGGCUCAAAACUGCUAAAAUAGUGCUUAACUUUCCGAGAGUACAGGGAGACUGGGAGGGGUGAUUUGAUGCCUGAUGUCCAUAACCUUGUUAAUAAAAUGAAUUAAAAACUUCUUGCAGGUGUCUUGAGAAGCAUCAGUAAAAUAAGAGGGGGAAGGGUUGGAAAGAGACUCUAAAACCUUAAAUAAAACUCUGGGGUUUGAAUAAUUAGCUAAAGUCAAAUUUGAGUAAAAUGCUGCCCUUGCAUCCUUAACUGGCUUCUGGUAGUUUUUCAUGGAGUCUCUCCAAAUUUCGAGGAAAGCCACUAACCCAGUUUUCUUCCAUUUGCAUUCAUUUCUUUUAUCUUUCUCUAUAGUUCAUGUGUGGGGUUCUUUGUUUGAUCUUUUCUGUUUCAGAGGAGCUACAAAGUCCAGGAUGGUUCCACACAAACUGUUUAAAAGAGAGACAAGCUCUUCAGUGUUAAAAACCUGUGUGUGUGUGUGUGUGUGUGUGUGUGUGUGUGUGUGUGUGUGUGUGUGUGUGUGUAUGUGUGUGAAAAUUAGCAUGUGUGAAAACCAAAAUGCAGUGGAUUUCUCUCGAAGCCUGUGUAAUGGAUGCUUCACGGUGUGUUAUACAGUCAUUUAAAGCAGAUCCACACCAAAGGUGAUGUCACCACAAGGAGAGCUGAAAGGAUUGCCAUGGUGAUGGGGAGUUCAGUCGUGUUUGGCCCUGUCUGGGUGGGGCACUGCUUCAAACACAGAGUUUGUGCAUGUACACUUGUACACUUUUACAUCUUUGUGUGUGCAUUGACACCCAUGCUUGGUCAUUAUGUCCCUUUUUUUUAACACAUUUUAUAUCUGCUCAUUUAUGAAAAAAGAUCUGUGUAAACAGUGUUAGUGUUCAUUCAUAUGCAUUGUGUGUGUGUUUGUGUGUGUGUGUGUGUGUGUGUGUGUAUUUUGGACUCUGUGUCAUCCAAUUAUCUACCGGCACAGCACCGAGCUGAUGUACACUGAGCUGUCUCAUUAUAAACAGUAAAACAAGAACCAGAGGCCAUUACACAGAGCUAUUACUGCACAGUAAAUGGACAUCCAGCACAGUUUGUGUCUCUGAGUUGUGUUCUCUGGAUAAUUGCAGUCUGGAGAUAUGCAGUGGAAAUUUGUGUUGGCAGCCAUGUAACAUUUGUCGCACCAAACGAUCUUUGCAUGUGGGGUGGUGUUGUCCUUGAAAGAUGUUGAGAGAACCAUAUCUCUCCACAAAUAUAAAAGGAUGCUGCUACUCCUCAAUUUUUCCACAACCAAAGUAUCAGUAUAAAAAAUGGACUCAGUCACCUAUCAGUGAGUGUCAGAAUUUAUAGUAAAGGAUAUAAUGGUUUAUCCCUAUUAGCUCAGGGACUACCAGAAAACACUGGUUAUUAGUGACUCUAAUAAUAAUAAUAAUAAUAAUAAUAAUAAUAAUAAUAAUAAUAAUAAUGAUAAUAAUAGAUUUUGUUUGUGAAGCGCUUUCCAAGGAUGCAAAGACGCUGUACAUGAAUGAAAGCAAGAACAAUAAAACAUACAUCAAUAUACAAUAAAAUAUACAUCAAUAUCAAUAAAAUCAGGUAAAAUCCAUGGGGGGGGGGGUUAAGGAGGAUGAAAGGCGGUGCGGAAGAGGUGGCUUUUGAGAAGGGUCUUGAAACUGGUAUGGUCGGUGCAGUUUCUGAGGUCCAGUGGGAGUCCCAUUGUUACCAUUGUGGAGGAGCAGUUGUUGAUGUGGAUGAAGUGAUUCCGGUCUGUGAAAUAUGAGUGGAUCCAGUUGAGAGUGGUGUCUGUGAUAUUGAGGAGGGAGUGUAGGCGGGACAGGAAGAUGGCUUGGUCGAUGGUGUCAAAAGCGGCGGAGAGAUCAAGGAGGAUAAGGAUGGAGAGUUGGCUGGAGUCAGCAGAAAUGAGGAGGUCGUUGGUGACUUUGAUGAGGGCAGUUUCAGUGUUGUGGUUGGUACGGAAUUCUGAUUGAAACUGUUCGUAAAGAUUGUUAUUGUUGAGGUGGGCUUUGGGGGUGACAGCGGCCAGUUUGAGUGAAGGGGGAACAGUGGCGGAGUUGAGGGAGGAGCUGUUGAUCUGUGUGAUGAUGGGGAAGCAGUGCUUGAUGAGGGAGGAUGGGAUGGGAUCCAGGAUGCAGGUGGAUGAUGACAUGGAGAAGAUGAUGUUGGUCACGUCGGUUGGAGAAACAGGUGAGAAGCGGGAGAGUGCUGAUGGGAUGAGGGGAGGAGCUGGGAAUGGAGGGUGGGGGAAGGGAGUUGUAGAUUGUGUUGAUUUUGGAUUGAAAAGAGGAGAGGAAUGAAUGAGCACUUUUCCGGGGUGAGGGUGAUGGAGAUACUGUCUAUGGGGUGGAGCAGUUUUUUGACUGUGGAGAAAAGAGUCUUUUGGUUACUGGAGCCGGAGUGGAUGAGGUUGGAGUAAUAGGAAGAACAGACAGAAUGUCUCAGACAGACAGAUGGAAAAGGCCAGAGAUGUGCUAGAAGUGCCAGCACCCACAGCUGUCUAAACCUACCGCAGCAUAACUUAGAGCUUGUUCAGACCUGAACCAGAUCUAAUGAUCAGCUUUGUCGAAGAGGAAGAGAGGGUGUCUGCCACCCAUCAGGAGAUGGGCCUGAUAACUGAAAGCUCUACUAUCCAGACCACUUUUAGGGACUUGGGGUACAAUGAGUAGGCCUGCAUGUCAGGCCCUCAGUAUUCUGGAAGGGUAAUAGGGAACUGUAAGCUCUUUAAGAUAUGAUGGUGCCUGACCAUGAAAAUCUUUGUAGGUCAGAAGAAGAGUUUUAAUGUCCACCCAAAGUUUAAUAGGAAUCCAGUGUAGAGAAGCUAAUACAGCGGAGAUGAGUGAAAUUUGGGGAUUAGCAGAGUGGUUUAAAUAUUGUGAUAGUGAGAAAGUAGAUUUGAUCAAACCUACCCAAAAACUGACAAUCAAUGAUGGUGAAAACCCUGUUGUGAAAAUAGAAACUUCCACAUCAUUAUCAGCGCUGACUGUUGCAGUAUUAUUUAAAGUAAAGACAUUUGAAAAUGACUCAUGUAUGUGUAUGUUUGAAAGGAAAGGAUGGGUAGCUGUUGUAAUAUACUUAUAAAGUGUGUAAAAUGACAGAGGUCUACGGGCAUGAUACAUUUGAGUGCUGUUUAUUCAGACGCUGCCGCGAUUACAACUACGCAGGCGCAGAGGGACAAACUAGACAGUCACAGGCUCGCAGCUACGGAAGCCCACAAGGCGAAUCAUGCACAAUACAUUACAGCUGUGACUUGUAAGCAUUGUAACCUUGAAUGUUUUUCUUCUGUCUUUAUGAAGGUAUGAUAACUGACAAAAAGGAUUUGCCUAUUGAGGGAGAAGAGGAUGACAGAAACCUGAACUACAAUCCUCCUGCCCAGAAGUCUUUACAAGAGAUCCGGGAGCUAGACAAAGAUGAUCAGAGCCUGGUUAAGUACAAGCAAACCCUGCUGGGGACACUUCCAAUCACAACAGGUGUGUGUGUGUGUGUGUGUGUGUGUGUGUGUGUGUGUGUGUGUGUGUGUGUGUGUGUGUGUGUGUGUGUGUGUGUGUGUGUGUGUGUGUGUGUGUGUGUGUGAUUUUAUUAUCUUUUCUGUUUGUUUAGGGUAAUAGGUGCAGCUUUGUUUUUGUCGACUGCAGCUAAAAAGAGUCCAUCUCUGUUGUGUAACUCAACAUCACUUUAUCCUCAUCUUAGCAAACUUAAUGCUUGGCUGCAACAAGGAAAUGUGAUGUAAAGAAGUUUAUAAUAUACCAUCAAAAGGAUCUUUCUGUAGCUUUUAAUCAAUUCAUGCCAAAUAAUUAUAUCUACCUAUACUUCCUGUUUUUGACUUUUUGACAGCUGUGAUAUCUUAGCAUACACAAGAAAAAAACUGCUACUUUUGUAUCAGAAUUAUUGUUACCCAGGUUGUCUUUUGUUUCCAUAUUAACAGCAUAACUGUGGCGUUUCAGUUGUAAUUCGACCCCUCAAAACACUGCGAUCAUACUUUAAAUUGCACCACGUUUCAUGUAGGUAUGCUGAUUCAAAGUAGUCUCCAUGAUUGGUUUUUGGUGUAAAUUAUUAUGAAAAUUUUACUGAUCAAUUAUUGAUUGAAAAAAUGAUUUAUACAUAUAUUUUAUACAUAUAUUUUCAACAGCAUCAUGAUGGAUAUAACUGAUGACAUUAUAAGGUAACAGAACUUACAGAGAUGUACAAAUUAUUUAACACCCCAGUUAUCAACAUGAAGAUAAUUCUCUAUUAUCUAAUAUCAUCUACAAAGACCCAAGUCUUGUUCCCCAGUAACAUAAGAGCUUGUAGAGAUAUGGUGCAUGGCUGCAGCCCUAGCUGAGCAACCUUGUAGCACCUUUAGCCACUUGGUUCACUGUCAGUCUGUUUAUAUGUCAUUGAAGAAACAGAUUUAUUGCAACGAGAACCCCAUUUGAAUGCAAGGAAUCAUUAUUACACUUAAUUCAUGCAAAAAGAAUAACUUUCCUGGAGUUCUUAACAUGCAUAGAAACUCACCACUUCUGUGCAGGCAUCAGGCUUUGGGGAAUUCACAUAUUCUAAUGGUCUUGUAAAAAACUUAUUUUAAACAGCGCCCCCCCAAAAUUUUCAAAUAGCCCUCUCCAUUGAGGCUAUUUUGAUCUGAAUGUAUGAGCUUCUCUUGCACUAACAUCCUUAACCCAACAAGAAGUUGGCCAUUGGGUUGAUUGUCAAAACUGGGCUUUUUUUUUUUGUUUGUUUUGUUGAACAAAUCUCUCUUUUAUUCAAUCAAUUGCAAAAAAUUUUCACAGUUGUUAUGAAUAGAUUGAAGAUUUAAAGUCAAUUUGCUUGUCAAUAAGUGGGUGUAGCUGUGGUGAGCCCUCAAAGAUAGGGGUUUUGCUGUAAAACAGGUAGUAGUUUUUAAUCUUAGCCACACAUGCUCCAAUCUGACCCAAAUGCCCCAGUCAUAAACUAAAGACAAAACAUAAAGACAAGGGCAGCAGUCUAGGGUAGUGUUGUGUCAUUCAUGAUCGUUUUGUUCAAAAGAACAGAACUGCUGAGUAAAUGACAUGAAUGGAAUCACUCCAAGACCUGAUUUGUUCCUUUCUCAGUUCAGUUGAGCUCAGUCGCGAGCGUGGCGUGCUGGUCGGGAGUGGAACUGCUGCCUUUCACUCUUUGGCGAACAACACACAGCGAGCCAGCGAGCAAGUGGGUGGGCGGAGUCUUGUGAUUUGCUCACAGCUAAUGAACGACAUGUAUCAGUCAGACUGUGAACAAAACAAACAACUUCCGAAUGACUUGAGGCAGGCAGAGGAGGGAGGGGUGUAGCGUCGUUAACAAAAUGCCAUGCACCAGUUUGUUCACUAAGGCUAAGAUAAAACAGUGCAUUAUAGUACCUACCUGUUUACCCUAGCUUUUGGUUGAGUUGUCACCUGCUUUUACUCGCGUACGCUUUUCUUUUAUUGUUGUUAUUGUAUGUUGCCCUUUUAAUGUUGCUAUACUUGUAGCUUUUAUUAUAUGUUUUUUCUCCUGUAAAGCACUUUGUCUGGCCUGCCCUAUAAAGGUCCUAUAUAAAUAAACGUGACAUUGACAUUAUGUAGCCCCCUCACUCAAUUCCUAUUUUUUUCAAAAUACUAUUACCUACCGGAUAAUACACACAGUAUUUUGCAUGGGAGAGGAAUUGGUGAUGCUACGAAAUAUAAACCAGGGGAUUGUGUGAUGUGUCUGUGUGAGUGUUAACUCCCAUGCAUGUCUUAAGAUAGCCCCCCAAAUGUGCACAACAUCAAUCAACAGGAACUACACGUUUAAAUUAACGAAUGUUCACAUUUAUUCACAGGAUAAAGAAAUAAAAAGAGAAGAAAAAAAAUAGUUCUUAAUACCCGGGAUUUUAUAAAUCAGUCUGUGGUACCAUGUACGUUGGCGCGCUGUUGGAGCUCUUGUGUAGGUGUGAUUUCCAAGUUGUUUGUACUCACAGUCCCUUGCAAAUUUAGUGUGUUGUUAUAACCAUCAUGGAAGCACAGAAUGGAAGAAGGAGAAAGUUGGCCACCAUGCCGAAGUCCCUGGCGCGGCAAGUCCGGAGCACCUCUACUGUUGCAGCACGAGCGGCCAGUAUCCAAAGCACACUGACAGCACAAAAAAUAAAACUUCACAUACACGUACUCACUCACAACGUGCCUGAGGUAACAAUAAGCAGUCUGAUACUCACUCAGGAACUUGAAAUUAACACCCGACCUCGCACAUGCAUCCUGACUCCAGUCUUUCUCUGCUCCUGCACAGUCGAUGCUAGUCAGCUAACAAUUUAGCAUAUAGCACAUUUAUGAACCUCGCCGAAUCUACCAACAACACUCACCCGCACAUCUCGCUACAACCACACACCCCCGCCCCGAUCCAACACACCGAGCCUCAAUCCUGUUGGGUCUUCAUUUAACACUUAACAACGAAAGAGCAAACUUUCACACUAUUAUUUCGCCUUCUCUCGGCAUCGCUGGCCAGCAUUUUUCCGCUCUGUCAAUCACCGCUCUCUUUCACCGAGAUGAAAACCCCGCCUUUGCAAAAACUGACAGGUCCCACUCCUCACCCAAACUUGACAAUGAUUGGCGAUACGCUCGUGACGCUUGUCAAUCACGCAAUACAGGGACAACCGGACAUAAGGCGUUCAAGGUCUGCCUUAACUGCGGGAUAUUUGAAAACCUUAACCAAAAAAUUACAUUCCUGAGAUUAUGAGGUGAUAUCUUACAUCAUCAACAAGAAAAAUAAGAGCAAUCACAGAAUCAAACAACUUUAAGAAUGAACUCAAAUUACUAGGGCACUACAUUUACAUUAGUACAGAUGUAUAAACUUUCCUGCAAGAAGGAUUUAAUUUCAGCCAAUUUAAAGCAAUACGCUAUUUGAUAUCUUUAAAAGUAUCAGAUUCCCUGCUACAGCUGCGAUGUUCAUUUAAUUUUAAUCUCUCGCCUUUUCCUAGCCUAACUCAGGCUGUGUUGUUUCACUCGUGUCGCGAUGCGAACAUCUGCGGCACACGGAAGGGUGAGUUUUUCAGGGCAGGGGAGUGAUUCUUCCUUCACGACUUGGUUAAUGAACAACACGUGUCACCCAGUGAACAAUGCUGUGACUUCAGCAGCAGGGGGAGGGCAGGGGCUCGUUCAAUUAAUGAACUCCUGUUCAGCGUGGCUGUGUUAAUCACCUGUGUACUGCACCGGCAGGACUGGGCUCAGAAGCAUUGACUGAUUCAGUGAACAAAUCCUUUGAACGAAUCUUUUAAUUAACAGAUUGUAAAGAUUCAGUACAGUCAAAAGAAUUGUUCUUUCCAUCACUAGUCUAGGGAAAUUGUCUUUUUGAGCUAUAACCAUAGCUUGACUUAACUGAGCAAGUAAAUGUACUGUUUUAAACUUUGAAUACCACCAGUUGAAUGUCACAUAAGACCACACAUUGUUUACCUGAUAGAAAAUUGAAAAAAAGAGUGUGCCUGAGUUUGUAACAUUCAACUCUCAAUACUCAGUCAGACUCAGUUACGUUUCAAUUUCCCUGGUUUGAGUAAACAGUCAAACACUGUGUUUGCUUUGAUUUCAUGAGUUGCAUCUUGAAUUACUCUCAGAGGGGUUGUUUUCUUAUUAACUUAAGGACACAUUAAUCAGAACUGAAAGUCAAUGUCAGUCUAGAGCAACAGUGAGAAACUUUAAGUUUGUGUUGAUUUUGGGGCACCCUUUCGACAAAGCAGUUUCUGUAAUUUUUUGCUUAGCCUGUUAUUUACCUGUGUGUGUUUCUUUAAAGAGUGUGCUGUUAAUCUGACACUUACCCUGCCGCAGACGGCACAGAAUCAUAACGUAUGGAAAAAUGAUCUUUGUACUGAUUGCUUCAUCUGCGUUUGGAGGUCCCAAAGAUUCAUCAGUACUGAUUUGAUUCUGUUCCCAAAUCAGCCUAAACACUCAAUACUGGAGCUUUAAGAAUAAUUAAAAAGUUUUGAGUUUACUGUCUGGGCUACUUGAAUAAAUAACUCUCAAAGGAACUAACCUUGUUCAGCUGGCUGUUUUCACCUGUCUCUAUGCAAAGUGAAGCCUGUUGACUUGUUAAAAAUAUGAGACUGCAAAUGAUAUACACCAUAUUUUUGGAUUAAAGACAUCAAGAAAACUCUAAAAACCCAGUUGUGUUUUAUUUCCAGACCUCUCCAUGCCUAAUGUCCAAGUGACCAGACUAACCCUGCUGAGUGAAAGUGCUCCUGAGCCAAUCACCAUGGACUUGACAGGUGAGUGACUUCUGUAUUCUGUACUGCUGCCAUACCUUUGAUUCUUAUAUGGUGGCAUCACUGAUUGAGCCUGAACCAAGGCCUUUGUCUACAAUAGGCUGCAUUCAUGUCCGUGCUGGAAAAGAGAGACAGCUAAAUGUUUGCUCAGUGGGCAAAAUUGGCAUCUUCCCUCGGGAAAAGGCACAGUGACAUACAGGGGAGUGAGGUGGCUGUUAGUUUAGUGUGUUUGUGUAUGUGUGUAUGUGGGGAGACUAUAUAGAAUAGAAUAGAAUAGAAUAGAAUAUUCCUUUAUUGAUCCCCCAUGGGGGAAAUUUUUUUGUCACAGCAGCAUCACAGACAAGCCAAAAAGUGCAAAAAUGCAGUUAUAACAAUAAGGGUCCUAAUAUGAAGAACUUAAAUAAAUGUAAUAAUUAAGAAAAAAAUUUGAAAAGGGAGAAGAAAAAAUAAAGCUUUCUACAAUAUACACAAUUUAAAUGCCAUAAAAAAAAGUGGUGGUGUAAAAUCAGUUUUGUUACUGUUCAUUGUAAAGUCUUAUUGCAGAGGGGAGGAAUGAUCUGCGGUAGCGCUCCGUCCUGCAGGGUGGGAGUCUCAGUCUGCUGCUGAAGGAGCUGCCUAAAGCCCCCACAGUCUGGUGCAGUGGGUGAGAGGGAUUGUCCAUGAUGGAUACAAGCUUUGUUAACAUCCUCCUCUCAGCCACCUCCUCCAGGGAGUCCACAGAACAGUCCAGGACAGAACUGGCCCUCCUGACCAGUCUAUUCAGUCUCUUCCUGUCCCUCUCGGUGCUCCCUGCCCCCCAGCAGACCACUGCAUAGAAAAGUGCAGAUGCUACCACAGAGUCAUAGAAAGUCCUGAGCAGAGUCCUGCACACUCCAAAGGACCUCAGUCUCCUUAGCAGGUGGAGACGACUUUGGCCCUUCUUGUACAGAACGUCUGUGUUUGUUGACCAGUCCAGUUUGUUGUUGAGGUGGACACCCAGGAAUCUGUAGGACUCCACCAUCUCGAUGUCCAGACCCUGAAUGUUCACUGGAACUGUUUGAGGUGUCCCCCUCCUGCGGAAAUCCACAACCAUCUCCUUUGUCUUACUGGCGUUGAGCUGGAGGUGGUUUGUGCCACACCAGUUGACAAAGUCACUGAUGACAGUCCUGUAUUCCCGCUCAUCCCCUGACGAUACACAUCCGACGAUGGCUGUGUCAUCAGAGAACUUCUGGAGGUGACGGCUCCCAGAGUUGUAGCUGAAGUCCGAGGUGCACAGGGUAAAGAGGAAGGGGGAGAGCACUGUCCCCUGUGGAGCCCCCGUGCUGCAGACCACCAUGUCCGAUACACAGUUCUGAAGCCUCACAAACUGUGGUCUGUCGGUGAGGUAGUCCACGGUCCAUGCAGCUAGGUGACAGUCUACUCCCGCCCGCUCGAGCUUCCCCCUGAGCAGUGAAGGCUGGAUGGUGUUGAACGCACUGGAGAAGUCAAAAAACAUGACCCUCACAGUGCUGCCAGUGUUCUCCAGGUGAGCCAUGGACCUCUGCAGCAGGUAGAUGACUGCGUCAUCCACCCCGAUGUUUGGCUGGUACGCAAACUGCAGAGGAUCCAGAUGAGAGCUCACCAGGGGGCGGAGGUUCCUCAGCACGAUCCUCUCCAGAGUCUUCAUCAGGUGAGAAGUGAGGGCCACAGGUCUGAAGUUGGGCUCCCUGGGGUGCGCUGUCUUGGGGACAGGAAUCAUGCAGGAAGUCUUCCACAGUGUUGGGACCCUCUCCAGACUCGGGCUCAAGCUGAAGAUGUGCAUUGGCACCUCACAGAGCUGGUCUGCACAGUCUUUCAGGAGUCUGGGGCUGAUGCCAUCAGGACCCGUGGCUUUCCUUGGCUUCAUCUUCCUCAGCUCACUUCUCACCUGGUCAGCUGUUAUGGAGAGGCUGGGGGUGGUGCUGGAGGGGGUGGUGGAGGAUGAGUGGAGGGGGGUUGAUGGUGUCGGUGCCAUGGGACUGAGGUGGUGUGAAUAAGAAGAAGGAGCAGCAGACGGGUCGUUGGUUAGAUGAGUCGGGGGAGGAGUGGGAGCAGAGUCAAAUCUAUUAAAGAACAGAUUCAGCUCGUUGGCCCACUCCCUGUCUCCUGCUUCAGGUCCACUCUCAUGGCCCCUGCUAUGACCUGAGAUGGAUUUCAGGCCUCUCCAGACCUCCCUUGCGUUGUUCUGUUGCAAAAGGUUUUCCAUCUUGGUCUUGUAGCUGGCCUUUCCAUCUCUGAUCUUCUUCUUCAACUCCUUCUGCACCCUCCUCAGCUCCUCCUUGUCCCCAGAUUUAAAGACCCUCCUCUUCUCCUUCAGGAGGACUUUCAGUUCCGGGGUCACCCAGGGUUUGCUGUUGGAGAAACACCGUACUUUCCUGGUGGGUACGGUGUUCUCAACACAGAAGUUAAUAUAGUCCGUGAUGCAGUCAGUCAUGGUGUCAAUGUCAUCACCAUGUGGGCCGCACAGUACAUCCCAGUCUGUGGUCUCAAAACAGUCCUGCAGCGCCUCAGUGGCCUCCUCAGACCACCUCUUAACAUACCUGAUGGUGGGGGGUUGUUUCUUCACCAUAGGUAUGUAAAUGGGCUGCAAUCUCACCAGGUUGUGAUCUGAGCGGCCCAGCGGGGGGAGGGGGGAGGAGGUGUAUGCAUCCUUGGUGUUUGCAUACAGUAAGUCCAAAGUUUUAUUGUCUCCCGUUGGGCAGUUUACAUACUGGCUGAAGGUAGGGAGAGUGGAGGACAGCGAUGCAUGAUUAAAGUCUCCAGAGAUGAUGAUCAGAGACUGAGGGUGUGAUGUCUGUAGCUUGGACACUUCAUUAUGGAGGAGUUCACAGGCUGCAGCAGCAUCAGCCGAGGGGGGAUGUAAACAGUUAACGCGAUGACGUGCGAAAACUCCCUCGGCAGGUAAUAUGGCCGCAAACUCACAGCCAGCAGCUCAAUGUCCUUAGAGCAGAGCUGCUCUUUAACACUGACGUGCCCAGCAUUACACCAUCUCUCAUUCACAUACACCGCUAUCCCGCCUCCUUUCUUCUUACCACUCUCCCUCACGCUCCGGUCCGCUGUGACGAGGUGAAAUCCGUCCAAAGUUACGAGUGGGUCCGGAGUGAGUUCGUUCAGCCAUGACUCCGUGAACAUCAUCAGGCUACAUUCCCUAUACUCCCACUGCAGCCGAGUUAGCGCUGUGAGCUCUUCCAUCUUGUUGGGGAGAGACCUCACUUUUCCCAUGAUGAUUGACGGGACAGUUGGUUUGUAACGUCUCCGCUUUGCCCGAUGCUGAACUCCAGCCCUGCAUCCUCUUCUUCUCCUGCGGAGCUUAGCGGGGAUGUCCGGUCUCUCCCACGAAGGUGGCCGGGCUUGGCGCAGCGCCAACAGCUGUUCACGGCUGUAAACAAUGCGGCCGCUGAAUGGGUCGCCGGUCGCGGACUUAAAAACUCCGAAAAAUAAAAGAAAACAAAGUGCUAGAGUCAUGAACUGCAGAUCCAUGGCUGGAAUAUGCAGACACAACACUGCUGAAUGAAAAGAAAGAUAAAAAGGUGCAAAAAACAACACUAAGAACGCAAAAACGUGAAGUCUGUGAGGAGCUGCUGUGACUUGCUGUCACUCUCAGGGCGCCCGAGUCACGAAAAAUUUUAUGUCUGUUUGUAUCCGUGUCUGUCUGCACUGUCCAUAACAAAAAGCUUGCUGCAAAUAGAUUAUGUUGUUUGCUUUAGGGGCCAUAUUAAGGAGAGAAUCUAGAUUUGUGAAUGAGAGAGAGAGAGAGGAGAGUGGGGGGGGGGGGGAGAGUGGGAGGGAGUGAGAGAGAGAGUACAUUGACCUAUCACUGUACGGUGUGAUAAUGUGUGUGUGUGUGUGUGUGUGUGUGUGUGUGUGUGUGUGUGUUUGCAGACUCAAGAUCAAGACAAAGGGGAUCCUUGCAUUCAUGUCAUAAAAUUCCCAUUUUAUAGACCUAAUUCAUAGUAAAUUCCCUAUCAGCAAUUUUUUUUCAAUGCAUCAGAAACCAUUGUUGCAUACAGUCAAUCAUAGUGAAAGUUCAAAUGUAAAGGAUUUUACGUCUGCAAUUUUCAAAAUGACUCAAAUCAAAGGGUCCACUUUUGGUCUGUUUACUGAGAUAGUCCUGAGUUAGGAAAGUAUGUGUGUGUGUGUGAUUAUCCCUGGUUUCGCUGCUAGCUCUGAUUUCUCCUGUCUAGGGAUUCCCCUGCAUCCUGCACACACACAAAAAACACAGCUUCACAUUCACAAGACUUGAGUCAAAAUCACAGACUAGAAAUAGCAAAGGUCUCCUGGUUGCUAGGCGAUUCUAACUUUUAGUCUGAUUCAAACACACAGAGAUAGAAGUGUGUGUGUUAUGGAUGAUCUGCUGAAUAGCACAUAUAAGAGUAACAUCCUGUUCUUUUACUCCGCACAGAUCGAAGGCCCUCAGAUAUGAUCUCAAUCAUAAAUGAUGGAGAAGGAAAGAGGUGGAUGGAAAAUCAAUUGAAGAAUCUUUAUUCAGACUUGAAAGCUACAAAUUUCUGGCAGUAAAGCUGUUACAAACCAAGGCGAGGAAGAGUGAAUCCACAAAUUACACAGAUAAUGUUCAGUUUACCUGUCUUCAGAAGGAAAAUCUUUGGUAACAGUCUUAUUGUUCUGCCCCACCCGAAAGUUCUGGAAUUGAAAAAUCAAGAAGGUCGCAAAAAAUUCUGGAGUUGUAGAUGUGAUGGUGUGUACUCCCUCUUUUGUUAGGGUUAGAUAUGAAAUGGAGUCAUGGUUUGUGUGAGACUGGAAAUUUUGAAAACGAACAUUGAGGGCUCUAUUUUCGUGUCCGCCGGUGAGGCGGCGGAGGGUGGCGGACCGGCAUAAAGCCAGUGUGGUAUUCUCGUGGACUGAGGCGCACCGAGGUCCACCAAGCUGGGCGUGGUGGCGAGGCAGGGGAAGGUGUCGACAGAAUCAGCUGGCACAGUGACAUUUUCGUGCUCGCCGGUGGCGUAUAAACUGCGCUGGAAGCUCGACGAUUCAAACCUGGUCAGCUUUCAGCGCAGGCAGAGCGCAGGUUUCCACAGUGUCAGGCACAUUUCAGUGCAAUAAAUAAUCAACAACAAAUAAUAAUCUGAGUCAGCACAUACAUUUAGAUCUAUAUCGAUAAAUUCUGAUCUAUAUCUGAUCUGAUGAGCGCGUUUGGCACGUGUUUGGACACACAACCUGACCGAUUCAACACAGCUGGAACCGCAUUAAAUUAAAUUAAAUAUCUAGUAAAUAGACACACAUAAUGAAGUUAACAAGAUAUGUAAUUCGUCUCCCUCCCUUUCUUUCUUCCUCUUCCUCUUAUUUCUCGUGCAACUCGACCUGGACAUGUCUCCGUGUCCUCUCCCUGUCCUGCCGCAGCUGCGGCUGAACAGAUUAUUUGUUUCACUGAUCAGAUGAGUUAUUUACUUUAAGCCUACAUACGAGUAUUAUAAUAUUCAGUUUUGUGAGCCAUAUUUAUUUUAUAUGCCAAUAUCUAUGACAGAAAGAGCCAGGCCAGGGAGCGCGAUGCGUCAUUACGCACAGAUGGUUCCGAUUUUAAUGCCAUUAUUGGAAUUUAUGUUGUGCUAUGUGCGCACAACCCACUUUUGUCACGUGAGGUUUGAUUAUAUGCAAUUUUGUGUGAGUGUCUUUAUUUGUGGAAAAGGGUGUUUGUCUUACCAGUGGGUCCAACAUUACAGACACCAAAUCCAUCUGUGCUCAUAUGAGAGAGUGUGGAGGACGCCCAAUGCAGCGCUUACAGUGACACUUGUUGAGGGGCUGCCUUCUGUCGCCAUCGUGUGGCAUUACUGUCUUCAGACAUCUCUUGAUCUCUUUGACUGCUUCACGAAAAUUGUAAUACGCCUCGCCGGUGGCGGAUUUAAAGGCGAAGAGAGGAGCUGAUGUUAUUGGGCAAUACAGGUCUCGGCUGUGUUAAACCCACUCCACGCCCCCUUUCCUCCCUCGCUAUGACUUAUACGCUGAGUUAGGGAGGGGGGAUACUUACGCCAGGCUGCGCCACUCACCAAAAUACCAAAUUGUGCUUGGGAACGCCUUGUCGGCGCAGCGGACCUGACUGCAGCGGGCCUGCCACACAUCUCCGGCGAGGCACGAAAAUAGAGCCCUGAGUUAUGGCCUUUUUCUCUUUGAAGAAUGGCCAAUGGGAAGUUAUUUUUGAUCAAGACAAACAGACAAGGCCCUCUUCAGCCUCAUGAAAACCAACACAGUUCAAUGGUGCAGACUUAAACAGAAAUUUCUGUCAGUAACAUUUUGUUUUGUGUUGAAUUUGUCACCCUCUGUGGACAGAGCAGUACCUCAAAGCUCUUUGCUGACUUUGUAACCAUGAGAUGUGUCCUCUGAGGACUUUUUUUCAUCAUAAUUUCUUCAAAGGUUCUGUGAGGAGUUUUUAACUGAUUUUUGAAAAAGUCUGACUCUUAAGCCGCGUUAAGACCAAAUGCGACCUUGGCGACAUGAGCAACGACUCCCAAUGCAAAGUCUAUGGACAGCCGCGACCUGAUGCGACUUGGCGACCGCCGGCUGCCGGCGACGCGACGUCAGUGACAUCGGCGACCAAGUCGCGCAUGGUCACCGACAUCGCGUCGCCCGAGGUCGCAGGACGCCAAGUCGCUUCACUCCCAAAGUUCAAAUAUUUGAACUUUGGGAGAGACUCCGUGCCGCGACACCCAAUCAGGGCUCUGCUGACGUCAACAAACCGGCGAAGCAAGGAGGAGGAGAAGAAGAAUCACAAUGGAGGAGCAGCUUAUCACUGCCGUGAGGUAUCACCCGGUCCUGUACGACAUGGGGUGCGCGUUCUACCGGGACCGCACCUUCAAGGAGGAGGCAUGGGCGAAGGUGGUCUAUGAUGUCGGGCUUUCUGUUAAGUUUGUUUAUUUAUUUCAGUGAGCAGACUAUUUUCUGAAAACAUAGCAAACUUCCCCUGCUUGCUAGGCUACAUGUUUCAACGUGUGUGUGUGUCUUUGCAGUGGAUGUGUGCCGCAAGCGCUGGAAGGGGCUGCGGGAUGUAUAUAUGAGGGAGAAAAGGAGGGAGAAGGAAGGUGGGAGAAGCGAGUCAGCGGCGACCAGCCGCGUCCUGCGACCUCCGUGACUGCAGCUUUGGACCCAGUGUGAACACAUGCGACGGGAAUACAACGACCAACGCGACUAGGUCGCUUCAGGUCGCGUUUGGUCUGAACACGGCUUUACAAUAAUGCCUCUUGAUAACUAUCUUCAUACCAAGGCCUAGAGAUGUAUAUCUACUUUUACACUUCUGUACUUUAUGUACAAUAUGAAGGUUUCAUCAUAUUUUACAUCCUUUUUGGUCUGUUGAGGUUUCGUUCACGACCCAACUGCACAUUCAUGUCAUGUUAUAUACAAUAGUGAUAAUAUAAUGCACCAAAGGCACUGUUGUUAUACUGUGGAUUUUUUCUUAUUCCUCUUCCAGACAAAUUUUGAUUCGCUACUAGUUCUACAGCUUGUUGAGUUGUAGGAAAAAUUAUAACAUGCGGUUUGAUUGGGAUCGUUGUGCUAUUACUUUUCUCUAUUGUAUUCCAAUUUUUUGCAAAAUAAGUUGCAAAAAACUAUGGUACUACCAUUGAAGUCAAUGGGACAAGCAAAAAAAAAAGCAAUUAUUGGAGUUUUUCAAACGUCUACUGCCCAGGCUCCAUUUCAUUUAUUUAUUUUAUUUUUUUAUAUGAAUAAGUACUUGAAAAACAAUGUUUGUUGUAGGUGUGCUUCUUGUAUAAAAUAUCACACUACUACUAGUUUUAAUUGUUUAAAAUAUCUGAAGAAUCUCAUCAUUAUAUACACACCCUGGCAGUAGCCACUGAGGUCCUUUUUAAAAUUUCCCAGAGGGAAUUUUCUAGUUUUAUGAAGCUGCAAAUCAUAAUUCGCUCAUUAUUCUGCAAUUGAUCUGGAACAAAGGAAAAAAGUAUAAAAAAUGAGAUCUGGACCCCGUUUAUUUGCUACCACAACAGCUAUAAGUUUUUAAGAACUAUGUAGAACAGAGGGAGUUAGUGGUCAUAGGAAGUGAAGUCUCCAAUCUGGGGCAACACUACUAAAUUCAUCUAAAGGGGUCAUCAGGAUCAAUAGGACAUAGAAAUUCCUCACAGUACCCUUAAAAUAUCAAACACACUGAUGAGUGUCACUAUUGUAGUGUGUAAGUCACUUCUCCUGACAUCUACCUGAUGGCAGUGGUAAAAAUAUCACGAUGAAAAUACUCGCUUCUGUAGCUUGUAUAAAUCAUGGCUUUAUUUCUCAUCAGUCGUUCUUGAGAGUACCGUAAAGCAAUCAGAAAAUUGUAACGAGGCCAUAUUUCAUUGUUAACACUGUAUUAUUUUCUGUACAAGAAUGAAGAGUCAUCUUGAUUUGCUCUUUGCAAAAAAAAAAAAAAAAACUAAAACUUAUGUUCUUUCUUAACUUGUUGUUUUUCACUUUUUACAAUUCCUUGCCCUCUUGGUGCCCCAAACAGGUUCACAAAAACCUACAUAAAUUCCAGAAAAUCUUCCUCAACAUUAAAAGUCCCUUUUUGGAAAGACUUGAUGACUGUGUGUUUAACAGUAAAUGCAGUGUUGUUAAAUGUUCGCUGAAUAAACAGAAUAAGCUCGGCCUCUUCAUAAUUGCCUUUGACUCUGUAAAAAUAGUAGUCUGUUUAACAUCCAUGUGCAUGCCUGCUGCAGCACUUAAAAAGAAAAGAAAAAUAGCUGAAUGCUGUGUGAGAGAAAAGCAUCUUCUAUCAUUACAGUAUUAGAUAAGCAGCAGUGUAAUAACCCGUUACUCUGGUGUAUCAUGUUGCAGUGUGAUAGCCAGGCUGGCACCAGGCUGGAAGUGAAAUGGACUUUUCAUCUGAGGAUGAAUGCAUUAGAGAGCUUAUUAUACACCAUAGGCUGUGAGUGUUGGGUAUUUACUACUCUGCAUGUCUAUGUGUAAGAGAGAUAGAAAAACAGAGGGAGAAGAAGAUGGCUUGGCAAAGAUCACUGUCGGAAAGGUGAUGGUGGGACGCUUGGCUGCAUCAGAGGCCUUAAAGUUGUGUGAGGUGAUACGACAACUUGGUUCUGCCUUCCGCCAGUAUACGGAUUUGAAGCCAAAAAGCUUUCGGUAUUUCCGUAAUUUUUCUUCAUUUCCUGAAACCAACAUUGUGCAGUAGCGUUGUACGCAUUUUGGGGUGUUGCUGUGAUGUCACUCUGUUCAAACAGUGUAUCUUCUGGGUGAGCUAUGCAGAUGGAAUCCAUUCUACAGUGGGUACAGAAAGUAUUCAGACCAUAGACUGUAUAUAGAAUGGACAGAGUCUGCCUCCUCGCUGGGUGAAGCCACUCCGAGAACAGCACCUUCUGUUGAUGGGCUGCAGUAUAGGUCAUAAAUCCCACCUCCGCCAGCAAAGCUUAUGGAGCUGUGGACAAACCUUAAGAAUUUUAUCACACAGAACAUAAAGCACUCCUUGAUUGGAGUCCAGCUGUGUUUAAUUGCACAGAUCUGGCCAAGGUUACAAAAGAAUUUCUGUGGCACUCAAGAGUCCUAAGAGCACAGUGGCCUCCAUGAUCCUAAAAUGGAAGAAGUUUGGAACGACCAGAACUCUUCCUAGACCUGGCCGUCCAGCCAAACUGAGCAACUGAGAGAGGUAAAGGAGAACCUAAAGAUCACUGUGGCUGAGCUCCAGAGAUGCAGUAGGGAGAUCGGAGAAAGUACCACAAAGUCAACUAUUACUGCAGCCCUCCACCAGUCGGGGCUUUAUGGCAGUGUGGCCCAAAGGAAGCCUCUCCUCAGUGCAAGACAUAUGAAAGCCCGCAGAGAGUUUGCCAAAAAACACAAGAGGGACUCACAGACUAUGAGAAAUAAGAUUCUCUGGUCUGAUGAGACCAAGAUUGAACUUUUUGGCAUUAAUUCUAAGCAGUAUGUGUGGAGAAAACCAGGCAGUGCUCAUCACCUGCCCAAUACAAUCCCAACAGUGAAACAUGGCGGUGGCAGCAUCAUGCUAUGGGGGUGUUUUUCAGCUGCAGGGACAGGACACUUGGUUGCAACAAAAGGAAAGAUGAAUGCGGCCAAGUACAGAGAUAUCCUGGAAGAAAACCUCUUCCAAAGUGCUCAGGACCUCAGACUGGGUCGAAGGUUCACCUUCCAACAAGACAACGACCCCAAGCACACAGCUAGUGGCUUCGGAACAACUCUGUGACCGUUCUUGACUGGCCCAGCCAGAGCCCUGACCUAAACCCAAUUGAGCAUUUCUGGAAAGACCUAAAAAUGGCUGUCCACCAACGUUCACCAUCCAACCUGACAGAACUGGAGAGAAUCUGCAAGGAAGAAUGGCAGAGGAUCCCCAAAUCCAGGUGUGAAAAACUUGUUGCAUCAUUCCCAAGAAGACUCAUGGCUGUACUAGCUCAAAAGGGUGCUUCUACUCAGUACUGAGCAAAGGGUCUGAAUAAUUAUGACCAUGUGAUAUUUCAGUUUUUCUUUUUUAAUAAAUUUGCAAAAAUUUCUACAUUUCUUUUUUUUCUGUCAAGAUGGGGUGCUGAGUGUACAUUAAUGAGAAAUAAAAUGAACUUUUUUGAUUUUAGCAAAUGGCUGCAAUGAAACGAAGAGUGAAAAGUUUAAAGGGGUCUGAAUACUUUCCAUACCCACUGUAGGUACAAAAAUAAGACAUCCACUGUCUUUUGGCUUUAAAUAUUAAGCCCCAGCUGUAGAUUUCACUUACAUAUGUGAAAUUUGGAAGGCAGAUAAACCACAACAAAAUCCACAAAAAUUCUAUUUUUUUAAUGAUGUCAACUAAAUAGAAAGCAUGCAACUUUGAGGUUAUUCUAGCGUUUGGUAGAGUUUUGUGAGCUUGUUGAGGGGACCAUACUUGAUGAUAGGACAUGCUAGAAAAGUAUGUUUAAGUUGAAGCACGCCUUCACUUAAAGACAGGGCAGUGAAAACAGAAGGAGACUGGGGCCAUACACUUCAAGACUAAUACCUCUGUUCAUGGAGGGAACAUUUUACCCUGUAACGAUUUGAAUUUAUAAUAAAUGUCUGAAGAUUAAUAAUCUCAAAUUAUGACAUUUAUGCACUCGUUGAAAGGGGCAUCACCCACACUUAAUGGUGGGAAAAUAAAGAAAACAAAAGUUUAAUUCAGAAAUCAAACAUCAAGUCAGUUUUAAUUAAUCAAUCUCAUGUCUUAAGCUGAAAUUCUCAUUUCAGGGACUCCACUUCUGAAGAACACUAACAGACCAGAACUUAGAAAAAUGAUUAUCUGUUUAUUACAGGAUAAAUGAUGGUACAACAUACAUGCAAUAAAUGAUGAUAAGAUAAUGAGGAUAAAUGAUAAUAGGUGAAUAAAUAAAGAUUCUGAGUCAGGCUAGGAGCACUAAAGUUAAUGAUACUGAGUGAAUAUGCUCUAACACAUUAACCUACACUAACUUUGGUGUCAAGGUAAAUUUGGAUGUGGAUUUGGAGGAAUCUAAGAUUACCUGAAUAAGUGGAUAUCUGAGUUACGACUGCAUGAGACAGCAUCAGCCCUGUUUGGAGCUCUGGAGGUUUGCAUACUUAAGUGAGACUGGUCCUUGGAGAAGAUGGAGCAGGUACCGAAGGUCUGGGGCUACCGGCAGUUCGAGCGGUUCAGCUAAGAAGACGACUGAAGUCAGCCGAAGGGUGGGCCAGCAGUUGUAGCACUCGGGCCCGAACCAAAGCCGGCACCUGUGGAUCCUGUGGAUGCUUGUUUGGACGCUUCUUUGGUCUCACUCAAAAACUCUGGCACAGAGGAUGACCUGGGCCUGCUGGGUUGCGUUCAGAGGUGACUUUGAAAUCACGCAGAUAACUCAGAGAAAAAAAAGGCUUGAUGACCAGUGGAAACUUUCAAAAAUGGCUUGGCGAAAUUAAAGAAAAAUCAAUCAAAGGCUUAAUCUUGAAUUGCUAUGCGCACAUGUUGGGUCUAAAACCUGCAACAUUUACCUGAUAACAUAUAAAGAAGAGAAAGACAAUGGUAUAUACUCGAGAAGAAUGGACAGAGAUAGCAUCAGGUACCAUCUCGAAACCACUCUGAAAGGUAUUUCCGCCCAGUCUCUUUAUCUAGGGUUGUCCCUGGUUACACAAUGUUUCUAAAGGGUGGGGGAAAAAUAUGUGCAGCAACGUAAGCACUCUCAUAAAGCAUAAUAAUGAACAACUGUGAAUAUGUGAAUGUCAAGGCGACAUUGUUGCAUCAAAUGAGCUCCUUCUGAUAGGAGCGGAUCCUCCUCAAUAUUUCCCACGAUUCACAGUGGAGGAUACAUCACACACACACACACACACCUGCUGAUAGGAGAAACGAGUUCACAGAGAAGUUAAGAAACAUUCAUGUGCUGUGUAAUUAAGCUAUUGGAGAGAGAAGUUAGAAAACACUCUUAUAUGUGUAACAAGAGGUCAAAACAGUUUAUACUUGUAGUAAACUCUUACAUAAGAAUAUGAGGAAUAAUGAUAACUUCUAUAUACAUUUAUGCACAUUAUUCUAACAUUUCCCUCCUGUUUAUCAUUACUUUACUCAAAUUCUCAUAAUCCCUCUAGUUCAGCCACUUCUCUCGAUUUUCAGCUCCGAGUUCAUGUUUAUGACUACAAAGAAUUUACACACGGAGGUACAAGAUGUUGCUUUAGUCAGAAUCAUACUCAUCAUCCGGAUUGGGGCAGAGGUCAGGCCAUUGAGUGUCAUCAAGUCUGUCCUCCUCGUCCUGCUGAUGGAGCAGCGGGUACAAUUCCUGCAUCUGCUGCUCCACAGGGGACAACGCUGUGGUGAUAAGGCGGUUAAGAAGAGAACGAAUACAGGGAAUGCAGCAACAUCCACACAAGGUCAAAAUAGCUGCAAAAACAGCAACAGAGAUUAAGACUGAAGCUACAAGAUUUUUGUGUUUUCCAAAGACAUUCAUCCAAUCAUCCCAAAAGGAGUUAUCUAUUCCUGAGUGGUCUUUCAUCUUGGCGUUAAGCGUUUUAAGGCCCUCUAUGGCUCGAGUGAGGCUGCCAUCGGCAGCAGUGUUAUUAGGAAUGAACGUGCAACACGUUUCUCCAAACAUGGCACAUACACCUCCUGUUUCUGCGAGCAGCAUGUCAAGGGCUAUACGGUUUUGGAAAGCCAUCAGGGAUGUUGCAGACAACUGCGAGUGACCGGCCUGAAAACCAGCCUCAGUCCAAUUACCUAGCUUUUGAACGUUGAAAUGGAUGUAGUUGAUUCUGAUUCGAUCUAUAUUUUUGUUCAUUGUACACCAAGGACAGACGAGAGACUCAAAGCCUGCAGCAACUUGAUUUACUAGUUUAUACUCAUCUGGUACCUCACGAGGAACUAUCUAUAUUAGUCGGGUCUGACUCUGUUUGCUAGUUUCUUUUACUCUGGAGUGGCUCAACAAAGGAAUAAGACUAACUGCAGAGGUUAAAUUUGCCACACUGGUCUGGAAAGUUACAACAGUUAGGAUUAAGGUCACUAAGGCCCUAUUAUCCGUCUGCUGUCAUUCAGGUACAGCUACAGAAAACACGUACAGCUUUGUUAUGGUUAGGGAAUUCCUAGUACAGACAUAGAAGUUAGACUGAUUCUUCAUUUUUGCUAGAUAUUUUGCAUAUCUGUACCACAUGUUCACUUCAAAUGAGUUUUUUUUUUAUUUAUUGAGUGGGAUUGCGAAGCAUUCCCACUAUAUUUUAUUCAUAUCUUUUUUAAGUGGAAAUGCUGACACAGCAUUUCCACUUAUUGUUAUUCUACUAUUUCUUUAUUAUUAUUAAGUGGAAAUGCUGACACAGCAUUUCCACUUAUUGUUAUUCUACUAUUUCUUUAUUAAGUGGAAAUGCUGACACAGCAUUUCCACUUAUUGUUAUUCUACUAUUUCUUUAUUAUUAUUUUUUUUAUUAUUAUUCUUCCGUACCUUUUUUGGCCCUUUUCAACUCCUUACCACUUUGUGCUAUUUUAAUCAUUCAAACUUUAUACUAAUGCACUCUUUCAGGACAUUAUUGCUAUUACUUUUCACCUUUCUACCAUUUAUACUUUUUGCAAUAUUUCACUUUUUCUGCAAAAUUUGUUCCAUUACAAAUGAAUGGAGAUACAGCUAUAACACCUUCUCACCCUUAUAACUUCUGCAUACUUUCACCUACAGACCUCAUUUUUGCUUUAAAAUGUUCAGCAACGUGUCUGCUACAAAUGUUGUAUUCACUCCUUUUUGCUAUUUCCUACCGUUUUUGCACAAUUUCGCUUGGAGCAACAUGAAGUUUUCUGCCUUUUUCAGCCUGACUCACGCUACAGCGUGUGACAUCAUCACUAGAUGCGGGCGGAGCCUUUUGGAUUCACUAGACCAAGCAUGAUUAUUUUGCUGCCACGGCCGCAAUUUUCACUCCACAGCGAUAAAAAAACACAUCAAAAUGGAGGUACACUCGUCCUGCUUCUCACAAAAUAGGUCUGAAGUCAUCAAAUUGUACAGUUUGCCCAAGAGGUGACUACAUUCGUUCAGAGCCACAGAUUCUGCACUUGUCAUGGGCUGUGUGCUUCGAUCACACACGCACGGGCUCGGCCGCUCGUGCGCGCGGGCACAUGCGCGCGCGCACACACACACACACACACACACACACACACACACACACACUCUUUCCAUGUGUGCAUUACUGUCUCUCUGUCAGUAGAAAAUACACCCCCAAUAUUAACUUUGUUUUUACAGUUAUUGUCUUUAACUCUUUUAACAUACUAACUUCUUCUUUUUCUUCUACUUUUGCUUUUCUUUUCUAUACGUUCUACAUUUAUACAAUUAAUUUAACUUCAGCUGUUUCAUACUUUCUACAUUCAGAUGUAGGGCAGUAACUGAAGCAGGGCAAUAGAUGGUGCUGUUCUGCAUUCUCAAGUUACUAUGGUUGGAUGCUGCAGACUGCAAAAAUCUGUUUUACUAUUUGUACAUUUAAUAGGAACAUUGUUACACAUUGUUUAAAGGCAUUUAUUUUUCAAAUUCUAUUAUCCUUAUUAUCAGUUCUGUUUAUUCACAUCAAUCAUAUACAUUUUCACUUAGGCUAUCAGACAAUUUGUACAUUAAUCCAACUCAUUUACCUUAAGCUAUACUACAAUUCUUCCAUUCAUACAAUUUCUUCUUCUUCCACUCCACCUUUUCAACAGUUUUUCCAUUCAUACCUUCCUCCAUUUUUUUAUGGCAGUUUUGCAUUGCUUUUUCAGCUUUCAGCAUUCAGCAUUUCCACGCAUUUUCUGCAAGGAAAUGCAAUUUUUCUAGUUAAUAUUAUUCUUCCACCAUUUUUUUUUAUAGUCUGUCACUUUCAUUAGCCAUUCUAUCUCCACAUCUAGUCUGUUGUUGUCACUCUUUCCUUCCUUAAGUUCAUCUGAAGUUGUAAAUAAUGUUUUCAGUAGAUAAAUUAACAGUAUCAGGUUUAGCAGAAGUAAGAUACUUAACUUCCCCAUUUUCCUAAGCUCCUAAGGAAUUCAAGACCAUCUAAUCUUCACUGACAUUGAGACGAACGCCCACUAUAAGGACGCCCCCCUUUGAAGUCAGACUUUCCUAACUAAAACCCAUAUAGGUUUUUUUUGCAAUGGGAAAGAUGUAUCCAACUACUUCUUUGUGCUAUUUUUACUGCUGUGGGUGUCGUUAGCAGUACCUUUUUUUUUUUAUGCUCCUUCCACUUACUUAAACAUAUUCAAAACCAUUCAAACUUCAGGAGAUUCCAGCUUAUAUUCAAAAUUUUCCUAACAUUCAUACUUUCUGGACCUUGUUGAAUACAAAACUGCACUGAUUAUGUUUAGAGCAAGACACAGGCUUUUGCCAGCUAAUAUACAAAAGAUGUUCAGUGAUAAAGAGGGGGGGUUACAAUUUGAGACGAGAGCUUAAUUUCAAGGUACAUUUUGCUGGUUCAACAUUGAAAACGAUGUGCAUUUCAGUUUGUGGAGUGAGUUUGUGGAAUGGACUGAGCAUGGAGGUUCAGCGAAGUCCAAACCUGAAUAAUUACAAGAAGGCAUAUGAAAAUAUUAUUUUCAAGAGGUAUUCAGAUGAGGAGGGUCUGUGUUGACCUAUUGAGUCAACACAGCCCUGUUUUCAGUUUUCAAUGGGUUGGUCUGAAUAAUUUUAUCCCUGAUACUACUGCAGUCAUUUAAACUAUUGUAUAUGCAGUAAAGAAAUUUGUGUUGGCAAAAGGGGGGUAGGAGCUCGAUAAGUUUUAAACUUCAUCCUACUCCUUUUCGGACAUUGUUGUUGGUUUUCUAUUCUUCCUGAUUUGUAUUUUAUUGUCUUAUUUUAUUAAAUAAUGUUCGAAAUAAAAUAAAAAGAAAAAAAAGAAAGAAAAGCACACAAAGCGAAAAAAAGAAAGAAAGAAAAGUAAGAAAAGAAAGAUAUUCCAGGUUUUCCGACCAAUUUUUCUCAUUAGAAAUGCAUUAUGGGAUUUUCAAAUUGGCCCUUUUCUCACAUUUUCUUUACACAACUUUAAAAGCCUUCAACUCCUCUAUACUUCCAGAUUAUGAUAAUUUUAAUUUUCCAGUUUUAAAUCAUUUCAUUCUUCACUCAGUAUUCAAUUUUUUCAAACUAAUUCCAACUCAUUUAAACUGAUUUAAACCUUUCUGAAUCUUCAAAUCUCAUUUCUUUCACAUAAUUUUUUAACUUAAACCAUUUACAAUAGCAGCUUAGCGAUGGCAAUUUUAGCUGGAGCAAUCCAUCUCGCAAUUUCUUCAGAAAUUGCAUUUUCUAGUUAUUAUUUAUUUAUUUCAUUUACAAAAUGAGUUCCAUUGUCACUGUAGAUUUGUUUUGGAAUGCCAAAUCAAGGAAUUAUUUCUCUACACAGGAUUUUUGCUACUGUUAAUGCAUCUGGGUGGGUGACAGGAAAUAAUUCUAUCCAUUUAGUGAAAGGAUCUAUUAACACAACAGUAUUUCUUUCUCUCACACUGAUUUAAUUCUAUGAAGUCCAUGUGUAUGGCUUCAAAUGAUGCAUUGGUUGGUGGAAAUUUGCCUCUUUUUGGUUUUAUACUGUCUUGAGCAUUAUGUCUAGCACAAACUGAACAAAUCAAACAAAAUAUUUUUUUAUUUUUUUUUGAAUAAUUUACGAAUCAAUAGGGGGUAAAGUGUUGAUUAACUAAUACACUCAUCCCUCCUGUCGAGACAUGGCAAGGCCCAUGACUCGCUAUUACUACCUCUAAAGCUCUGUUUGCUGAUCUGACAAAAAUCUUUUGUUUGGAAAACCUAAUCUGUGGUAGUUUAUGUCUAAGAACUGUUGUCUUUGCACCAGAGUCACACAAAAAGGUUACAGGUAAAUCAUGAAUCAUUAACUAUAUCUGUGGUUUUGUGUCUGCAUGAUGUAUUCCUUCUCCAUCUAACUGAUGCAGUUCCGCUGUCGAAGGGACAGAUACAGGAAAUCUUUCCUGCCACAAGCUAUUGCACUGUUCAAUAACUCACAUAUGUCAGACAGGGACUCACACCUGUCUGCUGUAUAGUCCAUUUUUAAAAACUCCUAUCACAUCAUAUUACCGAGCACCUUAAAUUGUCUGUAUAUCUAUCAUCCCAUCUGUAAUAUUUCGCAUUUCAUAUUUAUCACUCAUUUCAUAUUUAUCACUCAUUUCAUAUUUAUUACUAAUUUCAAUAGCCCACGUUCUUCAUAUCUCACUUUUAUCUCUUAGGAUGUUUAGCAUAUCUAGUCUGUAUUUCUUGUAUAUACUUAGUAUUUUUAGUAUUUUCUUUUUGCUGCUGGAAUAAGAUAAUUUCCCAGUUUGGGAUCAAGAAAGUAUAUCUAUCUAUCUAUCUAUAAAAAAAAAUAUAUAUAUAUAUAUAUUUAUUUAUCUCCUCAAAAUUUAGCCCUUCUUCCUCCUCUGUCUCUUCUCUGUUCACACUUUCUCUUCAUUUCUGUCGAAUAACACUUGCUGUCUCUCCCUCUUCUAGUCAUGCUUGAUACUUUUUUCUACAGCUCUUCACCUAGUGACAAAAGCUCUGCAAUUCUCUGAUGUUGUGGUUCAUGACCUUGGUCAGGGUACUGUUCUUCACCUCUCUGCUCUUGUGAUUCAUAAACUUUUGUCAAAACUUCUACUUCCUCUAUCGUUUUCUCUAUUGAAAUUCCUGCCUCUUAACCUGCUUCUUCCUUGUUCUCUCUGUCAUAGUCAUCAAAUGGUUUAUCAUCUCUCCUAUUAUCCCAUAGUCGUCCUAUUUAUCUCAUAUAGUAUGAAAUUCAUUGUCACAUUUGGAGUUGAUCUUACGUUAAAUGGUAUUAUAGGGAGGGCUUUUAAUUACAAGUUAGCUUUAGUGUUCGCUGCACUUUACUAUGGUUACUUCUUUAAGUUCCAAUAAGGUAUAAUACCAAUCAGUUGGUUCAAAUGUUUAACAGGGAUGCCAGCUGAGGUCAGAAAACCUCUUCUUCUCCAACGACACGUCUACAUGUACAACUUAUACUUCAUAGGCUGUAACAGUUAAGUCACAGUUUUGUCUUUUGAUAGCUACAUGCUUCUGCAUAGGGAGGGAUUCUUUGGCUGCUGUGUCUCUGGAGGAGUCAAGGUCGUAACUGGCAUUUGAUGAAUCAUUUUAUCAUUUGUGCAGAGAACAGAGACUGUACAGAGAAUUUAACUUGCUAAAAAUUUGCAGUCUGCAUUAAACCUUUCUGCCUUUUUAACUGCCUUUUCUACCUUUCAUUCCUGCAGUAUUAUCAGUAUUAUUAUUAUUAUAAUUAUUAAAGUUGUCUUUACUUAUAGCUUUUUUGUUUAUGGAGACAUGUAGUUUAUUUAAUUGGCUUGUUCUUAGGCUGCCGUCAAACCCAGAUUUGAUUACCCAUAAUUCGAGAAAUUGUAACUUUUCGGGCUUUUUCUCAAAGAUUCUCCAAUCUUGAAAUCUUAAUUCUUCUAAUUUAGCCUUACUGGCUUCCGUCCCCAUUUUUAUGUGUUUUGGUCCAGCUUCGGUGACACCUAGGGUGUCCUAUUAAGCUGGGUUCUUUCAAUGGGGUAGUGAUAAAAAUUCCUUAUGUGGUAAUUCUCGCUUCUACUCUUACGAGUGGAGAAUUCUUGCCUUUGCUUCCACAAUAAGGUCACUACUUACAAUCCCACUGUUUUGGUAUGAAUAGGAUAUAUCUAGUGAUACAUUCCAAUCACUCUCACACUUUCACAAUCACACUUUUAACACGUGUUUUGCUCUGCAGAAUGUAAACUUUCCCAAUCAGGCCUUUGUCCACGGCUUUACCGGACCCGCGCGUCUUUUUUCAAUGGCUUUGUAGGACCCGCUCGUCCUUUAACAACGGAUUUCUUAGGACCCGCUCAUCCUUUAACCCCUUGAUGCGCAACAUGGGUCAAAAAAGACCCGGCUGAGUUUAAAUUUCAUAUAUCUUUUCAAUAAAUGAAUUCCAUCAGUCGGUACUCAAGGAAUUCCUCAAUUAACUUGUUUUUGACGACCCUAUAUCCUUAUGUUCAUUUUUCUUUUUUUUUACUUUUAGAAUAAAAACCGUUUUUGUAUCACUACCCCUCUAAUGCACAACACAGGCCUAAAAUGACCCAUGCUGCGCAUCAGAGGGGGUGUGCAUAUGUUGCGCAUCAAAGGGCCAACAACGGAUUUGUAGGACCCACUCGUCCUUUUUUCAACGGAUUUGUAGGACCCGCUCGUCCUUUUUUGGUCUUUUAUACAUUCUCUACACAGAGCAAAUCUCAAUCAUUCCACGUUCCUUUUUAUAAAAGACCAACUCACCACUUGUCUUUCCCCUUGGCUUCGGAUUUCCGUCAACCGUCGGAUCCUAGCAGGCGGGUCGAGUCCAGUCCCUCAAAGAGGUCUUUAAGACUCAUCCUAGAGAGUCUGCCGUGGCCACGGUCUUAUCUGUCGUCCACCUCACCUGCUGGAAUCGUCAGGUCUAUUGGAAUCCGGCUCGAAGGACCAAAGAAAUGUUGGGUCUAAAACCUGCAACAUUUGACUGAAAACAUAUAAAGAAGAGAAAGACAAUGGUAUAUACUCGAGGAGAAUGGACAGAGAUAGCUUCAGUUGCAAUCCCAAAACCAUUCUGAAAGGUAUUUCCGCCCAGUCUCUUUAUCUAGGGUUGUCCCUGGUUACACAAUGUUUCUAAAGGGUGGGGGAAAAAUAUGUGCAGCAACGUAAGCACUCUCAUAAAGCAUAAUAAUGAACAACUGUGAAUGUGUGAAGGUCAAGGCGAAAUUGUUGCAUCAAAUGAGCUCCUUCUGAUAGGAGCGGAUCCUCCUCAAUAUUUCCCACGAUUCACAGUGGAGGAUACAUCACACACACACACCUGCUGAUAGGAGAAACGAGUUCACAGAGAAGUUAAGAAACAUUCAUGUGCUGUGUAAUUAAGCUAUUGGAUAUGUGUAACAAGAGGUCAAAACAGUUUAUACUUGUAGUUAACUCUUACAUAAGAAUAUGAGGAAUAAUGAUAACUUCUGUAUACAUUUAUGCACAUUAUUCUAACAGCACAAAAAGUUGAAGUUUCAAAACUUGAACUAAGACGACGUUAAAGAAAAAUCAACGUGAAUCAACACGUGGAGUAAAACUUAGAAGACUAAGAAAAAGAGCUAAGAGAAAACAAAGAAAAGGAACACAGAAGGGUGUGGACAGUGAGUGAAGAAGCGGGUGUAAGAGAAUAAGGGAACAAGAGCUGUGAACAACCCCACUUGACUGGUUUUAUCUUCUCACAUUGGGAGUGUCUCUGGUGUGUAUGUGUGAGGAGAGAGAGGAGGGGUCGUGGGGUCUCCAUCUGCAGAGGGGACCUCAGAUCUCUGAUUAUUUGAUCUAACUUAUACUUUUGGCUGGUAAAAGAGUCAGAUCUGAUACCCACUCACUAUGAUUAAUAUCAUUGAAUGUUUGGUUUCAUGGUAAAUAAUUUGAUACUAAACACAUAUAAAGAAAUGUAGUAUCACAUCAAACAUUCUCAUUAUGUUUUAAGUAUCACACUGAACAUGCUAAUUUACUCUGAAAUGAAACAGAUAGUAACACAUAGAGACUGUGAACAACAAAAGAGUAAAUACAUGUAAAUGAACUUCAUCAUGAUUAACAAUGGAUUCUAAAUACUCACAUUCAGAUUAUUCAAUGACAUUAUAACCACCUAAUGGUUAGAAAUAGUAAUUAAACAACUAAAAUAUAAACCAAACAUUUUUAAACCAUUUCUGUUACUCAGAGUAAAGUUAUGAUUCACGGUCAAUAAAUUUAACUCUUAAAAGUUCAUGAAACAGUCUGAAAAGCUGUUGGUCUAAAGAAACUAAAGAAUAAACGAUUUAUUCUGUCAGAGUGAUCACUCGGCUUCUGGAGCACAUAGAAAAACGGGAAACAUCUGAUUUUAAAACAAAUUUCAUGGUUAGACAGAUUAGUACAUUGCUGAAUGCAUAAGAUGUCAUGAUCAGUCAUUUGUAUUCUUUCACCAAACGAAUGCAGUUUUUAUCAGUACAUGGUUGAGCAGGGUUUCACGACCGAGGUCUGGAGGUCAGUGUCCUGUUUCUCAGACCUUAUCUUGGGGUCCGCAUGUUCACACACUUUAAGACGAUAAAUCUCAAAUGGGAGAUCUGGGUUAAGGCGUUAAUGUUUAUUUAGAUGGUAAGCGAUGGAGUCAGUUUGAAAGGUAAUAAAAACUCUGUCUCUGUUCUCCGAAUUGACCAAUCGUGAAGAGUCAGAGGUUUGGUCAACCGCCGAUCGUGUCAGUUAGGUAACCUGAAAGUGCAAACAAGUCUGGAAAGAUUUAUAUCCUGUGUCCUGGUACCAGAUAAGGAAACUUUCCUGCGAGGAAUGUGUGAGUUUCACAUACAGGGUUGUCUUGAUUGCUACACCCCCAUGCUCAAGCAGAACCCUAAUUGUUGUCCUUUACAGUAGAAUAAUCUGGAGCAUGUAGCAAUCACAGUAUACAGAGUGGACGCUGGCGCGUUUGGCUGCCGCUGCUCACCGGUAACCUUUUAACUUUUUAACACUUUUCUGUGCUCCGGAGACCAGCUCCCAGUCAAAGCUGGUCUCCCCGGGACUCUUACCCUGUAAUUCACCAACUUUUUACCAACUUUUCGGUGAAUUUGAGCUCCCAUCGCCCUGUGUGCCUGGUCGGGUAGCCUACCUACUUGACUCACCACCCGGCUCCCCGUCUCAUCCUCUCCACCUCGCUUCACCAUGUGGAUCAGUCGGGUCUAUCUACCGGCUACUCUGGUCAUCCUGGCGUGGACUGCCCUGCUGCUCCUCCAUGUACCUGUGGAAGGACUCCUCCAGUAUUCGGCGGCGGAGUUUCUCAGACUCCGCUCCCAGAAGCCUGGACCUCCACCGGCAGGUCUACACCUCCACCCGGACAUCGCCCUCCAGCCACGUCCGAGGUAUAUCCACCGUGGGUCCCGGCGGGCUGUCCACUCUGGUGGCUCCAAGGGGAUUACCUCUCUCUGGUCCUCCACUCAUCGCCCACACAAAAACACCGGCCGGGCUGUGGACCACAGGGUGUUAGCCGACCUGGCUAGGUCGGUUAGCACUCCCCACAACAACAACACCACAGACGUCAGCUUCGGUCUGCUAAAUAGCAGAUCCCUCUCAGGUAAAGGACAUCUCGUCCAAGAUAUCCUUGUCGACCGCAAGUUUGACUUUUUAUGCUUAAACGAGACGUGGCAAGUCCCCGGUGAUUUUUCCCAGCCGAACGACUCCUCUCCGGCGGGGUUUGUUUACAUCUCCAAACCUCAUGAGUCGGGUCGUGGGGGAUGUCUCGCGAUACUGUAUCGCGAGAAGUGGAAGGUCCUGCCUGUUUCUGUGCCUCCUCUCUCCUCACUGGAAUGUCUAGCGUGUCAGCUACCCGGACCUGUCCCCACAAUCAUCGCCACUAUAUACCGUCCUCCCAAACCCCACAGUAACUUUUUUAAUGAAUUCUCUGUCCUUCUUACUCACCUCGCCACUCUCUCACCCAAUAUAAUUCUGCUUGGAGAUUUCAAUAUCCACAUGGACAAUCCUACCCUACCCCUUACCACAGACUUCAUUACUCGACAGCUUUGGUUUUCAGCAGUUUGCAGAUUUCCCCACACAUAUCAAAGGCCACACAAUAGAUUUAAUUUGCUGCUCAGGUCUCACCCCCUCCAACUGUACCGCCGACACAUUACACAUUACGGACCACUCCCUCCUCUCACUUAACGUCAAUCUUCAGCUCUCCAUCUCCAAAGACCCCCGCACCAUCUCAUACCGCAACGUUAAGGACAUUAACUUGGACUCCCUUUCCUCCUACAUCACCACCCUCACCCUGAACCCCACCUCCACCCCUGAUGAUCUUGUCACACAAUAUAACAAUGGACUGUCCAACAUACUUAACUCAAUUGCUCCUGUCAAAUCCCGCUCUGUCUCCCCCACUAGAUCCGCACCUUGGUUUACCCCCCAUCUCCGUUCCUUAAAAUCCAAAAAUCAACAGCUAGAAAGACUCUUCAGGAAAACCGGUCUAUCCAUCCACAAAGACAUCCUAACAACUCAGUUGUCUCUCUAUAAGGACUCAAUUUCUCAUGCCAAAUCUCAAUACUACUCUGGACUCAUCUGCUCAAAUGCUGGUAACCCCAAGUCUCUCUUCUCUAUCUACAACCGUAUCAUUCAACCCCCGGACUGCUUUCCUCCCCACAUGUAUUCCUCAGACACCUGCGACUCUCUCCUCAGUUUUUUCAAUAACAAAAUCAGUAAGAUCCAUCAGAACCUGGGCUCCACAUCCUCACCUCUUCCCUCAUCUGAACCUCUCCCUCCCUUCCAACCUUUUUCCACCUUUAUACUCCCUAACCCCUCAGAAAUUGCUGACCUCAUAUACAAAUCUAAACCUUCUUCCUGCCUGCUGGACCCCCUCCCCACUCCUCUGGUCAAAUCCUGUCUGCCCUCUCUGCUCCCCCUCAUCUCAGCCAUCAUUCACUCCUCUCUGUCUACUGGAACUGUUCCGUCCCCCUUCAAAUCUGCAGCCAUCAGUCCCACCCUGAAAAAACCUGGUUCAGACCCCAACGACUUCAAUAACCUCCGCCCCAUUUCCCACCUCCCCUUUAUUUCCAAAAUUCUACAAAAAACGGUUGCCUCUCAACUCCACACCCAUCUCACUCACAACAGUCUCUACGAACAGUUCCAGUCCGGUUUCCGCCCCCUCCAUAGCACUGAAACAGCCCUCAUCAAAAUCACCAACGACCUCCUCAUGGCAGCUGACUCCAUCCUCAUCCUCAUUCUCCUUGAUCUGAGUGCGGCCUUUGACACCAUCUCCCAUCCCAUCCUCCUCCAUAGACUCUCCUCCAUAGGCAUUACUCACACCCCCCUCCACUGGUUUCACUCAUACCUCACUGGCCGCACUCAGUUCAUCCAACUCAAAUCAUUCACCUCACAGCCCUCCCCCGUCACUUCUGGUGUCCCCCAGGGUUCUGUCCUAGGCCCCCUCCUCUUCAUUAUCUAUCUCCUUCCCCUUGGCAGCAUCCUCCGUAAAUUUGGCAUACAUUUUCAUUGCUUCGCAGAUGACACCCAGCUCUACCUCUCCAGCAAACCCGACGCCUCUCUUCCACCCUCCUCCCUCACCCACUGCCUCUCAGAAAUUAAAUCCUGGUUCACCUCAAACUUCCUCAAACUCAACUCCAAUAAAACAGAACUCCUCCUGGUCGUUACCAAGUCCACUCUUUCCAAAACUGACAGUUUCUCCCUCUCCAUAGAUAACUCCACAGUGUCCCCUUCCCCUCAGGUUAAGAGUCUGGGUGUCAUCCUCGACAGCUCUCUAUCUUUCCACUCUCACAUCAGUAACAUCACCCGGUCUGCAUAUUUCCACCUGAGAAACAUCAACCGUCUCCGUCCAUCACUCACUCCUCACACCACAGCUAUCCUGGUCCACAGCCUUGUUACCUCACGCAUAGACUACUGCAACUCACUCCUCCUCGGUGCCCCUCACAAAUCCCUCCAUAAACUUCAACUUGUCCAAAACUCUGCAGCCCGCAUCAUCACCAGAAUCCCCUCUUUUCACCACAUCACCCCUGUCCUUCAGCAGCUUCACUGGCUCCCCGUCAGGUCCAGAAUCAACUACAAAAUCCUCCUGUACACUUUCAAGGCCAUCCAAAACCUUGCCCCCCCCUACCUCUCCGAUCUCCUCCACAUCUCCACCCCCUCACGCUCCCUCAGAUCCUCCUCCUCCCUCCACCUCUCUGUCCCCUCUGCCCGGCUCAGCACCAUGGGGAGCAGGGCUUUCAGUCGCUCUGCUCCCAAACUCUGGAACUCUCUCCCCCCGGACCUCAGAAACAUGGACUCACUACCCCACUUUAAAUCCAAACUCAAAACACACCUAUUCCAAAUCGCAUAUUCACUUUAACUGUCCACUUUCACACUUGUAUGUUGUUUUUAUUUAUUUUAAUUAUGUUUCUACCUGUGUUUUUAUGCCCUGUACAGUGUCCUUGGGUGUUCAGAAAGGCGCUUUUAAAUAAAAUGUAUUAUUAUUAUAUUAUUAUUACUAUUAUGCAUGUUAACUCAAACAAAUCCACUAGUUCCUGAAUCAAUGAUAAACAAGAUUGUAUUUAAUUCAAAGAAGUUAAAUCAAAUUUCCGGGUGAUAUUAAAUCACUGAGCCGAUAAGUCAAAAUCUCAUCUAAUAUGAGGCAAUGUGUUCAUUUUCGGCUGGUUGGUUUUUUAGUACGCUCAUCCUGUCUGACCACAUUACAAUAGUGGGCUAAUGGGAGCUUCAGCCGUGUGUUCAGUGGGUGGAUUUGCCUCAGUAUGUGCAUCCUGGCAUGCACACUUGAUAUAUAGUGUGUGUGUGUGUGUGUGUGUGUGUGUGUGUGUGUGUGUGUGUGUGUGUGUGUGUGUGUGUGUGUGUGUGUGUGUGUGUGUGUGUGUGUGUGGAAAUCAGGUAGACAGUACUCUACACUGACCUAUAUUCUCAGUCAGACGCUCCCAGGGGAGGCCGGUAUCGCUGUUUUUUUUUUCCCUCUCUUCUGCAUCUCCUGAGAGAAGAGAAGAGAAGAAGCAGAAUCCAAAGGAGAUGAGGGCUAUGAGAAAAGAGAGAGCACAUUUCUUAGAGAGAUGGAGCAGUGAAAAGUGUCUGUUGGCAGCAUAAAUUACAUUUUUGAUAUUUUCUAAUGGGCGAUCUGAAAUGUGUCAUGUUAUGGUGUAACACUCCCACACCACACAGAGUCACAGGAAGCAGAGAUCUUUUAUUGGCAGAGUGGUACACAGUUUCUUAUAGGGUUUCAUUUAUAUGAAUCCAUAUUUGAUGUAUCUGUGAAAUUAGUAGGAAUCAAAACAGUAACCCUGUUGUACAUCUUUAGGGGCUUGGUGCAUGACUGUAUAUCUUUAGAUUCUCUUUUCUGUAGGCUGCUUCCAGCUUUAUCUCCCUCUUUCACACCACUUCUGACUGAUUUUACUCCCCCUCCUGCCCCUCUAUAUCUCCUCCAUCUCCUCUUCUUUUUCCUCUCCCCCCUCUGGUCCAUUAGGAAGCACUCAGGGCUGAUGGUCAGGUUUAAAUUGGGAUAUAAGCUGAUUAGGCAGAGGAUACAUUUCUGAUUGUGGUGUGCUUUUACAGCGGCUCAGGAUGCUUUGUGCUCUUCCUUUUCAGUAGAAACCCAGUCAACAUAACACAGCCGAGAAAGACUAAGUUUUGCACAAAGAACCAGAAACUCUAAAUAUAAAAUAAAAGUCCAUUUCCCACUUUAAUCAGAAAACAUCAGGAUAUUAAUUGAAAUAUAAUACUUAAAGACAUGGAUGAAAGUAAAACAACUGAUAGUCAUAUUGAUGAAGCUUGUUGUAAAUAUAAAAAGAAAAAAUACACGUGUUGUGAUUUCAUUUCAAUUUCUUCAUAACUGUCUUAUAAUUUUGACCAUCCAUCCCUUGAUUUUGAUUUGUUUGAUCUCAUAAUUAUGGCUUUUUGUCUUGUACUAUUGACCUCAAAAAUUAAAUUAACAAAAAUUUCAAAUAUUCAACUUCUUUACUCACAAUUUUGACUUAUCACUACAUGUUAAAACCUAUAUCUGAUCAUUUGAUUUUUUAUCACUUUUUAUUAUUUUGUUAGUCCUAAUUGUGUCUGAAACCCUUAAAUUCUAUUUUGUAUUUCUUAUGUUUAAUGUUUGCAUCAUUAUUUUGAGCUCAUAUCUUAUAUUGUGGACUUAUUCUAAUAUCUUUUAUAAUUCCGUCACUUUCUAAUUGAAAUAACUGUGAAUUAAUUCAAAUAACUGUUAAUUUGUUCAAAUGAUGGGCUUGAACCGAGAGGUUAAUGCAAGUCUGGUCUCUCCGUAUAUCUGUAAUUUUUUAAAUUUUUGCUAGAUUUUUUUUCAUAUUUUUGUUGCCAUUUUGUUGGCUGCUAAUGGAUACUUCUGCUGGGCGAAGAGAAGAGCUCCUUUCAUUGAGGAAAAGCAAAUCUGGACAACAACAUACAAUUCCAGAGGACAUCAGGAGAUGUUAUUGUGGUUGCCAUGCUGGUGCAAAGGUGAAGGCAAAGCUGAAUGCUAGGAGGUGGAGAUAUAAACCCUUUCUUCCAUCAGUCAUCAUGGGAAACGUCAACUCUCUGCCCAACAAAAGCGAUGAGCUGGAGAUAUUGGUGAAGACUGAGUGCAGUUUCCUGUGUUUUACUGAAACCUGGUUGAAUCAAAACAACUCGGACUCCAGUGUGGAUCUACCUGGCUUUACUCUCAUAAGGUCAGACAGAGAUGCUUAAGCUAGUGGCAAGAAGAAAGGAGGAGGUCUGGCUUUAUUUGUCAACCAGAGAUGGUGUAACCCUUCACACAUAACUGUCAAGGAGAAGUUGUGUUGUCCAGAUAUUGAACUGUUGGCAGUUGCUCUUCAGCCAUAUUAUGUUCUAAGAGAAUUCAGUCAUAUCAUAACAAUAGUUGUUUACAUUCCACCCAAAUCAACUGAAGAAAUUCUGUGCAAUGUUUUGCAAAAUAGUGUUGCCAGGCUACAGACUGAACACCUGGAGGCACUAAUAAUAAUAUCAGUACACUUCAACCAUGUCACCCUCUCCUCUCACCUGACUGGAUUCACACAGUUUGUGAACUGUCCUACCACAGAAAACAAAAUCCUGGAUCUGCUGUAUGCCAACAUCAAAGAAGCCUACAGAGCCACUGCCUUACCACCACUGGGCAAGUCAGAUCAUAACUUGGUCUAUCUGCAAACCUGUUACAGACCUUGUGUACUGAGGCAGCCUGUGACCAAAGUCAAAAUCAGAAGAUGGACACCUCAAGCCAGUGAAGCUCUAAGGGACUGUUUUAAAUCAACAGACUUGAAUGUGCUGCUGGAAACAGAUGGGGAUAGUAUGAACAUUGACAAACAGGUUGACUGCUUUACAGAAUAUGUCAACUUCUGUAGAGACACAGUUAUACCAAAAAAACUGUUCGUUGUUUCCCCAACAACAAACCCUGGAUCACAAGAGACAUAAAAGCAAUCCUCAAACAGAAAAAGAAAGCUUUAAAAGAUGGUGACAAAGAACAACUCGAACAAGUGCAACAAGAGUUGAAGAGGAGACUGAAGAUGGCAAAGCUGGAGUACAAAAAGAAGAUAGAGAAGAAUCUACAACACAGCAACAUCCAUGAAGUGUAGAGAGGAAUCAGUACCAUCUCUGGAUUUAGCAAAAAAAGAAAAGAAAAGACAGCCAGUGGUGGGUGAUCUGGAAAGAGCUGAUGAACUCAACCUGUUCUUCAACAGAUUUGACACUGCUGUCACACCCACUUCCACUGCUACUCCACCUUCCCUGUCCACAACAAAUCUCCACUACAACUUCUCUCGUUCCUCCUCCAUCUCGUUCAAAUGUCUCAACCACUUCAACAGACCGGAUAUCCCCGCCAAGCUCCGCAGGAGAAGGAGAGGAUGCAGGGCUGGAGUUCAGCAUCGGCAAAGCAGAGACGUUAUAAACCAACUGUCCCGUCCAUCAUCAUGGGAAACAUGAGGUCUCUCCCCAACAAGAUGUUCAGGAGUCAUGGCUGAACGAACUCACUCCGGACCCGCUUGUAACUUUGGAUGGAUUUUACCUCGUCAGAGCCGACAGGAGCAUGAGGGAGAGUGGUAAGAUGAAAGGAGGCGGGAUAGCGGUGUAUGUGAAUGAGAGGUGGUGUAAUGCUGGGCACGUCAGUGUUAAAGAGCAGCGAUGCUCUAAGGACAUUGAGCUGCUGGCUUUGAGUUUGCGGCCAUAUUACCUGCAGAGGGAGUUUUCGCACGUCAUCGCGUUAACUGUUUACAUCCCCCCACCCCCACCCCUCGGCUGAUGCUGCUGCAGCCUGCGAACUCCUCCAUGGUGAAGUGUCCAAGCUACAAACAUCACACCCUUAGUCUCUGAUCAUCAUCUCUGGAGACUUUAAUCAUGCAUCGCUCUCCUUCACUCUCCCUACCUUCAGCCAGUAUGUAAACUGCCCAACGGGAGACAAUAAAACUUUGGACUUACUGUAUGCAAACACCAAGGAUGCAUACACCUCCUCCCCCCUCCCCCCGCUGGGCCACUCAGAUCACAACCUGGUGAGACUGCAGCCCAUUUACAUACCUAUGGUGAAGAGACAACCCCCCACCAUCAGGUAUGUUAAGAGGUGGUCUAAGGAGGCCACUGAGGUGCUGCAGGACUGUUUUGAGACCACAGACUGGGCUGUGUUGUGCAGCCCACAUGGUGAUGACAUCGACACCAUAACAGAUUGUAUCACAGACUAUAUAAACUUCUGUGUUGAGAACACCGUACCCACCAGGAAAGUACGGGGUUUCUCCAACAGCAAACCUUGGGUGACCCUGGAACUUAAAGUCCUCCUGAAGGAGAAAAGGAGGGUCUUUAAAUCUGGGGACAAGGAGAAGGUGAGGAGGGUGCAGAGGGAGCUGAAGAAGAAGAUCAGAGAUGGAAAGGCCAGCUACAAGACCAAGAUGGAAAACCUUUUGCAACAGAACAACGCAAGGGAGGUCUGGAGAGGCCUGAAAUCCAUCUCAGGUCAUAGCAGGGGCCACGAGAGGGGACCUGAAGCAGGAGACAGGGAGUGGGCCAACGAGCUGAAUCAGUUCUUCAAUAGAUUUGACUCUGCUCCCACUCCUCCCCCGACUCAUCAAACCAACAACCCGUCUGCUGCUUCUUCUUCACACCACCUCAGUCCCAUGGCACCGGCAUCAUUAACCCCCCUCCACUCAUCCUCCACCACCCCCUCCAGCACCACCCCCAGCCUCUCCAUAACAGCUGACCAGGUGAGAAGUGAGCUGAGGAAGAUGAAGCAAAGGAAAGCCACGGGUCCUGACGGCAUCAGCUCCAGACUCCUGAAGGACUGUACAGACCAGCUCUGUGAGGUGCUACUGCACAUCUUCAGCUUGAGCCUGAGUCUGUAGAGGGUCCCAACACCGUGGAAGACUUCCUGCAUGAUUCCUGUCCCCAAGACAGCACACCCCAGGGAGCCCAACCACUUCAGACCUGUGGCCCUCACUUCUCACCUGAUGAAGACUCUGGAGAGGAUCGUGCUGAGGAACCUCCGCCCCCUGGUGAGCUCUCAUCUGGAUCCUCUGCAGUUUGUGUACCAGCCGAACAUCGGGGUGGAUGACGCAGUCAUCUACCUGCUGCAGAGGUCCAUGGCCCACUUGGAGAACACCGGCAGCACAGUGAGGGUCAUGUUUUUUGACUUCUCCAGUGCUUUCAACACCAUCCAGCCUUCACUGCUCAGGGGGAAGCUCGAGAGGGCGGGAGUGGACUGUCACCUAGCCGCAUGGACCAUGGACUACCUCACCGACAGACCACAGUUUGUGAGGCUUCAGAACUGUGUAUCGGACAUGGUGGUCUGCAGCACGGGGGCUCUACAGGGGACAGUGCUCUCCCCCUUCCUCUUCACCCUGUACACCUCGGACUUUGGCUACAACUCUGGGAGCCGUCACCUCCAGAAGUUCUCUGAUGACUCAGCCAUCGUCGGAUGUGUAUCGUCAGGGAAUGAGCGGGAAUACAGGACUGUCAUCAGUGACUUUGUCAACUGGUGUGGCACAAACCACCUCCAGCUCAACGCCAGUAAGACAAAGGAGAUGGUUGUGGAUUUCCGCAGGAGGAGGACACCUCAGACUGUUCCAGUGAACAUCCAGGGUCUGGACAACGAGAUGGUGGAGUCCUACAGAUUCCUGGGUGUCCACCUCAACAAUAAACUGGACUGGUCAACCAACACAGACGUCCUGUACAAGAAGGGCCAAAGUUGUCUCCACCUGCUGAGGUCCUGUGGAGUGUGCAGGACUCUGCUCAGGACUUUCUAUGACUCUGUGGUAGCAUCUGCACUUUUCUAUGUAGUGGUCUGCUGGGGGGCAGGGAGCACCGAGAGGGACAGGAAGAGACUGAAUAGACUGGUCAGGAGGGCCAGUUCUGUCCUAGACUGUUCUUUGGACUCCCUGGAGGAGGUGGGUGAGAGGAGGAUGUUAACAAAGCUUGUAUCCAUCAUGGACAAUCCCUCUCAUCAAUCCACAUUAAUAAGCAGUACAGGAGCUCCACAAGGGACAGUGCUGGCGCCAUUCCUGUUCACACUGUAUACAUCAGACUUCAAAUACAGCACUGAGUCCUGCCACAUCCAGAAAUACUCAGAUGACACCGCUAUUGUGGCACGUAUCAGAAAUGAACAAGAAGCUGAAUACAGAGAUCUAAUAAAAGCCUUCAGUGACUGGAGUCACAAAAACUGCCUCCUCCUCAACAUCUCAAAGACAAAGGAGAUGGUCAUAGACUUCCGCAUUUCCAAACCCCCUCUUCAGCCAGUAAACACCUGUGAAGUGGACAUCAAAGUGGUGACAUCAUAUAAAUACCUAGGUGUACAUCUUGACAAUAAGUUGGACUGGUCUAAGAAUAUAGACUUCAUCUACAGAAAGGGGCAGAGCGGCCUCUUUUGCCUGAGAAGACCUCAAUCAAUAGACGUGUAGUAAGAUACUGCAGAUGUUUUAUCAGUCUGUGGUGGCAAGUGUGCUGUUCUACGCUGCAGUCUGCUGGGGAGGAAGCAUCAAACACAAAGAUGCAAGACGUUUUAACAAACUGGUGAAAAAGGCUGGCUCUCUGGUAGGACUCAUGCUGGACUCCAUGGAGAAUGUGGUGGAGAGAUCUACACUGAGGAAGGUGGAGACUAUUCUAAAGAACAUGGAUCACCCACUUCACAACACCUUGAUGGACCAAAGGGGCAAUGGUGGUGGACAGCACCUCUCUCUUCGCUGCAGGACAGAAAGAUUCAAAAGGUCUUUUGUACCAACAGUCAUCAGACUAUAUAACUCUUGUGUAAAUAAUAGAUAACUUUUAGAGACAUUUUAUGUGAGACAACAGACAAUUGAAUUUUCCUUCGGGGAUUAAUAAAGUUCUUCUUAUUCUUAUUCUUAUUCUUAUUUUACUCAUCUCUAAAUGUUGAACAUUUUGUCAUAAUUCUGACUUUUUUGUCAUUAUUUUGGGUUUGUUAUUUGUAAUAGUCUUGUAAUCUUGUAAUUUAGCUUUUUUUCUCAAUAAUGACUUAACAUUUAGUGUUUUUUAAGUAGAAGCUCAGUCUUAGGUUAAUGUCAUUUUUUAAAUAUGACAAAUUCUAUAGAGUAUUUAAAUUUUUAUUUAUCUACUUCAUCAUGCUGUUGACCACAAAUGAAACAUGGAUAUGAAAAGUGUAUAUUUUCCAGCUGCUGCUGGGUUGCAAACUGCUUUUAUCAGUGUGUAUAAAAGUAUAUCAAGUGUAAAUAUUAGUGAACUUGGACUUUGUUGUAAUAGAGGGGCUUCCAUAUACUGUAUACUGUACCGUAUACAUUUUUUUUUUAUUUUUACACAGCUAUAAAAGGUCGUGUCUGCUCCUGAGGGCUUCAGGUUUUGUAUGUGAUGUGAUUCAUGGGUCAAACAGCAGCAGUGGGGUCAUACAGUGAGUCAUUUUGGAGCAGUUGAUGUCACAUUUCACCAUACUAUCCUUAAGUGAUGUUAUAUCUUGUUGUCUGUGCAGGAGACCUGAAAGCUUUGAAGGAGAAGACCUUUAUCCUCAAGGAAGGAGUGACAUACAGACUGAAGAUAGACUUCAAGGUAAGUUAGAUGGAUACUGUCCCAGCAGUUUGUUAAUGAUGUAGAGAUUUACUUUACAUUACCACAAGGCUGAAUUGGUGUUUAUGUUCAUGGAUUGAAUGAACAAAUAUGAUAGAUCUUUACAUUAAGUAUUAAAGAGAUGGACAGAGAAAAGACAUGCUGAGUAAGCAAGUAGUUGCCUUUCUACUGAACCACAAUAUCAAACAAGACUAUUGUCAUAUUUAAUUAAUCUUUUCUGUGCAGUUCUGUUUAUAGUGCCAGUAAGGGAUUAUGUUGGAGAGGCAACUUGUCUUGUAUCAUAAGCAGGUGUCUGCAGUCUGAUAACUAAUUCUUUUUAAGAUAUGUAAGAUUAAAAAGGUUUUCUUUUAACUUUCAUGUACACGUUCAAACAACUGUGGCUUGUAAUAUAAAUAAUCCCCCACUGAAAGCCCUUUGUGCAGCAUACUAGUCCAGAACAAGCUGUCCUCAUGUAGACAUGAUGAGCUAUUCCUAUCGUUCAGUUUUAUGUAGAAUUAUAUUAUAACAAAUUGAUCUCCUAAUGUAGGCUGUGUAGUGCCCGCUGUAGCACCAGAAACCAUAAACAUAGUGCCAAAAAACUCUUUUUUUUUGAGCAAACAGAAACAUGUUUGCAGCCUGGUUCAUAAAACAGCGUAGGUUGGGGCUCUGACCCGCCUCUGAUUGGUUGACCAAAUGCUACGCUGAGUCAGAAUCUGGAUCCAAUCUGAGGUUUUCAGUCACAUGAUCCUGACUUCGCGCAAGGACCAAAUGGAGGGCAGGAAGUGACCGACUGCAAUGGAAGAGAUGUGCCGGUUUAGAUGCGUGCCGGUAUUCAGCCUUAGAUGGCCGCUACCGGCCUCACACCGUCCACGGGAUUCGGCACUGGGCUCUUCCCUCUUCGCCUGCUGCUACUGAGGGAAUCCUGGUUAGUUUCUUUUCCUCAGCUUACUAAUAUGCUUAAAUUCAACGGGUUUUCUCGUCUGAUCUGAGGUCGUAGUCGGAGAAUGGGGGGCAGGGAGCGGGGAUAGGGGCUGAAAGGACCCCCUUUUUUCCCCGUCCGCCCCCUUCGGAGCUCUGCGGCGCUCCCGGCACGUCCGGCCUCUUCACACCCCCCUCCCUACACAGUUUGACACGACUCAACUUAGAAAUGAAAGAAUUUAACUACGGGCUGAAAAUGAGUCAUUACCUUUGACAAAGUGGUCACUGCACACACGGGCAUUAUCCGAUGCAGCUCCUCCAGACCGUAGACCAAUGCUGCAUCCGAAUUGCCAAGUAGUAGUCGAAGUAGUAGUCGAAGUAGUAUGUAGCAUGUCCGAAUUGGCCACCGGAGCGAGUAGCAUGCUACUUCAGAUACUACUUCAGAUACUAGACACGCCCACAUUGUAGGAUGGUUGCGGUGCAUCCUACGGGCAUGCUACUGACCCAAAAUGCACCGCGGGCUUCUUCUUCGUCCUCCUUAAAGUUGUAGAAACGCAUGUGAUGCCUAUUUAAAUGCGUCGCGAACGCCGCUGGCCACAGCAGCGCGCACCAUGGCGGAGCAGCAGCAGCAGGAGGCAGGACCGCAGCAGUACAGAUGUAAUUUUAAUGUAACUUCACACACUGUCCUAAAAAAAUGUGGGGUUGUAUCUCUUUGUCAUGUCAUGGUGUCAUAUUUGCCCAAGUAAUCAUUUUAUGAGCAAAUACGUGGCGACAUCAUGGAGUUAAAGCUCACUUAUUCCAUCAUUAAACUGCACAGCUGCAGUAAUCAGGCAGAUCUCAUUGAACAAACGAUCACCACGUGAGUGAAUGAAGGCCAAAUGUAAUGGAAAAGCUACUUUGUGAAUUUCUAAAGCAGCGCAGGAAUAUAAUACAGCAGCAUCCAUCACUUGCACAAUUACCAUUCAGUCUAAAACGGGCGCAGUACCUACUCUCUGCCUGCGGGGGUCGUCUUUCCCCACCGCUCGUCUAGUGUGUCCGAAUUGGGCCAACGUGUUUAGUAUGUAGGAGUAGGAUCUAGCAGUAGCACGUGGCAGUAGCAUGUAGUAUGCGAGCGGACAAUGCAGACACAGCACAGGGGUUCUCGGCCUGUUGCUGGUCUCUAUAGCAGCAACUCACUUCCUGCCCUCCAUCUGUAUAACGCGCGUGCCGCGUAACACGGAAGUGACGUCAAGUGAAAACCUCCUAUAUGUUUCAAAACUCUGCCUCAGAAACAAAUGUAUGACAUCAUCAAUGCCAUAUCCAUUUUUUAUACUGUCUAUGGGUAUUAAACAUUAGGAGAGGAUUUAAUUGUUACAUCAUGUAUGUUACGUUACAUAUGUUACGUUACAUAACCUUCCAUGAGAGACGUGUUGCCUGCAGUAUUAAGAACUUCCCAGUCGUUUCAUUGCUUAAGACAAGAAGUUGCAGCCAGAUAAUAUCCUUUUAUAUCGUAUCAUGUAAAACAGUGUGGAAUGGUAUCAUGAGGUUUUAGUGUGGUAUCCUAUCCCACCUUCUUGUAUCAUGUUAUGUGGUAUUAUGUUUUAUUGCCUUGUAUUGAACUCUAUUUCAUCAUAUGGUAUUGUAAAGGCUGCAUAAUUGUAUGUUUUAGUAUGGUAUCACACUGUAUCGUAUAUCAGGUGUUGUAACAAAGAGCCUUUGUUACUAGUGACAGAAAAUACUUUGCCGGGAUAUUCCACGGUGGAAAAGGAGUGUUUGGCGAUGGGCCAUCAACACGCUUAGAUAUUAUCUGUUGGGUCGGCACUUCUUCCUGGAAACCGACCAUCGUGCUCUUCAGUGGCUUCAUCGCGAAGAGCCUUCGUUACAAGUGACGGAAAAUAUUUUGCCAUGUAAAUAUUGCACAGCAGGGAUGCACUUUAACUACUAUUGAUAAAUGACUGAUAGCACUUAGCACUUUUAAAGCACUUUGCACUUUAUUGGUGAAAUUUGCACAUUACAUUAGCACAUUGCAUAUUUGCACAAGUUAUAAUGAACCUUGUGGAGUGAGUUAUUAGCCGAUGUUGUUAAAGUAACCCAUUACUGAUGUGUGGUUGUUCGGCAGGGGCUGGCUUAGGAGCGCUGCUCUGCCUGUAAGAGAGGAGAGUGAGAGAGCCAUAUGGUUUAACAACAUUAAUUAUUGAAAAAACAAAGUGUUCUAGAAAAUGUGUGCAGGUAAUGUAGGUGUGCAUGUCACUAUGGAAUAUGUGUGCAAGUGCUAAAGUGGCUAAAGGGCUAGGUUGAAUUAAUGUGAUCACUUACCUGUUUUCGAGUUGUGUCUGCUCCAGGGUGUUCCAGUCAAAAGAGUCUGGGGCGAACGGAUACCCAGCUAAAUGUUCCAGGGCGAAACCAUUGCAGAAACUUGGAGAGUGGAGUUCAGGUUUUGGGAUUUAAAAUUGUAUUCGCUAUUAAUAGGUGUAAGGGUAAAGUAUGGGAAAAGAUUUAAAUGAUUUGUAGUUUAUAAGAAGGAUCCAGGUAAAUGGUGAAUGUUAAAGGGUGUUAAGGUUAUUAUGGAGCAGAUCUGAUCUUGGAGAGACACCUGCAUGUCGAUCGGUCUGUGGAGGACAGUCAGCUACAGAGUAUUUAAGGCGCCUGUUAACAUCUGUCUGUGAUGCUGGUCAGACCUCCUGUAACCUGUAUCUGGUCUUAUCCUUGAAAGUAAACUUUACAUGUUUGGUGCCUGUCCUCUGUUCAAUUAUGGGUACUGCAACAUCCAGCCGCUCACAAGGGUCAUUUUUACAGGUGUAUUGAAGGGACUCAUACUGAAAAAUUACACAUAUAGUAUUAGCUAGUAUAGCGAAUGUGCCGUACUGCACCAUCAUUUUUAUCUCAUUGUUUAUUGUGUUGUUCAGCAUAUUACAUUACACUUAUUUGUAUUGAAUGGUAUCCAAUCUUCCCCUUUGUAUGCGAGUGCAUUUGUUUUGAGGUACCUUAAAAUCUGUCGCAUGGAACAAAUAUAUACAGACAUUACACACUCCAAGCGAUUUCCAAGCAAGAUUUUUAGUGAUUUGCUAACCCUCUAAAUUUCCUCAAAUAAUGGUUUGAGGUUCAUUUUUGUUGUUUUCAGUGAAAUAUAUUUUUUUAGGUUUUUCAUGUUUGUGUUCAGGAGGAGUAGGGAUCAAAUGAUGAUCCCUAGACUUUUCCUUCAGCUUCAUCAUACGGUUGAAAUGGUCCUUUUCAGAGCUUUACCAAUGGAUAUUUAUACCAUAUGUAUAAUAAAGUUUAAAACUAUUUCCAUGGCAUAUUUUUUACAUAUGGAUAUAUUGGAUGUUGACUCUCAAUGGUUUUGUGUUAGCUCCUACUCUAAGAAAGAUUGAACAAAGUAAAAAUCCUGCAUGAAAGCUCAGCUACUAAAUUUGAUCAAGGACAGCAGACCUGACCCCUUCUCAGUUCAACUUUAAUACACUAUUACAACUAAUAUUUUCUGGUGUGAUAACAAGAGAGAGUUAAGCUCAAGCUUUAACUCACACCAUCAAACAUCCAUCCAAAACUAAUUUUUCAUCAAGUGCUGUCUUUAAAGCCCCUCUGCUCAGCUCUUCUGUCAUCUCUUUCUUUCUCUGUGUCCCUGUCGGCUUUCUGUCUUUCCCCCAAGUUGUUGUCUCGUCUCUCUUCUUCCACUACCUCUCAUGUAAACACACAGCAGUUUUUUUUUUUCUCAGGCUGUGAGUUCUGUGUAAAUAAAAACAGAAUCCUUUUUGGAAGGAAAUGCAGAGCAGAAAUCCAGAGAGAGCGUUUUCACCUCGAGAGGAUGAAAGGGUCUUGAGGAAGUUUAUCGACUGAUGAGAAAAAGCACACAACACAAACAACAAGAAUCAACCCGUGAAUGCAAAUUACAAGACUGCUGCUAUCUUUUCAUACAUGAGGGUGUUUUAUAGGUGUGAUGCAGAUUUCGCAGUAAAGAUCCUUUAAUUUUUAAAUGCAGUAAAGCUGCUGCAAAACACCCAGGAAUUGUCUGACAAGAUCAAAUCUUGUCUCCAGUUUUAAAUGAUUGAAAUGAUGGGAAAUGUUUCUGUACUAAAACAAACUCUGCAAACUACAAAAUAAGAGAGUGUGAGAAUAGCAUUCAAUUUAAUUAUGACAUAGAUGUUAGGGAGCUGUGCUGUGAGGAACUGAACAGUUUAGUGAGUAACUUAAAGGGAGUCCCUCUAUUAUUGUUAUACUGUGAUAUAUUACAUGCAAAUUUUCUGCGUCAUAUCCAUAACCUGUACGCUUCCUUAUUGUCCUUUACUUAUUUACAGAAUUCCAUCAAAUAAAUGUAUUUUAUUAAUUAAACAUUUAUUCAACUUACAUAAUUUGUAUUGAUCAAAGUAUGAUAUUGUUAAUGCUUUGGCAUUAUUGUUCUGCCUUUGAUCUCGAUAAAGCUUGUUUCAAUUGAACAAAUAUACUUACCCCACUCUGUGGGGACAUCUUGUGGGCAAACAACAUCAUUGCAGACUUUUAAUUUCACAAAAUAAUAAAUCAGUUCCAAAUCCAUUUCAAAAUUGGAAAAAAAAGUUGAUGAAAUGAGUAAUGACAUACUAUGUAUGGAGGGCGUCAGAUGGUGUUUGUGGAUGUGUUUGUGAAUCUCUACGUCAACCUUGAUAUUCUGAAGCCACUGAUACCUUUAGUUAAAGUCUGCUUUUUAGAUCAGAGAUUGAGCUUUGACACAAAGGGUCAGGACAAACUCAAAAAGGUGGUUUAAAGAAGUCUGGGUUCACCUUAGCCAAACUUUUCAGGUCAUAUGUUCUGGUCUAUUUAUCUCUGAAGUCUUUUCAUAUUUGUGCAGGAAAACACAAAUGCCUUCCCCUGUAUAUCCAUCUUUGUGGUCCUCCCCCUAAGAUUACUGUUCCUAAAUGACAAAGGCUGUUGUUUUUGCUUCAUCGAUGGUCUGCUCUCCAGUGGAAGUCAGAUGUCCCUCAUUUAAAGAAAUGCUCUGUAUGCUACAGAUGGAAAAGCUGAGAUACAGUCCAGCCAUGUGUCAUGGAAAACUUUCUGUGAUCUGAUCUCCUUUUAUCAAAUGUAUAUGUAACAAAAAACAGAAUGUCAUGAAAACACCUCAUGUUCUCUUCUUUUUGACAAUGUAAAUGUUCAUGUCUUAUUUACAUGUUUAUGUAAGUAAAGGACAAAUUGACAUUGUUUUCAUGCAUAAGGUUUAUUAUUAAGUAUUUGCUUGUACAUCUCCAAAUGUGUAUAAACCCCAGCUAUUAUUAUUUUGGACUUUUCCCUCACUGUUUUUAUGUGUUAUUCAGUUAUUCAUUUUUGUUGUUAAAGCGGGUGGGUAACAGGAGUAUCUGGUUUUGUUUGUAAAAUAAAAAAACUAUAAAUAAAGUCUCAAAUAAAAACUUAAGUUGUGUGAUGGAAGGAAAUCGUUUCUUCUAUUUUUAGGUUCUGUUCAUUACUGAGCCUAAAAUGAUUAAUUUAUCAUCAGAGGAAGCUGUCAGAUCUGAAGUUCCAUGUGCAGAGUUUUGUGUUUGUUAGAAAUAGAUAUCUGUGUUCAGGGAAGAACGCAUGAAAACAGGUGACUCUUCUUAGAUUACGUUUGACUUUUAAAUACCCCAUCCAACAACAAAACCAAUAGUGUCUGUUUAUUAUUGUGAUUAAUCGUUAUUAUCAUUAUUAUUAUAUAAUCAUUGUAGCUGAUCCUUGCGCAAUAAAGAUGUGAUAAAAAUGUGUGUCUGCAGGUAAAUAGAGAGAUCAUCUCUGGCUUGAAGUACCAUCAUGUGACCAGCAGAAAAGGAAUAGUGGGUAAGCAAACAUACACCUUAUUAAUUUUUAGAUAAUAACUGUCCAUCAAUUUAUUAUUUUUAAGUGUAAGUACAGAUCAUAAAACAACACAAGGCACAUUUUCUACAUCGACAGUUUUUAAUUUUUAGACUUCAGGAAUUUUUGUGCUGACUCAAAUUAAAGUGUCUGUCGUGUUUCAUCCUGCAGUGGAAAAGGUGUCUCACAUGGUGGGAAGUUAUGGCCCAAAAGUGGAAGAGCAUGAGUUUGUGAGCACGCCUGAUGAGGCACCACUGGGUAUAAUGUCCCGAGGGCACUAUCAGGUCAAAUCCUGCUUCAUUGAUGAUGACAAGAUUGUCUACCUGGCAUGGGAUUGGAAUUUGGAUAUCAAGAAGGACUGGGAUUAA